AGCGGCGGCGGCGGCGGCACCAGGAGUCCAGCGGAGCGCCUGAGGGCGGAGCCGAGCGCAGCUCCGGGGCGGGCACGGCGCGCCGAGGAGCCCGGCUAUAAUUCCACCUGCAGCCAUUUGCGUCGCGGCUUCGGCGGCUAGGCGACAGCGCGGAGCCCCGGCGACACCGGCUGCCACCACCGCCGCGCCUCUCCGCCUUUCUUUCCCUGACCAAAAGGAGUGGCGGCGCCCAAUGAACGGCAACGCCGGCGGCGAAGGCGGGAUGAUGAUGGAGGAGGAGGAGGGUAAAGAAGCAAACUGGCCCCGAGGCUUUAUUUCUCGUAAUGUGGAGGUUCAAAACCCUCCUUUCUGAGGGAUACAGCAGGAGCGAAGUCGUGCGCUCCCGCCGCCCUUUCGCGCGCGCGCUGGGGUCGCGUUUGUGCGCUCCUGAGGCGGACGGUGCCUUUUGGCGGCAGGCAGAACUGCACCGGCCCAGGGACGCUUCUUUGUUCUGAGUGCUUUAUUGAGUAUUUGUGUGGUUGUGUGUGUGUGUGGCGCUUUUGGUGUGCGUGGUUGUGUGUGUGGCGCUUUUGGUGUUCCUUCUCCCCGCCAACCUGACUCUCCCGGCUGCGCCUCGCUGGGCAGCAGCAGCAUCCUCGGUGGCGCGCGAGCAAAGUUAAAUGGAGAGCUUGAGGUGAAACGGGGCAGACUUUUCCCAAGAACUCCUCCGGGGGGGGGGGACUGUGCGUGUGUGGGAGUCAGGCAUGCGGGGGGGGGGGAGGAGGAAGCCGGCAUCUCUCCCCAGCAGCAAGUGACUAAUGGUUCUCCUGCGCUUAUCAGUCGCCACCAUUAACUUCUGGCUUUGCAAGGGCGCUUGGGAGGGGAAACCCAAACACGCCGCCACCCACUUAGUAUAAACAAACGCACACCUUCAAAAGGGGGGGGGGGGAGAGAACCCAGCAACCCAAAACUUUGUCCACAUUCACUCAGUUUUUAGCAAGUGGGCGUGUCCUUUUUAAAUAAUGAGCAGCAGCAGCAAUAAUAAUAAUGAUGUAGUGCAAUAAAACGUAUUCCCAUUGCUAUGGGCACAAAAAUGAAGUUCUUAGCGAAACGCCCCAGAGGAGAUGGUUAAAAAAAAAAGUCCAGUGCUUUUAUCAGAAUGCAACUGGCAAUGAAGCCUGGCAGAUCCAAAGUUUUUGCAUUUUUAUUUUUAGAUUGAGGUAGGUAUCUGUGUUGGUCUGACGCAGUCGAAAUAAAAAUAAAAUAAAUAAAAUGAAAAAAUUGUCCAGUAGCACCUUAUAGACCAACUAAGUUUGUUGUGAUAUAAGCUUUUGUGUUCAUGCACACUUCUUCAGAUAUUUUUAUUUUUCUUAUUUUAUACAAUACGGUCGCAGCAAAGAGAAGACCGCAGCAUAAAGUUUAUGGCGUUAUUUUACACGGAACCUAUAUGGACUGCCAAUGUUUUAAGGCCAUGUAAAUAGUAACCACACUGGCAUCCUCAAGAGUUGAGCAGCGAUCCUAGUCACAAUCAACUUAAGUGUAAGCCCCUUUAAAAUUUUGUGGGGCUUGCUUGAGUUUAGCUGCCAGGUAGCUCCAUCCACUUCUUUUUUAUUAUUAUUUAAAUACAUUAAAAAAGUUUUAAAAGGGGGGGGAGGUGAGAAUAGGGUAUAGUAUAUUGCUAUAACAAUUGAUCACAUUUUUAACCUAUUGUAUUUUGCAAAAAUGAGUUCCAAAUUCCAUUAUACUUGUCCUGCAAUAAGCAUAUUUGUCCUUCUAUAAGCAACCUGCUUACAGGUAGCAAGUGUAAUCAGGUCUUUGAUCCACUGGAGAAAUGGAGAGCUCCAUGUAGUUUUUAUCAGCUUUGCCUGGCUGUGAGUAGGACUGGCCCAAAAGUUGACUUGUAGUGGAUGAUGAGGAUGAAACCUGUUUGAGGAAAUGUAUUAUAAGAGGUGAACAAACUUGCAGGUGUAGGCUGCAGUCUUACGUAGAGUUGGGUGUGCCCAAGCCAUCGGUUUCCAUGGACUUGGAGCACCUAAUUCAAUAUAACAUUGUAUUGCUCAUACUGCACACAUAGGAAGAUUAAGCUUUCAAAAGGUUAGAGAUAGUGAAAAACUGAGAAAUACAAGCGAGUUUUCCAGGUAUUUCCCCGAGUGUGCAGAGCUUUCUUUUAGCAGUGUGAACGUUUUCCUUUACUAACUUUAAUUUUGGUAAACAACUUUUCAAAAAUGUUGCUAAUGAAAGCCCUUAUUGCUAGUUUAGCAGCAUAAUGUAGCCACAUGCUUUAUUUCCCUGUCCUUCCUUUAAGGAACUUAUUCCGUGAUUCUUCUCUUUCUCCACGCAUCCGUGUUCCCAAUUCAGUAGCUUGCUCAGAGACAUAAUGAUAAAGCACAGGUCAUCCAGCGAGUUUCGUAAAAAUUCACACUCGGGUAUUUCAUAUGCAAACCAAAGGCCAAGGUUUACCCUAUGGUUUGAAGUGCAUGGUUUGUUUGGGAGCGCUGAACUUUGAAUCCAGUUCAGACAACCCACUGUCCUUCAAUGGCUUAGAUCAGCAUGAUACAGCAGAAUGACCAGGGAUGAGUAAAAGCAGCUGUGAUCUUGGUCAUGAAUUUAAAGCAUUCUUGCGCCACUGUAACAGUCAUGGCGUACCCCAGAGACCCCUCUGGGACCCCUCACAGAACUGCAAUUCCUAGCACCCUUAUCAAACAACAGUUCCCAGGAUUCUUUGUGGGAAGACAUGAUGAUUUACAUGUAUGGGGCGGGUGUGUUCCUCCUCUGUAAGUUUGUUCCUCCUGUAAGUUUGUUCUGAGCCAUGGUGUGGCUCAAUGUGCUUGUGCAAACCAGGCCACUAUGGCAGUAGCACUCCAGGGUUUCAGAUGACAAUCUUUCCUACCCUGCAUGGCGUUUCCAGGGACGCUCCAGGUGGCGCUCUGGGUUAAACCACAGAGCCUAGGACUUGCUGAUCAGAAGGUCGGCGGUUUGAAUCCCCGCGACGGGGUGAGCUCCCGUUGCUCGGUCCCUGCUCCUGCCAACCUAGCAGUCUGAAAGCAUGCCAGUGCAAGUAGAUAAAUAGGUACCGCUCUGGCAGGAAGGUAAACGGCGUUUCCGUGCGCUGCUCUGGUUCGCCAGAAGCAGCUUAGUCAUGCUGGCCUCAUGACCCGGAAAGCUGUACGCCGGCUCCCUUGGCCAGUAAAGCGAGAUGAGCGCCGCAACUCCAAAGUCGGCCACGACUGGACCUAAUGGUCAGGGGUCUCUUUACCUUUACCUUUAUGGCGUUUCCAGGGAUUGAACUGAAAGCAUGCGCCUUGUUUAGGGGUGCCAUAUUUCAGAAAGGGAAGAUCCAGACACAAAAGAUGUUGAGCUUUUGUUUGGCAAAGUUGUAGGUUGAGUUGGUUGGAUUUUUUUUGCAAAAUAUCUUUAAAAAAUGAAGUUUUCGCCAUAAUCUACACUUCAUGGGUUGCCAAGCAUCCGGAUUUUCCCGGUCAUUUUGGAGAUUUUCGCCCAGACACUUUUUGAUAGCUGUAUUCUUGCUAUGUCCGGGAAAUUCCGCACGUAUGGCAACCCUAGCCUCAUCAAUAUAGUCGUACCUUUGUUCUCGAAUGUAAUCCGUUCUGGAAGUCCGGUUGACUUCCGAAACAUUCAAAAACCAAGGCAUGGCUUCUGAUUGGCUGCAGGAGCUUCCUGCACUCAAGCGGAAGCCGUGUCAGACAUUUGGCUUCCGAAAAACAUUAGAAAACUGGAACACUUCAGCAUUCGGGAGCCAAAACGUAAGAGUACCACAGUGUUCAAGAACCAAGGUACUACUGUACUGUUGAGCUGUGACCCCUCCCUUGAAUAUUGCAUGUCCAGUUUCAUGGCACAUCUCUUGCGCAAGUGCUCCCUGUAGUUGCCAAGGUGCCAUCCUUUGUGUUUACAAAAUAAAUAACCCAUUUUGGGGGUUUGGGAUUUUUUUGUCCAUGGAUGAAAACUUAAUCUCUUUUACGUACAGCUUGAAAAGUUACUAUCUUGGCGUCUCUUACUGUACACUCAAGAGUCUUGUUUGAACACAAAUGACUUGAUGUAGUUAAAACAUCAGUUUAGCUUUGCUUUUAAUGUUUGUUAAACAUAUAACAAGUAAAUUAAAUCAUAUUAUUGCCUGGCACAGCAUGCCCCUUUAAUAUAUUACAGUUCUGUUUGCCAGUGAAGAAUGAAUUGGCCCAGAUAGAUCUAUUUAAUGUUCCUGCUGAUGUCAGCUUUCUUUGAUGGAAAAAUAUGAAUGCAAAGUAAUAAUCUUAUAAAAUUAAGUUCCGUUUAGUCCAUGCUGGUGUCCAAGGUACUUAUUCUGCUUCUUUCAACUGACUAGAUUUCGCCUAGAUAAAAAGCCAUAGGCGAGGAAACUAUCACUUUUCCAAUGUAUGGGAUUCCAUCACUUUCUGGCAAAUUAAGAUUGCACAAGUCACCAGGGAGUCUUGCAAAAAAAAAUAAAAAAUAAAAAUCCUUUCCCCAAAAAGAUCAGACUUUUUCUGAUGAGGAAUGUGAUGUGGAAAUGCACUGGGAAGGGUGAGAUAAAACUUGUCACCCUCUUUUUAGAUUCAGCAUCAUCUAACCUCCCGUCAAACAAACUGAGAUGAACGCUCAAUUAAACAGUGGGGGUGUGUGUGUGUCCCCACUGCUUGAAAAUACUGAGUUGAAUCCAAUUAAGUCUUACUAUGGACAGACCAAUAAAAUCAAUGGACUUAAGUUAAUCAUGCAGUCCUAACUGCUCCUGGAAGGAGUUAGGGUCCCGAGAGGUGGGUCCCUCUGCUGAUAGUGAACUCUUCUACACCUGCUGAGAAUGUGUGUGGUUGCAGUAACUAACACAAGGUUAUCAAAAUGGAGUGUUAAACGUCUUGUGGAGGAGCAGGCCAGUUAUUGAUUCAUUGGCUUAAAAACCUGCCAAUUUCUAGGUGAAAAAGCCCAAUCUGGCUCCCUCCGCUGUGCUAACUUCAAGCUGGUGCAGCAAAAAGAGAAUUAGAAGCAAACACAAAGGUAGCUCCACCCGGGCUCCUCAUUAGAUUGUACAUUAAAGGUAAAGAAACCCCUGACCAUUAGGUCCAGUCGUGGCCGACUCUGGGGUUGCGGUGCUCAUCUCGCUUUAUUGGCCGAGGGAGCCGGCGUACAGCUUCCGGGUCAUGUGGCCAGCAUGACUAAGCCACUUCUGGUGAACCAGAGCAGCGCACGGGAACGCCGUUUCCCUUCCCGCCAGAGCAGUACCUAUUUAUCUACUUGCACUUAGACGUGCUUUCGAACUCUAGGUUGACAGGAGAAGGGACUGAGCAACGGGAGCUCACCCCGUCGCGGGGUUUCGAACCGUCGACCUUCUGAUCAGCAAGUCCUAGGCUCUGUGGUUUAACCCACAGUGCCACCUGAUUGUACAGUACUGUAACUUAAAUUCGUUUAUUUGGAUCCUGAAGAUUUGCAAUUGGAGAAGGUUUGGUUUAAAACUAUGGGGAAAUGAUCAUGAUUUUAAGAGUGCUGUCUGAGACAGGCACACAGACUGAGCUGCUUAAAAUAAUUUAUAGCCAACAUGGCUUUUUUCUUUUCUUCUUUCUGUACAAAAACUAGACAUAUUGAUGACCAUCCCUCAGGCAGGCACACACAGUUUGGCACCAAUUGAACUGUUACUCCUCCCCCCCCCCAACAAGGAGUUAGUGAGUUAUUCCAUACCUUAGAUCUAAGCAGUGAUUCAAUCUAAAUGAACAAUGAAACUUGUGUACCCUGUAAUCCAGGGGUAGGCAAGGUUUAACUUGCCUGGGCCGGUUCAUUCCAGCGGAGAACCCUCUGUGGGCCGGAUCCUGCUCACGUGCCCACGAUUUCCGGCGUCUGUGCAGACACAAUUUCCAGUGUCUGCGUCUGCACAUAUGCAAUUUUCGGCCCCACGGAAGUGAGUCCCUGCACUGUUUAGCGCAGCGUGCGGGGACUUGCCAAGCAAGCGGCUUGGUUCGGGAGUGGCUCGGGGGGCGGUUAAACGACCCCCGUGGGCCGAUUGUGGCCCAUGGGCCUUAGGUUGCCUACCCCUGCUUGUAAUCCAUAUAUUAUAUCUAUUUUCUUAUAAUGUAUAUUAAAUCAGUUUCCUGUACUGGAGCAUUCUUCCCAGCUGUUUUAGUGGUAGGACUACUUAAAUAAUCUAACCACGAUGAUCAUAUAUGACUCAAAUAGCUAUGGACCCAAUGACAUUGAUGACUGAUUUAUUCGGCACAUCAAACUGAAAAGGUAGAAAAUAACUUAAAACUGUGCUUCCGUGAGACCUAAGAAAGCACUUAAACUUCAUAAAAGGUUGACAGGCAGAGUAAUUCUGUGCAGGGUUAUUUGGAAGCAAACUUAACUUGCAUUCGAUGGGGCUCACUCCCGAAUAAGUUUAUUUGGAUAGGUUUGCAGUCCAAACUAUGUACUGGAAGAUGUGGCUGCUGUGUGUUGAACACGGGCAAAGUGUGCACUGCCAGAAGAGUUAGGCUAUAUAGUUUGUAAUGGAAAGUGUUGAAUUUUAGGUUGGGUUGAGUUGAAAUCAUUAAAAAAUAAAUAAAUCCUUUAUUGGUUUUAAAAACAAUUACAAAACAAACAAUACGCAACCAUCAACAAAAGGCAAGCCAAGGUCAACACUCAUUACAAAAGAAAAGAAAAGAUUGAAUUCACAUGUCACGAAUGCCAACCUCCCCCCCCCCCCCCCGUUGUGAUUCCUAAUUUACAUUACAACUGCACACUUAACUUUAUCUCUCCUAGGUUAUUCAGUUGUGUUAAUUUUGUAAUGUUCUCUUAUUUCAUGCAGAAAUCAAUCCAGGCCUACCAAAGAAUUUAGAUUAUUACAAUGUUCUUUUAAGCGUUCUCUGUAAAUAUUCCACUCUCUAUUAAGUAUUUGAUCUGUGUGGUCUCAAAACCUUGCUGUCAAUCUUGCUGUCUCUGCAUAUUCUAACAUUUUAUUCUUCCAGUCUAGUUUUGAGGAAGUAGACUCUCCUUUCCAUACCUUAGCAAUUAAAUCAAGUCUUUAUGUAGCCUUAUGAGGCUUUGCCCUCGGGUGGGAAAAAUAUUGUGUCUGGGAAAGGGAAGUGGGAGUCAACAGACACUCAAGGAAUAGUUUCGGAGAAAAAGGUUUUAUUUCUACCAUCCAUGAACUGGUAGAAGGAGCAAGUGUGAUAAGUCACAAAAAGCAUGCACGAGUUCACAAUCAUGUGCACAGAGUUUAUAUACCCAUUCCAGUUCCCUCCUCCUCUCUCCUCCUUCCAGAGUCCUGCCCCAUGAGUUCCUCUGAGCAUGAACAGAAAGCUGUCUUGGGACUAUUUUGGACUCUUGGCGCCCUUGCCAGGAAAGGGGUUUCAGAGUGUUCAGAUAUGUUUCAAUCUCUUGUUCUGGCAUGGUUCCCAGACAGAAAGCAAGUUGCAAUGUGGUUCUUUAGCAAGGCCAGAAGGCAUGAGAAAGGCCUGAGAAACAAUGGACUGUUCUCUACCUUUGUUACAGCAGAGCGGAAUGUUUCUGAUGCUUAGCUGCUGAGAAAAUGAUUUUGAGAAGCUUUGAGCCUGCUUUGGUGGGGGGUGACUUCGGGCCUAGGUGAGGUCACCUGUCCUCACCUUCCUUCAUUUAUAGUUGAAGGCUCUCCUUGCUUUCCUGCAAUGGUGAUGGGAUAGCAAAGACUACCCUCCAUUUUUUGGAGGUGUUAAGAAACAUGCUGCAUAGGGCAAAAGGAAAUUUGAACACUACUGGCAUUGUGAUUACUAGUAUUUUACCAAGUAGACCCUUGCUCCAUCGUGAAGGUUCUCAUUGGCUUAUGGCUAGCUAGCCUCUCUUUCAGUCUAGCCUACCUCUCAGGGCUGUUGGGAGGAUAAGUAGAGGAAAACUAUCAACCCUGCUCCAGACGAGUGAGAUAAAAAUGUAAGAUUUUUAAUGAUUCUUACCUUUGUAUAGUACACUAUGCAUCAGAGCCAGCGGUUUCUAUACUUGCCCACGCAUCUCUCCAUUGUCCCAACAGCGAGCAAGAUCAGUUUAUCACAGAGACUCAUUCCGGCCAAGCAAACGCUUUUGAGGUGGGUGCAAAAAAAAGGUCAGCUAGGGGGAAUCCUUGGGGCCAGUUGCGUUUGACUCUUUGGUAUGCCAGCCUUGCCCUAUCCUGUGCCAGCCCCCAAUUAAAAGAAUAAGACACUUGUAAUACCGCUUUUUCUCUUUGCAGAGUUUCCAGCAGGGCAAAGCAUUUUUCUUUGGGUUAACUUAAGUUGCAUCGGGUAACAGCUUCUGUUCAGAAAGUUACUGUUUUUGGAAACUCAGUGCUGCAAGAUAUCCAGGCCCUGUGCUUACUCAAGCAGUGCCCAUAUUUAAUUUCAGUACAAAUGCUUGAAUGCCCAGUGACUCUGACAAGGGGCCUUUUGUCACAGAAAGCUCACGCUUGCCCUGAAGUGUGAUCUCCAAGUAUGGGUCAGUCUGUAAAAGUGACCUUUUCUAUAUAAGCUAAAUAUAGAUGCAGACAUAACAGGGACAUAGUCUGUGUCUUCUUGGAAAGAAGUGUAAUUUGGAAAGAGAUUUAUUGUUCCUAAAAGGGCAAAUUAAUGGGCAUAACCCUCCAGAGAGGUUUAAAAAACAAACACCCAUCCCACAAAUGUUGUUCUUAUCCCUAACAACAACAACAGCAACAACAACAAUAAUAAUAAUAGUUGUUAUUAUUUUAUUUAUAUCCCAUCUGACUGCGUUGCCCUAGCCACUAUGGGUGAGUUCCAGCGUAGUAUAAAAACACAACUAGACAUCAAAAACUUCCUGAUACUGGGUUGCCUUUAGAUGUCUUCAAAAGGUUGUGUAAUUGUUUAUCUCUUUGACAUCUGAUAGGAGGGUGUUACACAGGGCAGGUGCCACCACCAAGAAGGCCCUCUGCCUGGUUUCUUAUAGCUUCACUUCUCGCAGUGAGGGAUAAGUCAUUGAAGGAACUUACUGGAUUUUACUGUGGGUUUAUCUUCGGACUAGAUCAGCUGUACAGGUGCAUUAAAUUUGCCACGUAAUCGCUUCCGUCGACUAAUGAUGGAGAGGUGAGCAUAGUAAAAAAAAUAUAUAGUAAAAUAAAACAGAACGCUUUAAAACACACAUACAAAAGAGAACUUUACAUAAUGAACAGAAGCAGCACAACACCAGUACCAGAAUGAGUAGAAGCAUUUGAUGGCCUGGGAAAAGAAAUAUGGCGAAGUACGUGCCAAAGGAGAUCAUUUUACCAGUGGGCCACCACUGGUAUGAUCUGCCACCUCGCUUCAGAUGUUGGGGGGCAUCUGGAGGUGGACCUCAAAAAAGAUCUUAACAGACAGGCAGGCUGACAUGAAGGCAAAUUAUCCUUCAACAUAACUGGCCCCAAGGCAUAUAGGGCAAAGCUUUAAAAAGCAGCACUCAAUGUUUAUUUCUAGUUAGCAGGCCGCACCAGCAGCUUGAACUAGCUUCAAUUUCCAGGAAGUCUUAAAACAGGCCCCACUUGCUGUGAGGUUCACCCAUGGCAAGAGUGGACGGCUUCCCUCCAUCAAAUAGUUGCUACCAUGAACAAAUCCUUGAGUGCUGCAACCAGUUUGAGCCGUGGACUUUACCAUACGUUUAUGUGUCUUUGUUACAGAGAACCCAGAAUCAAGGAUAUUAGGUGGCAUUUCCAGAAACGAGAAAUGUGUGCAGGGAGUCAUGGUUCUAGCCACAGGGCUACAGAACUGUGAUCUGCUGAACUGAACCUUGCUAAAUCUCUUGCUUUUUUAAUGCACGUCAAGACCACAGAACAGGGUUGUUGUGUCCAGUGCUAGCCAUAUGCAAGAAUUAGGCCCAUUGAAACGAAUGGACUAACUUGCAUUCGUUAAUUUGAGUGGGUCUUUUCUGAGCAGAGCUUCAUUGCCAACAAGCGUGAGUUUGUCAUGGCUUCACUAUACAUGGGUCUUACCUAAGGUAUACUUAGGCAUACUUCUUAUACCCAGGAAGUAUAGCUAAUGGUGUCCAUCUGUCAUACCUUGGAUCCCAAACGCCUUGGUACUCGGACGUUUUGGCUCCCAAACGCCGCAAACCCGGAAAUGGCUGUUCCGGUUUGCGAACGUUCUUUGGAACUCGAAUGUCCAACGGAGCUUCCGCAGCUUCUGAUUGGCUGUGGGAGCUUCCCGCAGCCAAUCAGAAGUUGCGCUUUGGUUUCCGAACGUUUUGGAAGUCGAAAGGACUUCCGUAACGGAUUCUGUUCGACUUCCAAGGUAUGACUGUACCAGCUGAACAGUGGACAAAGAAAUGUGUGUGGGGGGGGGAUCAAGAAUGUGUAUGAUGGGGGAAAUCCUCCAUUUUACAUUUUUCUAGUAAAUGUUAGCGAGAUGGUAUUAAGGAAAACUUACGACGAAUGACAAAUUAACAUCCUAUACUUCAUUAAACUAUCUUGUCAAUUAAGCUUCCGAAAUUGCUAUCACAUUAAUGCAUUGGGAUCGUUGUUGCACAUUAACUCAAUUUUUCAUGCUUAUUAGACAAGCUGUAUUUUAUGUGCCAGAUUUUUCUCUCUCUUCUGCUUUAAGUAAUUCAAGCUAAUUCCCCCCCCCCCCCGUGUGUGUGUGUGUGUGUGUGUGUGUGUGUGUGUAGGAUUUGUGUCUUGGUAAAAGUCAGUGGUUAUGUGUGGAACACCAAGCACUAAAGUAUGGAAAACUACAGCAGUUCAUUUUAAAGUAAUCCAAAACAGGAAUCGGCAGCAAAUGGCUUCCAGGCCUCUCCUGAAGAAAAGCUUUAUGCCUGAAUGAUUAAUUAUCCUGUGGGUGCCAGCCAGAUAACAGCACCCUGGCUGUUGCUGGGAAAGAGAUAUGGGUCUUGGUAUAAAGCAACUUCCUGUGAUAUAUUUGGCCAUUAAAAUGUCAGAAGAAGUCACGGUUCAGUUUUUAAUUUUUCAAAUUAUAUCUUAAAUAACUGAGAAUAUUAAAACAACUAGAGUGGCUCAUUCCCUGUUUUGCUUAUGAUUUCUGCUCGCCUCUGGCAGUUUCCCUUGUAUUAUGUCCCCCACUUUUCUGCUUCCAGGGAACUCUUCCCAUAUUGGUUUGUCUGCCAAAGAAUCUCAGUGCAUCUGCCACAAAAUUCUUGCCCGUUAGAAAAGUCCUGAGGAAUGUUUUAGGUUGCAUGCUUGAGUAGCCCAAAUAUUGCAAGAUGCAAGCAACCAGGCCAGGAUUCUUAGGCCACAUCGCAGCCCAGUGUGAACUCAGAAUGCAUUGAAUGCAGCAAAACCUCUCUCCAAUGCUAAACACUGCAGGGCAAGAUCAGGGGUGGCAGGCAGCUUUGAGGGAGAAGCACUGCCAUUACAGUGGUACCUUGGUUCUCAAACUUAAUCCGUUCCGGAAGUCCGUUCCAAAACCAAAGCAUUCCAAAACCAAGGUGCGCUUUCCCAUAGAAAGUAAUGCAAAACGGAUUAAUCCAUUCCAGACUUUUAAAAACAAUUCCUAAAACAGCAAUUUAACAUGAAUUUUACUUUCUAACGGGAUCAUUGAUCCUUAAAAUGAAAGCAAUAAACAAUGUACUGCAGUCAAUCAAUCAGUAGCUGACCUGGGUUUCAAACAGUCACAAAAAAGAGCCACAGAAACGCAAAAUAAAUAGCAAAAACAGACAGUCCUCAGCGUAACGCUCAAAACAAAAGUGUGGCACUCAGAUUGGAAGUGUAACACUCAAAACGGAGCACGUUUGGCUUCUGAAAAAAGUUUGCAAACCGGAACACUUAACUUCCGGGUUUGCAGUGUUUGGGUCCCAAGUUGUUUGAGUACCAAGGCGUUUGAGAACCAAGGUACCACUGUAUUUAAUUUCUUAUUGAAGAACUCCCGCGAAAUUUCCAGAGCUCCAGAAGCUCAGUUUGAAAAAUUGACUCCCCAAAGGGGUGAUACCAAAAUUUAUUUUUUCACUUGUGCAUAUUUUUUUGCAUGUUGCACUGUGUGCUUCUUCAAGCACUGACCUGUUGCAUAAUCUGCUUGUGCAAGCAAUGAUGUCACAUAAGUCUGAAGUUUGUAGAUUGAGGUCGGGGAAACAUGCCACAGGGAUUGAUAAACGCAGGUUCUUGGAACACAGUAUUAUGGCUUCUUACUAUAUUAUGGCUGCUUAUGAUGUUAAUGAAGUUAAAAUGGAUUUAUUUGAAAGGUAACCAGGAGCUUACAUUUGUAGCUGCUGCUGUUCGUUAGGACUGACUUGUUUUGACGUGCGUUAUCUGAAUUGUGUAGGCUUGUAAACUCUUCAGUGGAAAUGCGCUAUAUAAAUAUUUUAAAUAAAUAAAAAAAGAUGAUUUGCACACAUCUGAAUAGGAUCUAACAUUUACUGGGGAGUAUACCCCAUUGAACAGAGUUGGACUUCCUUCAGAGUAAACAUGCAUAGAAUUGUGCUAAAACGCUGCAGUUCCAUGUAUACUUUUAUGGGGGGGCGGUAGUCUCUGAAAUUUUAGUUAGUUACUUCUGAGUAAAAAUGUUUAGUAUUGCAUUGCAUGUUUUGGAAGUCUCUAAAAUCCCGUUGCAGCAGCUAAACAAAGCAAUUGUUUUAAACAUUUUUUUAGCUGCUCUUGCAUCAUAAUUUGUGAGUUCUCUAGCAUCGAGAGUUUGCAAUUUUACUGAAAUUCCAUUAUACAGUGGAUACAUGAGGAUUACCUAGUAUUUAUUCUUAGGACUUUUAUCACGUGUUAUGUAAGAGGCGAAACAACCUCUCCUGUUGCUUGUAAUUUUAGACAUUCUUGUUUUUUAAAUGUGUGCACUUCCGCACUGCAGUUUGUUGUGGUAUCGCUGCUGAUCGUGCACGUUUUAGUUUUGCACAGCAGCCACAUAACACUCUUAACCAAAAUUCCUUCCCAGAUUAUCCCAUUUUAAUCUGAUUUACAACCACCACUACCCUAUAACCCUAUACUGGUAAUGUGGACUAAGUUGGGUUUGUAUCUAAAAAUGCAUGCCAGGGUAAACCUAGCCAUGGUUUCCUGGGACCGUGAUGCUGCUGGAGUGGCCCCACUCCCACCAGAGCAAAGUGGGGCUGCACUGAGCCGCCUGCCCACCCACGUAGGAGGGAGCCCACCUUGCUGAUGUGGCCCUUGGCAGCUGGAGAGGAGCACUGGGCUGGGCCAGGCUGGGGUCGCCUAUGUGGAGGUACCUGGUUCAUGCCCCCACAAAAAUUGUCUGCCUGGAGCCCUGGCCCUCCCUGCCACCCCAGACACUACGCCCCUGGCAUUCAGACACAUUUAGAUGGGGCAUGUCAACCUGGGAAGGUGGUCUAUCUGGGAGAAGAAAAACUCUGAUCCUAAGCCUCUGUGGCCUUGUAGGAAUAUCUUUGGGAGAAGGGUCCCUAAAAUGGUUGAAUGGCGCCCUGUGCGCCUCCUUCCGGUAGCUCCUGCAGCCAGCUGAUGCCAAACAUCUUUCUCUGCUUACUUUUGGACCACACAGGCAAGGCUGGGUCUUGACAUCUGGGCUAGGACCCUGCUCAGACUUAUGCCCCAGGGAGGUCCCUUCUGUGCUGCUAACACAGUACCGUAUUUUUUGCUCUAUAAGACUCACUUUUUCCCUCCUAAAAAGUAAGGGGAAAUGUGUGUGCGUCUUAUGGAGCGAAUGCAGGCUGCGCAGCUAUCCCAGAAGCCAGAACAGCAAGAGGGAUUGCUGCUUUCACUGCACAGCGAUCCCUCUUGCUGUUCUUACUUUUGAGAUUCAGAAUAUUUUUUUUCUUGUUUUCCUCCUCCAAAAACUAGGUGCGUCUUGUGGUCUGGUGCGUCUUAUAGAGUGAAAAAUACGGUAGUUUGACUUUACCCCUGGAGGCACACUCCAUUGCCUCUCGAGACAGACAGAUGUCAACAACAAUUCAGACACAUAAUUUCUCACCAGUAAAACAAUGUAGUCUGGAAAAAGAAGUAUUUCAUCUGCUAUUUCUGUGCAAAUGGAGUCUUAACUUUUCUGCAUUGCAAAUUUCUGACCACGUUAGAAAACUUCAGAGCGCUGCAUGCUGGGAGCUACACUGCUGUCGACAAAACUUUCUUUUUUGUAGCUUGACAAAUACACAAAAUAGAUUUACUGUGGAGAAAUGUAUUUGUUUCAUCUUGAGACUGACCAUUAUUUUAAUAGUGUGAAUUCACAGAGUGGCGACUAUACGAAAUCAGCAUGAGAAGUAAAUUCCCUGCCAUUCAUAAAUAAUGAUAUAAGCUUUUGAACACAAUGCACGGUACGAUGGCAACAAACCAAUAUUCCUUGUAGGCCAUUCAGCUUAAAAUCAUUGUGGUUCGUCUUUAAAAUUUAAUUGGUACAACAGGAGAUCUAUUCUGAAGCGCUGUCUGUUUCUCUUGGCAGUUACCAUGAAUAAGUAAUGAAGGAUAGUGAUAUUUUAAGAGAUGUUGAUGCUCUAAAUAUGCAUAGUUCUAAUACCACUGCAUUCAAUUAUUUACUUACUAUAUUUUUACCCCUCUUUGCAGACAAUUGCUGUUUCUCAAAGCAGCUCGUAUCAAUAGAGAGAGAGACAAAGAGAGAGAAUUCUGCCACCAGGCUUACAAACUAAAAAAAAAAAGACAAGACGCACAAGGAAAGGGGAGUAACAGGUAGCGGUGGGAAACCAGCUCUUUAAAGCCAGAACAAAGUGUUGAGCUAAAAGCACUUAUGCCCAGUUUGAGCCAGCCUGAUUUUCCUUGAUUGGUAGUCUGUCAACUGGUGCCAUUGUCUCUUCAGCAGAGAGCCAUUUCCCCUUGCUUCUGCCAGCCGCAGGGUCCCCUGGAAGCUAGUGUCCUUUCAGGCAGGGAGGAGCCAACCUUUUGGCUGAUGGAUGGGACCAGGUUGGUCUCCCGCUUGCCAUGAUGCUCUCACUGGGAGGCAGGGAGUACAGCUGCCCGGUGACUAUUGGUCCCCUGGCUGAUGGCAGAGGCCAGGGUGUGCUGAUCAAAUGACUGAUCUGUUCCUGUUUGCUGAGCCUCUCUUGCAUCAGUUUGCAAUUCAUGUACCCAUCUGACUAAGCGAGUGAAAUUUGGUCUUCUGUAUGGAGGGACAGUUUGUUUAGCUCCAAGCGCCCAUCCCCUUUUUGUGAGUUAUUGCUCUGUUUUUAUUGUGAAACACCAGACGGUACUCUUUCUUAAUUUUUUAUUUUACAGUGCACAAUCAGUCUCUUUCACUCUCUCUCUCUCUCUCUGCCUCUGCAUGUAUGCACUAUUUUUGUAUAUAUGCAUGCACAUGCACAAGGACACAUGCACACACAUCCUUUUUCAUGCUCUGCUGCCGAAGAGGAUGAGAAAAAUCCAGAUGUUUUGCAUAUUUGGACGUUCACAUGAGUAACACACACAUUUUAUUGAUCACAACGCUCCACACACCCCAAUAGUGUGCUAAAAGUAAUUUUUAAAAAGCUUCACUCUCCCACCCAAAAAAAGCUCAACUCUGCCCCCCCCCCAGCUCAGCGAUUGCCGUCAAGGGAACAGCUGAUAGGCAGCCUGUUAGACACGUGGGGCUGUUAGCCUCUGGGCAAUCCUCCCCCCCCCCCCCCCAAUUUCAACAAGUCAGGGCAAUUUCCCCACAUUUUCUUAAUUUGGAGUCCUCAAAAAUGGGCGUCGUAUACAUGAGGGCAUCCAAUACACUGAAAAAUAUGGUAUAUAAAAAAGGAUCAGCAAAUACUUAUAAGCCUGUCAUCUUUCUCACAGAGCUUUGCCUGCCAUUUUGCAAUUAUAGUUGUGACAGUCUUAUAUAUAGUUUAAUUCAGUGCAUGAUGCAAUUGUCACUGUUUUUUCCCAUUUUAUCUUACUAAUUUACAGCUAAAAUGAAUAACCAGCGGGAAGCACUGCAGAGAAAGAAGAACGCAAUCUUAGUGGAUGGUGUAAUUUUAAACGGCCCAGUGGCAGAUGCAAAAGCCGGAGAGAAAUUUGUGGAAGAGGCCAGCAAGAUCAUAAUGGAGGAAGUGAUAAAGAAAGCUGCGGAUGUAACAGAAAAGGUAGUGAUCUCAAAUGUAAUACUUUUCAGUACAUAAUUCACAAUAAACUGUCACUUUCCUCAUCCCUCACAUGCCAUUAUCCUAAACGAGAAGCCAGUUUUUUCCUAGUACGGCCGUACCUUGGUUUUCGAACAGCUUAGUUCUCGAAUGGUUUGACUCUCGAAUACCGCAAACCUGGAAGUGACUGUUCCGGUUUGCGAACUAUUUUUGGAAGCUGAACGUCCGAUGGGGCUUCCGUGGCUUCUGAUUGGCUGCAGGAGCUUUCUGCAGCCAAUCAGAAGCCGUGCUUUGGUUUCCGAAAGUUUUGGAAAUCGAAAGGACUUCCGUGACGGAUUCCGUUGGACUUCCAAGGUAUGACUGUAUGUGAUUAAAAAUUGGCACAGUUCUUCUUUAAAGACUUAUUUUCAGUUAUUUACAUUUGUGUAUUUAACUGAGGGUCUGUAGUGGGAGAUAAUAUAUGAAUGCUGUGUCCUUAGCACGUUUCUUUCCACUAACCCGAUAUUUUCCCCAAAUUAGGUGUGUGAGUGGCACCCUCCUGAAAAGCUGAAAACGUUGCUUGAUUUGGAAUUGAAAGACACCGGAGAGACCCAUCAGAGACUCCUGCAGUUUUGCCAGGAUAUUAUACGUUUCAGUGUCAAAACCAGUACGGAUCCUAUGUCUAUUAUCUACUGUUUUUAUUCCAUUAAAUACUAUGAUGCUCUUUGAAAUAGGUUUUCGGAACGUCAGGCUGUUCUUGCUUUUGCUGUCUGACAAACAAGGUGACAGUUUGACAGAUUCUUCAUUUUCUGCUAUGUCAAACCAGAAAGACCCGUAAGGCCCAUUUUGGAUGUACGACACCAGCUUCAUAAGCCAUGGUUUAUGAAGCUGUGAUUGAGCAUCAGGGCUGUGCGCUUGUCCAUCACCUCCUGAUGCUCACCCCUGCGGCUUAAUAUUCUGGUUGGUUAACCAACAUUAAACCAGAGUUUUCUGGUUUAAACAAAGCAACAUCCUAAUGCUGAAGUUGGUGUGUAAAUGGAAAACAGGAAGAAGGGCAUGGCUCAAGUAUUCGUUCUUGACUCCAUAAACUGUGGUUUAUGAAGCCAGGAACCUAAGUCUGUAAGAGUUUAUUUUACUGUUGCUCUGGGGCAGUUCCUGAAAACUGACAUCUGUGGGUGAGUUUUCUAUGUCUUGCCUUAAUGUGAUGCUGCACUUACUGUAUGAAUUGGGAACAUCAUGAAAUGAGUUUCCCUGCCAAUAUGCAAUUGUGGCUGUUGUGGCAGAAAAAAUCAGUGCAUGAUGGCCCUGGGUCACAUUAUAUAAUAUCAUAUCACAGACUGAGGAUAUUUUUUUUCUCAAGAUGUCAAGACUUAUCGGUAAGGAAUAUAUUGGACAACAUUCCUGUAAAAUGCAAAUGCAAAUCAUGGUAUAAUUAAGUUUAAACCUAACUUUAUGAAGAAAUGAAUAUUUCACGGCUUCUUCUAAAGCUUUUAUUAUGUAGGGGUGUGGGAGGAAAAUAAAUGUGCAGACAGAGCCCACAGUAAAUGUUAAUCUAUUGCUAUUAUUAUUAAUUUCAUUUCUGUAUCGCUUUAUAUUUUUUAAGGGGGGGAAUCUCAAGGUGGUUUACGACCUACAUUAAAACAUCAAAUAAAACUAUCCAGAAUUAAACAUUACUGAAGAUUGCCAAAUAUAAAGUAUACAUUCAAAGCAACAUAACUAAACGGAAACUAAAAUAUUAUCUUAAAGAUAAUACAUUACAAAGGAGGUCAACUACAGAAUGCACAUAUAGCGCAGCAAAGAUAACAAAAAAAAUUAUCUUAAGGAUUUCAAAAGAAAACAUUACUAAAGGAAUAUAAAAUGCACAUUUAAAACAGCAUAAUUAGCAAGAGAAUCAAGUACUGACUGAUUUUGUAGCUGGAGUCAAUCUAGGCCCUCCUUCCCAGGCCAGGUGGAAAAAGACCGGCAAUUCAGGGAACAGGUCUUCUAGGACUUCCAGCCAGUUCUUUAUUCCAGGGCGCACUUAAGGGUACGCAGAACCGGCACCUCUUUUUGUUGUUGUUAAAAAGUGUGACACUUACUAUAACAACUUCAUGGUGAAUGCUAGCACCUAUUUUUCUAGAAGAAAAAAGCACUGGUUGUAGCUAAUCAAUACUUACGAAAGCUUCAGAGGUAAAAUUCCCAAGUGUGCAUUAAUGUUCUAACAUCCCAUAUGAUGGAUCUAAUUCUAACUCUUUUUAUCACAGAAUGCUAGAUAGCUUUAAUAUGCUCUUUUUCAUUAUUGAUGCUGUUUACCUAUUGCUUAUGCAGCUUGAACUAUUCCCAUGUAAGAUAACAAACUCUGAUAAGCUUUUAAUUAUUCGUCUUUUAACAGAGCCUCUUGUGUGUCUCUUAAAGGGGACAGCAUAAGUUAAAAAGUAUAGAUAAAGGGAGAAAAUACCUUUCUGAAACUUUUGGAGAAUCCCCCCCCCCCCCCCAAUUAUGGGCAGUGUAAUAAUAUAUUUAUUUGCAAGAAAUUAUAUACUGCCUACGUUAAGAAAACAGGGACGCGGGUGGCGCUGUGGGUAAAACCUCAGUGCCUAGGACUUGCUGAUCGUAAGGUCGGCGGUUCGAAUCCCCGCGGCGGGGUGAGCUCCCGUCGUUCGGUCCCAGCUCCUGCCCACCUAGCAGUUCGAAAGCACCCCUAAGUGCAAGUAGAUAAAUAGGUACCGCUUUAUAGCGGGAAGGUAAACGGCGUUUCCUGUGCGGCGCUGGUGCUGGCUUGCCAGCUGCAGCUUCGUCACGCUGGCCACGUGACCCGGAAGUGUCUUCGGACGGCGCCGGCUCCCGGCCUCUUGAGCGAGAUGAGCGCGCAACCCUAGAGUCGGUCACGACUGGCCCGUACGGGCAGGGGUACCUUUACCUUAUGUUAAGAAAAAAAUACACUUGCUGUGAAGAGCAUAAACAUCAGUGAUAAAACUGCAACAACAAUAUAAUAUUAAAAUUUAUAUCCCACCCUUCCUCUCAAGUGAUGAAACAAUUAAAACAUGUAAAAACAAUUCUAGUACAGAUGGAGACUAGGGAAGACCACUCCUUCAAAGGUUUGUUAAAAGGGGAAGGUCUUCACUAAGUCGCCAUAAUUUUCCAUGCAGGUUUUUAAAGCCCUAUGUGCUCUAUAUAUCCACUAUUCCUAUUGGGUAAACUUGUCCUCAUUGUAUAUAGAAAGUGAGGGCAGAUAAUAGAAAUUUCAAAUGCUCAAUUUUUCCCCAGGACCCCUGCAAUUAGGUGUGUAGAGGUUUACCUUCUUAGCGACGAAACGGAGACAACCCCCCACCCCCUAAAAAAUACUAAAACAAGAAACUAUCUUUUUGUCUUUAUGCCACCCAGUUUCAAUUUGGAGAUCUCUCUACUUCUGUAGUUAGAAGUAGAGUUGGGGUUAUUCUUUCAUUUGGAGAGGCGUUCCACCUCAUCAAAUAGAUCAGACCCAAUUCUAAGGGGACACAGGUGUAUCAAUAAGCAGGUGUGCCUUGAAGAGGCCUGGCUCAAAUUCAGCGUCCAGUGGUCCUGUGCGCUACCUUUGUCCCUCCCUGACAGUCCAUCUCUCAGGCAAAGAAAAAAGCCUGGAGCCGGGGGGGGGGGGGGAAGGAUUAACAGUCAGCGCAGAGCUUCUAUCUGUUCAGAAGAGGCUGCAAGGGAUACACAGUGUAUCUCUUCCUGCAGGUACUUGUGGGACUUAAAAAUCCUCCCUUUUCAAGCAAGUGAUACGAACAUCCCCUGCCCUCUGAUAUUUCUCAGGAAGGGCUGAUCAUCAUUUCUAGCUGAAACUGAGAGGAGGGCUUGCGCAUUGGUUUUCCUGCACCACUUACGCUAACCAGAUUUAUGUCUUUUUAAUCUACAGAUCACCCAAGAUUUUUUAAUCAGUUGUACGCUGGUAUUGAUUAUUACUCUUUAGCAGCGCGUUUCAUUACUGAAGCAUUAAACCCGAGUGUGUAAGUGCUUUUUAUUUUUAAUUGAUCUGCUGGGUCUGCCAUGCUGUUUCAGUGUAAAAAAAUCUUAUUUCCUGCAGAUUUCCAUGUACUUUAACGGCAUCGAUGAUAGGGGUGUGGUUUUUCAGAUGUCGGAUGGAUUAAAGCUUAUUUUGUCAUAUUGUAAGUUCAGUAUAGACACUCAAGUAAAAAUGUAGAGGAAACUCUUGGCUUAAGAAUGUUAGAAUACCCAUGUUAGAUUAGACCAAACACUAGUCCAACACUCUGUUUGCAUAGGAUCCAACCUUACGCUCACAAGGAAUAUGAGUGUCUUUUUCAUGUUCCCAAACAAUUGGUAUUAUGCUGCCUCCGAUGGCAGCCCUGUUUAGGGAAGUUUUUAAUAUUUAAUGCUGUAUUGUUUUUAACCCUCUAUUGGAAGCCGCCCAGAGUGGCAGGGGAAACUCAGCCAGAUGGGUGGGGUAUAAAUAAAAUAUUAUUAUUAUUAUUAUUAUUAUUAAGGCUAUGGAAAGGACCCCUGGAAGAUUAAGUCCAGUCAAAUGUGACUAUGGGGUGCAGCGCUCAUCUCACUUUCUAACCAAGGGAGCCGGCGUUUGUUCACAGACAACUUUCUGGGUCAUGUGGCCAGCAUGACCAAACCGCUUCUGGUGCAGAACCAGAGCAGCACAUGGAAACGCCAUUUACCUUCCCACCAGAGCAGUACCUAUUUAUCUACUUGCACUUUGACAUGCGUUCGAACUGCUAGGUUGGCAGGAGCAGGGACCGAGCAAUGGGAGCUCACCCUGUCGCGGGGAUUCGAACUGCCGACCUUCUGAUCGGCAAGUCCUAGGCUCUGUGGUUUAAUCCACAGCGCCACCUGCGUCCACUAUAAAACCUCACGUGGGCUUGACUGCUGUUAUCCCUGGUACCCUGGAAUACUGACUACACUCAAGGAAGGGAUCCAUCACUUAGCUCGUAUUCUUCUUUGUUCAGCUAUUCAUGCUCUCUACCUCACUACCUUUUCAUUCAAUUUUCUUAAACACAUUUUGUCAAAGCAUUGUUCACACAGUUGCCUUUUAUGUCACGUUUAUAUAUAUUCAGAUAUACCUAUGAAGUGUCCCCAGUGUUUUUGUUAGUGGAAGAAGCAGUCCUAAAGAAAAUGAUUGAAUUCAUUGGGUGGGAAGAAGGUGACGGUAUAUUUAAUCCAGGUAAGAAAGUAUUCCCCCCCCUUUUCUUCUUGCAUGCAAUUUAAUUUAAUUUAAAGUUAUAUUUUACUGCUUUUGCCAGUGCUGUGUAUUGGAGUAAAGCCUUCGUUAGGUCACGAGUGGUUCUUAGGCAAUGUCCAUACAGGAGUUGCCUUGCUUUAGGCAAGUACAUUCCCCUGCUUGGGCAGCCUGGUUUUUACAGAGGGAUAGAAGCAAUUUAUAUUACAUAGUUCAUGGUGCUUCCGCAUGCUGUGUGAACAGCAGUGAAAUAUGAGGCCAGAUCCGUACCAUUUUUGCGUACUCUGAGGUUCAAAUGUGCUACCAAUGUUCAAAUGAUCUUCCAAAUAUGAUCCUCACUGCGAGAAGUGAGGUUACAGGGAACCAGGCAAGUGAGGUUACAGGGCCUUCUCGGUAGUGGCGCCCACCCUGUGGAAUGCCCUCCCAUCAGAUGACAAGGAGAUAAGCAACUAUACAACCUUUAGAAGACAUUUGAAAGCAGCCCUGUAUAGGGAAGUUUUAGUAUAUGCUGGAAGCUGACUGGGGCAACCCAGUCAGAUGGGUGGGGUACAAAUAAUAAUAAUAAAAUUAUUGUUGUUGUUGUUGUUGUUGUUGUUUGUUGUUGUUAUUCACUCAUCUCCUUGAAAGCAUUUUUGACAAGGUUACCAUUGGAACCUCAUGGUAACCAAAAGCCCAGAUAUAUUUAUUUUAAUUUUAAAAUGUUUUUAAACUUUUUUUUCACGCACUGUUAAAAGCUUUCAUCUUUUAAAUGUAUUACUGUGUAUAUAUUUUUAAAACUUCAGAUUUUAUUUACCUUACAAAAAUUAGGUCAACUUGUUUUAACACCUGAUUUUAUUGAUAAUUUAAAUGCAUAUUUCAUAUGGUUUCAUGUGAGCAGCUUAGAGGUUUUUUUAAUCAUUAUGUGGUAUAUAAAUCCUGUUAAACAUUCAGAAAGUUGUACCUUGAUGUGGCUAAUUUUUGCUGGUAACCCUUCGCUGACAUGGCAAAUGUCCACGCCUGAACAUUGGGCACCUCAGUGCUUAUAAAAUGGAAAUGCGAAGUAUUAAUGAGUAUGAGUGUUAUAUGAAUCUUUUCCUUUUCCUUCUUUAAAGGUGGCUCUGUUUCUAAUAUGUAUGCGAUGAACUUAGCAAGAUACAGAUACUGCCCUGACAUAAAGGAAAGGGGCCUUUCAGGGAUGCCUCGACUGGUGGUAUUUACGUCAGAAGAGGUAACCAACCUUCCUCCUUUGUAAUUAUUCAAACAGUACAUUAUACCGGAUUUACGUAUAAGCCAAGCAAGCUAUAGCUUAGGGCCCCACUCUCUUGGGGGCCCCCCAAAAAAUUUAAAGGGAAAAAAACCUGGAUGUACAUUUCCAAAAUAUAAGAUAAAAAACAAAUAAAAUAAAACCUACAUACAGCAACAGAUUUUUGUGUUGUGUAGGCUCCUAUGAUGUAAGUAACAGGCCCUGCCUGCUAGCCUGCUCCCUGAAAUAUCACUCGUUUGCUCAUUUCUAUAUAUAGGGUGCCUACAUUCUGCAUGGACUAGUUGCAUGGCAACAUGUGCAAAUGGCUUUAGAUACCUAUUAGGUUCAUAAAUGGCCAUAUAGCAUAUAUUCAAGACAGUGACAAUUUGUUGUUGACAAAGGUCAGAUGGACAUAUAAAGGGCCCCAUUACCUUCAGUAGCUUAGGGCCUCAUCAAACCUAAAUCCGGCCCUGUUCGAGAAAAUGUAUUUGUUAUAGCAAGCAUAAAAGGCUUACCACUAGCAUAGAGAAUCAAUGCUGGUCUAGGAUCCAGGCUUGAACUGGUUCUGUCCGCUUCUGAAUCUCUGAGGCUGUGUACACAUUACCCAGUUAAAACACAGCUCGGUUCUCAAUUUGAAUGGAAAGUUAAUUGAAGGGGAAAUGCGUGGAAACACAGCAUUUCAUAAGAAACGGCAGGAUUGAUAUGGAUUGUGUUGGUGGGAUCAGGGCCGUAUUUAGGUUUCACGAGGCCCUAAGCUACUGAAGGUAAUGGGGCCCUUUAUAUAGCAGGCGGGGCCCAUUACUUACAUCGUAGGAGCCUGUUGUUGUUGUUUAGUCGUGUCCGACUCUUUGUGACCCCAUGGACCAGAGCACGCCAGGCACUCCUGUCUUCCACUGCCUCCCGCAGUUUGGUCAGACUCAUGCUGAUAGCUUCGAGAACACUGUCCAACCAUCUCGUCCUCUGUCAUCCCCUUCUCCGUGUGCCCUCCAUCUUUCCCAACAUCAGGGUCUUUUCCAGGGAGUCUUCUCUUCUCAUGAGGUGGCCAAAGUAUUGGAGCCUUAGCUUCACGAUCUGUCCUUCCAGUGAGCACUCAGGACUGAUUUCCUUAAGAAUGGAGAGGUUUGAUCUUCUUGCAGUCCAUGGGACUCUCAAGAGUCUCCUCCAGCACCAGAAUUCAAAAGCAUCAAUUCUUUGGCGAUCAGCCUUCUUUAUGGUCCAGCUCUCACUUCCAUAAAUCACUACUGGGAAAACCAUAGCUUUAACUAUAGGAGCCUACAUAACACAAAACACGGUUGCUGUAUGUAGGUUUUAUUUCAUUUGGUUUUUUAUUUUGGAAAUGUACACCCAGGUUUAUUUCCCUUUAAUUUUUUGUGGGGGGCCCCAAGAGAGUGGGGCCCUAAGCUAUAGCUUGUUUAGCUUAUACGUAAAUCCGGCACUUGGUGGGAUCACACUGGAUGCAGAGGAAAUGGAAGUGUGUACAUACCCCAAAAAAUAAAAUAUAAUUGUAAGAAGUCUCAUUGGAAAUCCUUCCAGAACUGUUUCUCUUCUGCUCUUUUCUAAGCUCAUGUAGUAGACAAUAUGCUGUUUCAGCACCACUUCACUUGCUCUGCACUCUUGCUCCCUACAAGUUUUGCCCACAGGGAGAAGCCUAUUGAUAGACUUUAUUUACAUUGUGGGUGGGGGACACACACCUGUCUGCUUACCUGCAGUCUUUCUGUUCCUUGCUGUAUUCCUCUCCCUUGGAGAUAGCUUUCCUACAGUGAGUUAAGAGACGAAACAUUCAUUUAUUUCCACCCACCGCUCCAGUGUUGGGAGUAGAGAGAUACUGUUUUAAAUUACAGCAGAACGGUUCCACGCUCAUUUCUCAGUUAAAAUAAAAAAUAACAAUGGCACAACAAAAACAUCUGUUUUUUACUUCAAGGGGCUUUCUUUACUUGAUUAUUACACGCUACUCAACUGAUAAUGACGAAUCACAUCUCCCUAAAAGUGACCAAAAAAAAGCCUGUUCUUAAUGGUUUGUCAAGAGGGAAUAAUCUAGUCCAGGAACAAAUUGAAAUGCAUUGUUUGGAAUUUAUUAUUUCAAGCUGAUGUAAAUGGAGUGUUGUGUUCUUCAGUGAUUGUAUUUUAACAGCAAUUUGCAGUAAUCUGCAUUUUUCCCCCCCAUGGCAAAACAAUUUAAAAACUGGACGAAAUGUUUCCCCCACUUUUGUGGGACCAUUUAUCCUGUGUAGAAGCGUGUCUGGGAUAGUCAAUGUCUUUUUGCAGGGAAGGUGCACUCUAAGAAUUUGUGGGUGGGAAGGAGGUACCUGUCAAGUAAGAGGUGGCCAAGGGUUUGUUUUGUUACUGGGACAAACAAUGCUAUAUUAUGGGGGCAGCCACCUUUUGCCAUCAAGGAUGCCCUUGGCAACAACAAAACACUAUGGCAUUGCCUCAUUCUCAGGGACAUAUUGUCCCGGGAACAGAUAUGGGCUUCUGUCAGCUACCCAGCUUAUUUCCAUUCAAUGAGAGAACAACCUUUUCCCACCUCAUAUGUACAGGUAGUUUCAUCAGAUCAAAACGUAAGAAAAAUGCCGGACUGAAUACUUCAUUGAAACACUUCUAUUAACUGCCUACUUUGGUCCGCUUAGUAAAUUAUGGGAAUAAAUUUGGGGGGACUUUGACCAGGUAUGGACGUAAUGACAAGCCAUGUUGGUUGUUGCGUGUCGAGGUCCCCAAGCCACCCCCCAAUAAUUCACACAUCAAUUUUGGUUUGGGUUUUUGGCACGAUUUUGGCCACAACUUUAUUUAAAUAUACACAAGUGAGUGGUUGCUUAGGCAUUGGUUCCGACUAUCUGUCCUUGCCCAGGGGCAGAACUGACUUCCGGAUUCCAGCGGAAGCCAGUGAGGGAAACAAUUUUGGGGAGAAAAUGAAGCUGGGCCUCAGUCCCUCACUUCUCACCCUCAUGCUCCUGGUGGAUUCCACGGCCCAAGUCCAAUGCCAGGGACAAGGACGAAAAGAAUGGCAAGCCCUUGGAUUCCUUUAACAGAAUUCCCUUUCCGCACCACCAUUGGAGGGGUAGGCACUUACCCCUCCACCAACCAAUUUGAACCAAUGCCUAACCGCCAACCUUACAAGUUGUGACGAUUUGCUACGCAGUAGGCAAAAACCAAAUGGCACCAGCCAAUGAGCCAAAUGGACAAAAUUCCUACCAGGCCCCUGCCUCAAAGCAGAUGACCCCAUGACAGGCAUAGCAAGGUCAAGCGAACAACCCCCCCAAUACAGGGAGGGUGGGCGGGUGAUCCGGUGCAAGCAGCCAAGAGGACGCCCAAAGUUGGGCGUCCAGUAUUUAAAACCUCUGAACCCCUCCUUCAAAAUUGGCAACAAGCAAUUCUCCCCAGCGACCCAAUUAACCAAUUCACUGCCUGGGUCACUCCGCAAAUCCGCCCAGCAACAAUGGGGUGGCUUGUAUCCCCCACCGCAACACGUGCUCUCUGCUAGGGAGAACACGUUUUGUGGGAAUGUGGCUACACAAGCCAAAGGUUGCAUGCCCUCCCUCUCUUGAAAGCUUCCACUUUUGGACCAACCACAGUUCUCCAUUAUUUCUGUACUCUUGAGAACUCCAUUGUUUGUUUUAGCUAACUGAAAUUAGAACAAAGUCGGGACCAAAUUAUCGUGGGCCCUUAAUUGUGAUCUUCUCAUACUUCUAUACUGUUCAUAACAAGAGCUGUGAUUCAUUGUGCUGCCUUUGUCCCCCAUCCCCCUGCCCACUUUGGAGAUUUUGCUGAUCUAUUAUUUUCUGAGCCCGGAGAGGUUUGACAUUUUCUAGUAAUUCAAUGUCACACUCCCUUUGAUUGAGCUUAAUAAGUGACUCAUAGCUUACUAAUAAGGAGCUGUUUUGUGAGAAUCACUCGCAAUUCGAAUGAAACCUUGCUGCUUAAGAGUCCAAAUCUCUAGUGAGUGCCACAUUGUAGCUUUGCACACGUAUUUCAUUAUUGAUGUAAUUCAAUGUAACACCUAUGUAUGUUAUUAUUCACACAACACUCUGAGUGAAUGGAUUCUAAAGCCUUUGUGAAUGUGCCAUGUUAGAAAAGAUUGGCUGGUGGUAGCUGAUGAUAUCUUCUGUGCAUUUAGUUAAAAAUUGGGGGAGGGGGGGAAAUAAGUCCUGUCAAAAAGGUGGGGCGAUCCAUCUCAUCAGAAAAAGUGUGACAGGAUUGAAUACCUUUAAUAUAUUCAUACCCACACAUAAAAGUGCAGUAUUUUUCAUAAUUAUGUUCCUCCUUAACUGCAUUUGUGUGAACUCUCUUGAAGAAAACUGAAUUAAUUAACCACCUGGUUUCACCUGCUGUAUGCGAAGGAACAAUUUAAGGCGUUUUCAGGGUGGUUGGCAAAUAUAUUAAUUUAACCCUUAAAUAACAUAACAAUUUGCUCCAGUUUCUUAUUCCUCCCUAUUUUAUUAUUAUCAUUCUACUAAAAUAAAUAAGCUCUCCUAAAUUUUUCUAGAUAGCUCAGUCAGUAGAGCAAUUACUUUGAGCCGUGAAACCAGAGGUUUAUGUCCAGUGCUUAACUAAAUUUAAGGUUCAAAAAGCUCAGAAUUCCCCCCUCCCCUACUUUGAGAGGGGAGGAUAAUGCUCACCUAUUUUGCAAUUCUGUGGCUGUCGUUGGUUUUGUGAAGCCUUGAUUUUUGCCUAAAAUCUGCAACGUGUGUGCCUCAGGAAAAUUAUUUGGCGAUAUGUCUGCUGUUAAUUGUUUGAUUUUUACCCUUACUCAGUGUCAUUAUUCCGUGAAGAAGGCAGCAUCGUUCUUGGGGAUCGGCACACAAAACGUUUACUUCGUCAAAAGUGACGAAAGGUAAGGCGACCGAAGCCGUCGAGGCCGUCUGAUGAUCCUUUUAAAAUGCUGAAGUAGUGCUGAAAGCGAGUAACCUAUUACAUAACUGAAAAGUUUUAAAUCUGUGUCCCAUAGAGGUAAGAUGAUACCUGAGGAACUGGAGAAACAAGUCCAGCGGGCAAGGAAAGAGGUGAGAGGGGGAGAGAGAGUGAGAGAGCAAGAGAGAGUCUGUGUGCCCUGUGAAAGGCAUACCUUAUGUGCAUUUGUGUAUGGCAAUCUGCUCCAAUGGGGGGCAGUGUUGCGCCCGGACCACGGGCCACGGGAGUGAUCUGGCGAAUGGCUGGGCUGGAUGGCUGCCAGCUGGCGAUUGACCAAUGCUGGCUGGUUUCGGGCAGGUGCUUCCUGGGGGGUGGGGUGGGCCCAGCCGGCCAAUGAGUGCCACCCUGGCCCACUCCCAGGGGGAUAAAUCGUGGCCUGUCCCGGCUCUCCUCCUCAGCCUCUUUCGUCGGAUCAUGCACGUGAAUCUUGCAACACAACGUUGCGAGAUUUGCAGCUGCAGCUGCUGCUCAAAAAUUGAGAAGAAGGUGCAUUAAGGAUAAUAUGAUGGGCUGUAAAGAUCUAAUCAGAAAUGAAUUUUGGAAGCUUAUACACACACACACAUACACACACACACACACACACACACAUAUAUAUAUAUAUACACACACACACACACACAAUACAUAUAUAUACAUACAAUUAGGGUGAUACUACAUUGUAAUGGUGUAUAUUUUGUAUAGUAUGCAUAUAUUUCUUUUUUAGUGGUGGUUGAAAGGCCGUGAUGGUCGCAGCAACAACAAAAAUCAUAAAUUCAAUUUUUGGUGGCGUUGUUAGAAUGGAAGAAGGGUGAAUGAACGUGAAUGAAAGUUAAAACAGGGUAGUUUCUUGUGUUGCAAAUGUUUCAGGUCCAGUCUGCUUUGCCACAGAUUGCACGGUAAGUCGUGAACGGGCAAUGUGAUCCCCAGGUAUUUUAGUUCAUCGCUUAAAAAAUAAUAACGCUAGAACUCACAAAAUGGCAUGAAAGAAUAACUCUUGCACUGCAAACCUGAGCCAUUCUCAUUAUGCUUCUCACUGAGAUUAUAUCUAUAAUUGUGCUCAAAAUUAAGGAACGCCCCAGCUUUAGUAGGCCGGUAGUAUCUUCAGGACACAGUAUAUGCUUAAUGACUAUGGCAUUUUAUCAGACAUUUCAUUCAGUUUGGGCAGAUAGGAGAAAUGUGGAAUAGAAUUAAAAUAAAUCUGUUCAUGAAUAAAAGAUCAGCUGCUAUUUUCUGGGCAAAACAACUAUUGACAAGCAAACAGCAUUCCCUUCAUUGUUUAAAUGGAUUAUUGGUGAUAAAAUCUCCUUUGAUUUUAAAGUGUUUUGCAGUGAAAACAGUACUUGGCUAUAGCUUCUCGUCCUGCACUCUUCUUUUAAAAACUAUCCUUGCGGAUGCAUCUAUCUGUGCUUAAUAUGGUUUCAUUUCCUUGAAGUGAAGACUAUAAGCAUUUGAAAUGUUCUCUUAUCUCAUUUCAUGUUUGCAAGUGUCUCUGCUGAGUUCCAUUCGAUAACAGUGUUUGGUGUGGGAGGCGUCCUAUCUUCUCUGCUUUGCUGUGCAUUGCUUCACAGAUUGCAGAAAAAGAUUGGUGCCUGUGUUUUCAUAGGGUGUUCACAGAACAGAUUCUAAUGUUUGAAAGGAGAUCCAUAGAUACAAAGACAUGGGAAACAUAUUUUCGGUUCCUCACCUCAUGAUAGUCUCAAGGGCAGGUUCCUGAAUGUAACUUCCUCUUCAAACAUUAAAGAAAAUGCAAGAUGGACACACGGUCCAGUUAUGGAGACCUUGCCCCAUGAAAACAAAAUUUGUUAUGGUGUAUAAUUUGUUCAACAGGUUUUCCUAUAAAUGCAAAUUUUGUGAGGGUUUUUUCCCCCCUCAGGUACUUUUAUGUGCCAAAUAAUAUUUUUUUAAAGUUGCGAAACGGUAGAAACAAAAUUAGUAUGAUACACACAAUCUUGGUCUGGCAGAAAUAGAGGCUUUAAAAAAGUAAAAGAAGCAAACUGAAAUAGUUUUUAUUUUGAUCCUAUCGUUUUCAUAUUGAUUGGGCUUGAUGGUUGUAAUAUCUAUCUAACCCCACCCCCACCCCAAAAAGGUUGUAGUGUCAUUACCAUUUUUUGUUGUGGGAUUGGGUAGAAAAGAACUAUGUUGUGUGUAUCUUCAUGAUGGGAUAUUCUGUCCGUGUUGUGAUGGGUUAUGAUGGCUCCCUAACACGGUUCCAGAGUUCUUCAUUUGUUGCAAUGCGCACACAGAGCUCCCUGGUUUCUCAUUCACUUCAAUGGAGGAACAGCAUUUUCUUUUCUUUUCUUUAAGGUAUGUUUACCCCCUCCUUUCCCAAAAGAGCCUCAACGCAGCUUGCAGUAAAAAAACAAAUUAUAAUAAGCCACAAUAAAUAGAACAGGUAAGAAGCAAUUUGCAGGAGCCAGUGAAGCAAGCUGAGAAAAUAUAAAUAGCUCCAGCACUAUUAAAAGCAUCUGAGAAUAGCAUAGACUUUGACAGGCACCUAAAGGACAACAGUGGUGGUGCCAAGUGAAUUUGGGUGCCACCACUGAAAAGGCCUUCUUGAGUUACCUCCAACUUUUGAAGACAGGGACAUCCAGGGGAGGAUUUCUGAAGAGGAUCUGAAUUGGUAGAAUGAUUCCUCUGGAAGAAGUUGGGUUUUUUGAUAUCCAGAUCCUGGUCAGCCACUUAGCUUUAGUGGUAAGCAUGACAGAUCUUCCAAGUGUCCCUAUUUUCCAGGGACGUCCCUGAUUUGGAGAAUGCCCUGCUUUCCUUUAGGAUGUCCCUAUUUCCACUAGAGAAAUGUUGGAGGGUAUGGAGUUAUCCAACUUCCAAGCUGUCUGAAGGCAAUCCUGUACAGUGGUACCUUAGUUUACGAACUUAAUCCGUUCCGGAAGUCCGUUCUUAAACCAAAGCGUUCUUAAUCCAAGGCGUGCUUUCCUAUAGCAGUGGGGGACUCAACUGACAAAUGGAACACACUCAACAGGAAGCGAAAUAUGUUCUUAUUCCAAGGCAAAGUUCACAAACCACAACACCUACUUCCGGGUUUGCAGCUUUCUUAAUCCAAGUUGUUCAUGAACUAAGCUGUUCUUAAACCAAGGACCACUGUAUAGGGAAGGGUUUUUUUUAAAGUUUAAAGUUUUAUAAUGUUUUUAUAUAUGUUGGAAGCUGCCCAGAGUGGCUGGGGCAACCCAGGAAGACGUGGUGGGGGGAGUAUAAAUAGUAAAAUUAUCAUUAUGGAACGGAACGUCCCUAUUUUCCUCAGAGAAAUGUUGGAGGGUAUGGCAUGAGCACUUUGGUUUGGGUCCAGAAGCAACUGUUCAAUCUGUGAAAACAUUCACUAGACGCUGGCUGUGGUGAUCAGCCCCUGUUAAUAACUGGGCCAUUAUACUCUGCACCAGUUGAAAAUUCUAGGUGCUUUUCAAAGGCAGUGUGUCAGUCUCUCUACGAAUCCUUCUGUCUGUUUGAAUAAAGCUGCCGCUGAAGCUACCUUUCCCCAGAAGAAAUCACUGGACUGCAGCAAGUAUGAUUUUAUUUUAGCCUGACAUUCAUGGAAGAUUAUGGUUUUAAAUUCACAUUUAAAUUAUCCAGAAUGAAGUGUGGAGAGAAGGAAGGAAGAGGGGUGGGAAAGCCCAUUUAAUUCACAGGAUGUCUCCCCUUCCGUUCCUUCUGCCCGAAUGCAUGUCAAUAUCAUUGAAGCAUUAAAAAAAUAUUUCCCACUGAAAAUGCGUUUGGCAAUCAUUUCAGCUCGCUCCAGAGUCUCAUGGCAAAGUGAAAAGACAAUUUCUGAGAAGUACUCCUCCUUUCCCCCCAAUGUUAAGCUAAAAACCUAUUUAAAGUCUCAUCACAGCCAAAAGAAUCCAGUUUAGUGGGAUUUAUGAGGCUGUUCCAUUGGCUGCAGGAGAAAUUAUUUUGGGGGGUUUUUUUGUUCAGCGUUUUAAGUUCGUAACCUGAAAGUCACUUUAAUCAAUAGUUCAGCGUAAUGAAAACUUACAGCUGUUGCUUUGGGAGGAAAAUGUUACUUAGCGGUUUUUUUGUGUUUGGCUUUUCAGGAGAUAGUGUUUCUUAAGAUACUGCAGUGAGAAUAAUUUAAAAGAAAGGUCCUAAGUAUUGCAGAUGGUUAGGUUGUUAGCUCCAUAGCUUCAGCAUAUGUAUAAAUGCAAUAUAAAGCUCACUCACUCCUGUUCACAAACAACUGCAUAUAAUGGCCUAGUUUGCACAGUACAGUAAAUGAAAUUAUGACUUUCUGGGGCUGCAGAAAGAUGCAGGCUCCCAGAUAAGAGUUUGCAGCUUCUUUGUUUCUCCCCAUUUCUUUUUGCUCCUGCGCAACACGGAGGUAAGCCCAAAAUGUGGCUUACUGCAAGUGUGGGGAAUCUUUGACUUUCCAGACGUUGUUUAACUAUAUCUCUAGCAAGCAUGGCCAAUAGCCAGGGAAGAUGAGAUUUAGAGUUCAGCAACAUCUGGGCAGCCAAAGGUUCCCCAUGCCUGGCUUAGUAUGGUCACCUGAAGAAACCUUACUACAGCUCAUGAUUAGUGAGGAGAAAGCUUAAAUAUAAGACUCUGUUCAGGUGACACACUAAACCAUGGUUUGCACGGUCCCUGUAAACCAUACUUUGGCUUACUGUGUUGUGUAAACCAGGCCAUAGCGUGCACUUUGAAAUUUUAGUUUUAGUUUUAUAUGGCAAUUGAGACUCAUGCCUUUGGAAACAAAUAACAGAAACCCUACUUCCUGUUGUAAGUUUAAUACUUUGGGUGGAAAGUCUUUUCCAGCAGAUUGAUGAAGACUUGCGUGAUAACGAUGCCAAUGUUGAGACGGAGACCCAACGAGUUUAUGCACAUCAGUAUUAUCUGAUUUUUGCUUUCCAACUGCAGCCCCUAACGUUUUGUCUGCUGCUACUCCUGACGUUUGGAGAGAGUUGGGUUAUGGCACACAAUGGUCAAAAGGGGCUACUUCAUAGCCCUGCUACGUAUUUCUUGUGUGACCAUUUGGACCAUAGGAUGCAGCUUGUUGUUGUUUAGUUGUUUAGUUGUUUAGUCAUGUCCGACUCUUCAUGACCCCAUGGACCAGAGCAUGCCAGGCACUCCUGUCUUCCACUGCCUCCCACAGUUUGGUCAAACUCAUGUUGGUAGCUUCGAGAACACUGUCCAACCAUCUCGGCCUCUGUCGUCCCCUUCUCCUUGUGCCCUCAAUCUUUCCCAACAUCAGGGUCUUUUCCAGGGAGUCUUCUCUUCUCAUGAGGUGGCCAAAGUAUUGGAGUCUCACCUUCAGGAUCUGUCCUUCCAGUGAGCACUCAGGGCUGAUUUCCUUAAGAAUGGAGAGGUUUGAUCUUCUUGCAGUCCAUGGGACUCUCAAGAGUCUCCUCCAGCAUCAUAAUUCAAAGCAUCAAUUCUUUGGCGAUCGGCCUUCUUUAUGGUCCAGCUUUCACUUCCAUACAUCACUAUUGGGAAUACCAUAGCUUUAACUAUAUGGACCUUUGUUGGCAAGGUGAUGUCUUCUUUUUAAGAUGCUGUCUAGGUUUGUCAUUGCUUUUCUCCCAAGAAUCAGGCGUCUUUUAAUUUCGUGACUGCUGUCACCAUCUGCAGUGAUCAUGGAGCCCAAGAAAGUAAAAUCUCUCACUGCCUCCAUUUCCUCCCCUUCUAUUUGCCAGGAGGUGAUAGGAUGCAGCUAUCUGUCUACAAAUCCUACCUAGUAGCAGGGCUUUCCCUCCCUCAAGAACCCACCCAUUGUGAUUAAUAUGUCAUUGGGUCAGGGCUCAUUCAUAACUGUAGUUCUGGAGGGGUUUGCAUGUGAAGUUGCCACACAUCCAAUCCCUGCAGUCUUCUCAUCCCAAUAACUGCAGUCUAUGGUGGUUCCACACCUGGUGUCUGCUGGGAUUUGUGCUUUUGGUGCGUCCUGCCUCCCUGGGCUUGUCUUGUCCACUUCUCAUGCACAUGGUCUCCUGCUACUGCAUGGGAGUUUUCCGCACAUACAUCCUGUCCUUUGGUAGACCUUCUAUUCACAUUUGGCUGCAGAUUCAGAUUGUUGAUGGCAGGAAAAAUAAGCACUAAUUAUGUAAUGCAGGUAAGAUCCCCUGAGAAGUGAGGAAUCUCUUCCUUGCAUGAGUAGCCUCCUAGCUGAGCUAAUUGGUACUAUCAUCAGCUGAAUGUUGUUAUUAGCAUUUAAUACCAGGGACUCUUCCUACUCUUAGUUCAGAAGAAAGUAACAGGGAAGGGAGAAAGAUAGCUAUGCUAUAGAAAGGCAUGGCUAUGGCAAGGUAGUAGUAGUAGCACCCUGCCUAGUUAUGCUGUUAUCUGCUCACGUUAUGGUUUCUGACAAUGGUGAAAUUCGAGGCUAUACUGUGCAUUUCUUUAAAUGUGUUAAUAGUCAAAAAGCGCUUAUAACAGUGAGUGCCUCUGGUUCAUUAUUUGAGAAAAGGUCUCUAUACAUCUUGAACCUAUACCACUCCUUCCUUUGCUGCUCCCAUCGAGCUUCUAAAUUUACGUGGAGAAAGAGAAGAGGAAGGGGAGAGCAGCAGCAGCAGGGGCAAUGGAGCUUUGUUGUUGUUUAGUUGUUUCUGACUCUUCGUGACCCCAUGGACCAGAGCACACCACGCACUCCUGUCUUCCACUGCCUCCCGCAGUUUGGUCAAACUCGUGUUAGUAGCUUUGAGAACACUGUCCAACCAUCUCGUCCUCUGUCGUCCCCUUCUCCUUGUGCCCUCAAUCUUUCCCAACAUCAGGGUCUUUUCCAGGGAGGCUUCUCUUCUCAUGAGAUGGCCAAAGUAUUGGAGCCUCAGCUUCACGAUCUGUCCUUCCAGUGAGCACUCAGGGCUGAUUUCCUUCAGAAUGGAUAGGUUUGAUCUUCUUGCAGUCCAUGGGACUCUCAAGAGUCUCCUCCAGCACCAGAAUUCAAAAGCAUCAAUUCUUUGGCGAUCAGCCUUCUUUAUGGUCCAGCUCUCACUUCCAUACAUCACUACUGGGAAAACCAUAUGUUUCUGCAAAAUAGGGCACCAAGACUACAUUCUCCAGUGCACCAUUUGUGCACCAGGUCCAUUUGUGCUAAGAACUUAUCCUUCAUAGAAUCAUAGUUGGAAGGGUCACCUAAGUGCCAACACCCAGCAAUGCAGGAAUCUCAACUAAAGCAUACGUAACAGAUGGCCACCCAACCUUUUCUCAAAAAUUUCCAAGGAAGGCGAGUCCGCCACCACCCGAGGAAGACCGUUCCACUGUCAAAUGGCUCUUACUGUUGGAAAGUUCUUCCUGAAGUUGAGUCAGAAUCUCCUUUCUUCUAACUCGAAUCCAUUGGUUCAGGUCCUAGCCUCCAGUGCAGGAGGAAACAAACUUGUUCCAUCUUCCGUGUGACAGCCCUUUAGAUAUUUGAAGAUUGCUAUCAUAUCUCUCCCCUCCCCUGUCUCCUCUUUUCUAGGCUCAACAUACCCAGCACCCUCAACUGUUCCUCAUAAGGCUUGGUCAUCUUGGUCGCCCUCCUCUGCACAUGUUCAGCUUGUCAAUAUUCUUCUUAAAUUGUAAUGCCCCAAACUGGACACAUCACUCCAGGCAUAGUCUUGACCAAGGCAGACUAUACUUCUGUCCCCACAGCCCAGAAUAGCAUUGGCCUUUUUUUUGCUGCUGCAUCAGACUGUUGACUCGUGCUAAGCUUGUGGUCUACUAAGACCCCUAGAUCAUUUUCAUAUGUACUACUGGCAAGCCAGGUGUCCCCCACCUUAUAUUUGUGCAGCUGGUUCUUCCUGUCUAAGUGUAGAACUUGACAUUUCUCUAUUGAAAUUCAUUUUGUUAGUUUGUGUCCAGUUCUGCAAUCUGUUAAGGUCCUCUUCAAUCCCAAUUCUGUUAUCCGUGGCAUUAGCUACCCCUCCCAGUUUUAUAUCAUCUGCAAAUUUUAUUAGCAUCCCCCCAGUACCUUUAUUUGGGAUGCGGGUGGCACUGUGGGUUAAACCACUGAGCCUAGGACUUGCCGAUCAGAAGGUCUGUGGUUCGAAUCCCCGCGACGGGGUGAGCUCCCGUUGCUCGGUCCCUGCUCCUGCCAACCUAGCAGUUCGAAAACACAACAAAGUGCAAGUAGAUAAAUAGGUACCGCUCGGGCAGGAAGGUAAACGGCAUUUCUGUGCGUUGCUCUGGUUUGCCAGAAGUGGCUUAGUCAUGCUGGCCACAUGGCCCGGAAGCUGUCUGUGGACAAAUGCCAGCUCCCUCAGCCAAUAAAGCGAGAUGAGCCCAGAGUCGGUCACGACUGGACCUAAUGGUCAGGGGUCCCUUUACCUUUAAUACCUUUACUCAAGUGCAUUAUCAGGCAUAGGCAAACUCGGCCCUCCAGAUGUUCUGGGACUACAACUCCCAUCAUCCCUAGCUAACAGGACCAGUGGUCGGGGAUGAUGUUGUAGUCCCAAAACAUCUGGAGGGCUUGACUUUAUAAAGACAUUGAACAACAAUGGGCCCAGGACAGAACCCUGUGGCACCCCACUUGUCACAGGAUGACGAGGAACCGUUAGUGAGCACUCUUGGGGUUUGGUCUAUCAACCAGCACUGGGACCCAUACUGAACCUGCCCUCAUUGGUGGCAAUGUGAUAUUUCCUUGAGGAGCUGGAGGGCACUUUCCCCUUAUAGUGGAUAAAUCCCUUUUGUGCUCACUUGCUUAGAAUGGCUAGUCCAUUUGUGUUUGGAGCGCUCACAAAGAAUCAAGGCUCUUUUGGGACAUGCACCCCCUUAGUUACUGCAUGCAAUGUGACCUUUGGGGGGGGAUCUGAAAUAGCCCCUCGGAUUUCUGAUUCAGAUCAGGAUCAUGGCACAUAGGAAGGGGAUGGUUUAUUAUUUUUCCAUUUAAAAGCAAUUGACCCUUGUCUCCCAUGCUGUGAGCUUGCUGAAUAUCACUCUUCCCCCCUGAAGCAAAUUGCAAUCUGGGGAGGGGGGCAGGUUUAUUAGGACCAUAGCAGUGGAGGAAAGGUUUGGGUACUCACCCCCACAUGCCUCAGUUGCAGGUUUUGAUUCACAUUAAAUUCAGGAAGGCAUAAAUGCCAGGCACAACUUGUCCCUUAUAGAAGAACCCACUUCUCCUUUAAUGUUGACCCAACCAAUUGGUUGGAAUAUCUUAAAUAUCGCAGUAGUCUUGUGCCAGGCUUGCCUUGCCUUGCCAUGAAGCAGAAUCUGCCAGCACCAUCAGGUUAUUUUCUGGGGGGGCGGGUGUUCUUUGGUACCAUCUAAAAGGCAGGAAAUUGCCAGUUGUUUAUUUGGUUAUAUUUUCCACUGCUUGGGAGGGUGAACCAUUGCUUAGGCUGCAGUUUGGAUUUUCCCCUUCAGGUACCGCAAAUGUCUUAAGCUAGCCCUGCCAUAACGGAAAUCUUUCCAACCUGAAUUUAGAGAAAGAGAGAGAAUCAGUUUGCUUCCAGUGACAUAGGUGUAAAGAUUUUGGGACCAGACCGCGAGAGAGCAUUGAUCAUUGACAGUCGAUGUUUGACAUUCUGGCACUUAAGUAACCCAGGUUUUUCCAAUGUUUCGGAUAGAAUACUUUUAAAAGACCAGUUUGCUGCUGAGAAUGUAAAAUGUAGGCAUUGUUAGUCUUGUCCUAGAUUCCCAGACCUUAUUGUAUUUAGCAUGUCGCCCUCACUGGAGAAUUUGAACAGUGCAAACAAUCUUUUGUUUUGGAUCAUUCCACAGGGUUCAGCACCAUUUUUUGUCAGCGCUACAGCUGGCACCACAGUUCUGGGAGCGUUUGAUCCUCUGGAUGAAAUUGCCGACAUCUGCGAGAAACAUGACCUUUGGCUGCAUGUUGAUGUAAGUUAGUUUUAUUAACAUUUGUUCUUUGUUUCACUUUAUUAAGCCUUCCUUUUAACCGUGGAGCCGUUCUCACACAUGCUGGGGGGGAAAGUGCAGCCGAUUUUGCAAACCCAACUAAUGGUGUUCUAAAAACCGAACUACAUUUUGUUUAAUGCAUAAAUCUGUGGACUGUCUCUCUCUGAAGAGUUCAGUGUAUCUUUAUUUUGAUGUAGCUUAGCUUGAGAGGUUGUUUUGCCCAGACAUAUUUGGUAACUUUCACUAUCUAAGCCCUGUACAACAUUACAUUAGUUUUUCAUUGUGUAAUAUUAAGAGCUUGCCUGCAUAGUAGUAGUAGUAGUAAUAAUAAUAAUAAUAAUAAUAAUAAUAAUAAUAAUAUUAUUUAUUUGUACCCCGCCCGGAGCUGGGCUCAGAGCGGCUAACAUCAUAUAAAUAAUACAAUAAAAACAAGCAAUCAAUAGACUAAAAUGCAUCCCAAAAUUAAUUCAAAUAAAUUAAAAUUAAAACUGAACAAAUGACAAUCCUCAGGUUAAAAUUGAAAGCGGUUAAUACUCGCCAGGACCAACUAUUUCCACUGAUAUUAUAAGGACCUGUGAGAGGGCUGGGAACCCUCCUUCGUGCUUCUUCUUAUACAAAGAGAAAUGUGUCAGACUGAACCCUGACCAAAAGCCUGGUGGAACAGCUCCCUCUUGCAGGCCCUGCGGAAGGAUGUCAAAUCUCGCAGGGCCCUGUCCUCUUGUGAGAGAGUGUUCCACCAGGCCGGGGCCAUGGCCGAAAAGGCCCUGGCUCUGGUCGAGGCCAGUCUAAUCUCCCUGGGGCCCAAAAUCUUCAGGGUGUUUAUUUUUGUAGACUUGGACUUUUCCUCAAAGGUUGUGUAUGACACAACAUAACCUUUUGUUUUAUUAUUCCUCCAAGGUGCUCGUGGUUCUUUCAUAGGCUCCUUAGUGGAAGAAGGGGAGUUUGAGGGGGACUUCUUCCAGGCACUGGGUUCCCCUUCCUGCCACUAUGUGAGGAUUAGGUGAGAGCUCUGAAGACUGCUUGCAAUCUCCCAGUGGGAGCAAUUCCCCAUGUCUGUUCGAACUCCUGAAAAAAUUAGUCAGAAAAUAUUAGUCUGGUUGGCUGAGCCAUUGGUCUUCUGAGUCCAGGACGAAGGUGGUUAGGAGUUUAUUAUCCUAUUGUUUAGUAAAUGUUGAGUUAUUUAUCCUAAAUAUCUAGAAUGACUCCUAGAUUUCCAUUUCUGUGCCAGUGGUACUAUCCUUUAGCAAUACAUUGUUUCUCCGUGGGAAUUCCUUUAAAAAGAAUUAUACUUUUCAGUUAUAUACUUUUCACUGAUUUUAAUUUUAAAACUUGACUUCCUUCCCCUCUUUCUGAGGUUCCUUAAAUUUAUUUUUAAUAUCUUCUGCAAAUCCAAAUUAACUUAUUUAUUGAUCACACACACACACACCCCUUAUAUAGCUGCAGGUUAUUACAAUAAUCCUGCCAGUGUUUUUAUCUGUUUACAAUUUAUCUGUAAAUAUCCAACAAAGCAUUUCCAUUCUUUUAUAUAUAAAAAAGUUUGUUAUCAUGAUUUCUUCCAGUAGGUUUCGCUAUGGGAAUUCCAGCACAGUUCUGUUUGCUUAACAUCUAAACAUUCCAAAACUGUCUGACUUGCAGAAAUAUCCAUUCAUGGUGAAUGACUAAAUAAUUUUCAGAUUACCUAAGUGAUAUUACUGUAGGCUUUCAGUAAAGCAGUUUUUGCAAACACAGCUAAGGAGGAUUAACGUAACAUGAAAGUUUGGUAAGCUUCCACCCCCCACCCCCCAAAAAAACCUGAGAGUUUUUACUAUUUUCCUGAUCUUCUUGCAGAUGGUUUAUUGGAAAUAUGCAAAUCUUUUUGUUGUUAAAAGUGCCUUCUUUCGGAAUCAGUGAGCUGUUGAUUGCUUGGCAAUAAUGCCUUUGAUAAGGCUCUUUAUUUCUUCAGAGUAAAUCAUCUGGAGAAGCUAAAAAUAAAUUGCUUCCCUAGUAUUACGUUUCAUGUCAUCGGCUGAUCUAGCUGUCAUAGGGAUGUUAUUUGAUUCCCUUGGGAAGAAGAGGUACCAUUCAUAAUUGUGGUGGGAAGAUUUCUCUACAGAGUUGGCCCAAGUAGUCUCUUUGUGUGUUUAAGGAUGUGGAAAAAUGUCUUCCAGGUAUGAGCUGAUCCCAGAGGGAAGGAUGCAGAGUCUAUCAAGGGCAUGUCUGCUGUAAUUUAUCACUCUCUUUUGUCCAGGCCUCCUGAGAAAAAGCUAUAUAUAAAAUGUGCUAAAUUUGCAGUGGCUUGGGAAGAGAUUCAGAUCACCAAAUAUAGGCUGUUAUUUAUGACCCAAGGCUAUAUACAGCGUGAUCCUAUAUGUGUCUGCUCUCUUGUUCCUAAAUUCCGUGAAACACCCUUUUCUGCUGAAACGGCCUUUCACCUUCCACAUGUUCUGAAUUCUCCUUGUGCAACUAGAAUGCUUAUGAGUAUUCCACAACUUCAGAGCAUAUUCCAUGAUGGCAUAGCAGCUUCAGUAGUGGCUGUGUGUGUUGUCUGGUUAUUUUAUCAUUUAUUAAAUUUAUUUAUUAAAAUUUAAUUCUUCCCUUCCUCCUAAAGCAGUCCAGCGUUGCAAUUAUUCCUAAAACUGACAAUAAUUCAAGAACCUCCAAGUGUCCCUAUUUUCCAGGGACAGUCCUGGAUGUAAAGAAGCCGUCCCAGCUUCUGAUUUGAUCCCAGAAUGUCCCACUUUUCCUUAGUAAGGUAAAGGGACCCCUGACCAUUAGGUCAGUCAUGACCGACUCUGGGGUUGUGGUGCUCAUCUCACUUUAUUGGCCGAGGGAGCUGGCGUACUGCUUCCAGGUCAUGUGGCCAGUAUGACUAAGCCGCUUCUGGCAAACUAGAGCAGUGCACGGAAACGCCGUUUACCUUCCCGCCGGAGCGGUACCUAUUUAUCUACUUGCACUUUGACGUGCUUUCGAACUGUUAGGUUGGCAGGAGCAGGGACCGAGCAACAGGAGCUCACCCCGUUGUGGGGAUUUGAACUGCCGACCUUCUGAUCGGUGAGUCCUAGGCUCUGUGGUUUAACCCACAGCGCCACCUGCGUCCCUUUUCCUUAGGACGUCGCUAUUUUCAUGUUGGAGGGUAUGGGGUUAUGCAACCCCUGAGCCAAAGAGAUAACUAACUAACUAACUAACUUCCCUGCAUAGGGAAGUUUUUAAAUGUUUAAUGUUUCAUUAUGUUUUUACAUAAGUUGGCAGCCGCCCAUUUUCAUUGAAAGAAUGUUGGAGGCUAUGUAAUAUCAAGUUAGAUAGAAUAAUUGCUGGGUUUCACCCUGUUUGAGAUAAAGAGAUGGGAAUAUAAAUCUUCCAGAUUAAGAGAUGGGAAUAUAAAUCUUCCAGAAUUCAUUUUGAAGAUUCUCACUAGUUAUGGUUAGUUUCCAUGAUUACUCAUGUAAAUAAACACCUUUGGUUUUAUUCAGCUAUUCAGUGUUCCGUAACUUAGUCUGCUGACAGAACAAUAGUAAAAUAUUUCUGAAGAAUUUCAAACAAACUUUAGACUGAUAUACGUACGUAUAUAGCUCAGAGAAGGUACUUACAGCGACAUACUGUCCUUGUGUAAGUGAGGCCUUAUUCAAGCCAGUAUAUAUAUCUUCUUUUGGAUUCUUUGAAAUGAGUGGCAUAAUCAAGAGAAUCCAGUUCGUACCGUCCCUGCUGUCUAAACUUUUAAAACCCUAUAAUGAGAGUAAUAAUAAAAUUAUACAGUGCUGAACUAACACUUUAUAACUUUUAAUAAAUAUCUCCACAGGCAUCGUGGGGAGGCUCAGCUUUGCUGUCAAGGAAGCACCGCAAACUUCUGCAAGGCAUCCACAGGUAGAUGACGUUUAAUUUGGAAAGGGGAUAAUUAAAGUCAAAUGCAAGCGUUUUUGAAGUCCCAUUGACUUCAGGGUGACCAUCAUUUCCUCAUUGAAACCACAGACACUCACGUUUCAUUUCGGAUAGAUUGUGUCAUGCUCACUAUGAGGAGGAUGAUUGGAAACCUGAAAAAAAAAAAUGAAGAAAAAGUCUGCUUUAUCAUAUGCAAUCACACUGCAAUUGCAAAGUAAUUUUCUGCUUUUGUCCAUUUAUCACGUUCGUAGGGCCAAUUCAGUGGCAUGGAAUCCUCAUAAGAUGCUAAUGGCAGGGAUCCAGUGUUGCGCCCUUCUGGUGAAAGACAGUUCUGUAAGUCUUCUUUCUUUAAUUUCCCAAAUGCAACUGAAGUGUGUUUUUGCUGCAUUGAGAAAAUAGAUAAAUUAACUUAGGUUUUCCAAUACAAAAGCAUAACAUUGCAGACAAUUGCAUACAGUGCGUGAGGUGCUGAUGAGGGGUGGUGGGAAAUACCUGAUUUCUGCAUGUGAAUGACACCCAAACUUCUACUUAUUUGCCAGUACAGUGGUACCUCGGGUUAAGUACUUAAUUCGUUCCGGAGGUCCGUACUUAACUUGAAACUGUUCUUAAUCUGAAGCACCACUUUAGCUAAUGGGGCCUCCCGCUGCUGCUGCUGCCACCGCGCCGCCGGAACACGAUUUCUGUUCUCAUCCCGAAGCAAAGUUCUUAACCUGAGGUAAUAUUUCUGGGUUAGCAGAGUCUGUAACCUGAAGCGUAUGUAACCUGAAGCGUAUGUAACCCGAGGUACCACUGUAUUUUAAAAUUAACAGACCUGUGAUUAGCUAAUUUAAGAUUGUGCGCAUGCCCAUUUCAAGUAGCAAUAGAUUAAGGUAAAGGUAAAGGGACCCCUGACCAUUAGGUCCAGUCGUGACCAACUCUGGGGUUGCGACGCUCAUCUCGCUUUAUUGGCCGAGGGAGCCGGCGUACAGCUUCCGGGUCAUGUGGCCAGCAUGACUAAGCCGCUUCUGGUGAAACCAGAGCAGCACACAGAAACGCCAUUUACCUUCCUGCCAGAGUGGUACCUAUUUAUCUACUUGUACUUUGACUUGCUUUUCAACUGCUAGGUUGGCAGGAGCAGGGACCGAGCAACGGGAGCUCACCCCGUUGUGGGGAUUCGACCUGCCGACCUUCUGAUCGGCAAGCCCUGUGGUUUAACCCACAGCGCCACCCACAUCCCUUAGCAGUAGAUUGCAUGAUUUUAAAUAGGUUUGGAUCCAGAUCAAAUUUAAGAAAUGUGUAUUGGAGUCUACAAAUAUAGAUACAGUUAACAUUUUAUCAUUCUAUUUGAGAUAUAUAUAUAUUCAUUCUUUUCGGAAUUAACGGGAUUAGGAAGUGUUUAGAAGUUAAAUGCAUUAGUGGGCAAAAUAAUGACUUAAAUGAAUAGGACUUUGGAAAAUAUGGGAAGGCAUGUUGGAAUGUCAUUGAAUUAACAAAAAAAAGUUGGGGGAAGGUGAAAGGGUUUUUAAAUUGAUUGAAAUGGGAAAGCGCUUGGGAUGCAGAGGCAGUGAAAUGCAGAGAUUAGUAAAUCCAUUGUAAAAGCACAGAUCAAUCAAAGCAAUUGCUGGGUGUCCUCUUACUUUGACAGGAAGCGCUGGGGAAGAUCACAAUGUCUCCCAGGCUGUCCUGUUAAAAUAAACCUUUCCCUAAACGAACCCUGUCACCACAAGCUUGCAUUUAAGUGUCUGCCUUUUUAGCUAGGAGAAUCAUAACCAAGUAGGCUGGCAUACAGCCUUUAUACAUUUGAGAUCCUUUAGAAAAUAAAAUGUUCACUGUACUGAAAAACAUGAUAUAGAUAUAUUGUCAUUUAAAAAUUUAUACCAAAAGUUGAUGUUUGACUGCAUCUCCAAAUUACAACAUUGUUCAUCAUAGGGUGGAUUUGACUUAAAUCAAAUCGAUUUAAAUCACGAUUUAAAUCACUAGUCAGUAAGACUUGAUUUAAAUCUCUUUUUUUUACAGAAAGACUCAUUCUUGCUGGUAUAAUCUUAAUAUUUACAACCAGAUAAAGUUUUUAUUUUUUGAAUGAUAAAUUUUCAGAGUAGUUUUUACCGUUAUAUCAAAAAUUACUGAUUUGGUUAUACUAUUAGAAAUACAUUGACAGAAAAUUAUGAAAUUAUUGUGAGGUUUAGUAAGUUAACUGCUUAUAUUUGUACAACUUUUCUGCUGUACUUUAAUGGAAGGAGAAAAAUAAUCAUUUCCUUAAUAACAAUUUAAACAAUUUAUUUAACUAAAACAAUAACAGUAUAGCAUAUGUAUCCAUAUUUGUUAACUGAUGUGGUUAAACAAUUUUUUUAAAAAAACUUACUGCGUUUUAGCGCACUUGAAAAACUUAAAUCAUUUCCUGAUGAAUAGCUUUUGGACUAUAACAUAACUUAAAUGUUAUGCCAGUGAGAGCCAGUGUGGUGUAGUGGUUAAGAGCGGUAGUUGCGUAAUCUGGGGAACCGGGUUCGCGUCUCCGCUCCGCCACAUGCAGCUGCUGGGUGACCUUGGGCUAGUCACACUUCUCUGAAGUCUCUCAGCCCCACUCACCUCACAGAGUGUUUGUUGUGGGGGAGGAAGGGAAAGGAGAUUUUUAGCUGCUUUGAGACUCCUGAAGGGGAGUGAAAGGCGGGAUAUCAAAUCCAAACUCUUCUUCUUCUUCUUCUUAAAUAGAAAACUAUCUUUAGGAAGAUUUUUCCUCCAAAAGCAUUUUAUUUUAAAAAUCUGAUUUAAAUAAAGAAAAUCCAAUUUAAAAAAUAAUAAUCAUUGAUUUUUAUCCACCUUGGUUCAUCAAAUAUAUAAAGGUUCCAGAUUUGUGUAAAUUCAGCGAACAGGUUAUUUUUUCAUAUGAUUAGUUGGUAAUUAUUUUGGAUCCAGUAGAGCUGUCCUGGCAUAGAGCAGAAUGUACAUAUAGCAAUACUGCAUGAAUAUUCACUUUAGCAGGGGAAGAUGUUUCAUGCACAUAGUUCAUAAUGUACAUGAAUUGUUCAUCAGCAUCGUAAGGAGCGUUGUGAGCUCCUGUUUUGGCAGGCUUUGGGUAGCACGUUAGAAUCUCUGAGUUUUUGUUUACAUCCUAACUCUACGUCUGCAUACCCAUAUACCAGUGGCUAGGCAGAUGUGAGAUACUCAUGCACUGGUGUACAGAUACAAAAGAACAAAAAGCAUUAUGUGGAAAAAGAAAACAUGGUUAUGUAUCGAAGCACAAUAUGGCUCAAGCUUAACUGACAAGGGUGACAGAAAUCGCAUCAGGAAGUCUGCUCCAUGACUUUGAAAGGCCACGUUCCACACUGGAGAAUAAUGUUUGCAAACCGGGAAACCUUUCCAAUUCCCAUGUUGCAUAAUUAGUAUUCCGAGACACAGUUUCUCAGAGAACUGCUAAUUUAGUUUUCUGCAGUGUUGAGGUCGUAGAGGGGGGAAAAAGAUGAAGGGAGUGAUGGCAGGUGGGCAGCAAUAGCCAUGGAAUCAAAACAAGAAGAUGCAUCCAUGGCCACUGUAAGGCUGGGUUCAUACGUAUACCCCCAAUUCUUCAUUCUUCAUCCAAAGUUGCUUACAACCAAGGCACUUGCAAAGGAAAGAUGGGAAGAACUUUAAGGUAUACAGUAUUUUGAAAAGAUACCUGUUUCCAUACUUGGAACUGGUUGAAAGUACACACAUGUUGACUUCCGGGUUGGUGCCUCCGGCAAUGGCUGAAUUUCUCUGAUCGGGAGGAAUUUGCCCCGUGGGAAUUUGGGUCUGUACCGCCACGGCAAAGGUGGAGACCUGUAAAAAUCACAGGCGGGAGAAGCCUGUGAAGGUGGGAUUUGGCGGGCACCUUUUGCGCCUCCCCUACUCGCGGGGGAACCCGAUUUCGGGGACCCGGAGCGACGUGGGGUGAGUGGCGCGGUGCUUCGAAUCGUCUUGCUUCUUCCACGGAGCGAAGCCGCAUAGCUGUUGCCGGAGAGAACUGACUUUUUCCUGUGGACAAUUUGACUCCAAAGUAAUUACCUGUGAGUAGAGCUGAUACGGGAGCAUCGGAUUUUAAACGUUUAAUUGGACAUCGAAACGGGGAGGUUCAAAACAGGAAGUCCGCCUUCCCUAUUUGUAAAUAGACUGAGGCAAGGAGUCUGUAAGCUGAAGUCUUGGAAAGCCUUUUGUAAAAGAUUAAAUUUCCAUCGGCAAAGAGUAUAAAAUCCCCCUUGGAGGCAGGAGAAGAGGGGGGGAAGUUGUGGACUGAGUAUGCCUGCAGGAGAGAGUAAAGAGAGUUAAAAUACUGCCGCUCUGACCCUGGAAACGGGCUGCUAGUAGGACUGACGUUUUGGAAUGUCCAUUGACAGCACUUAGAAUGUUCCUUGACAGCUAGCAAAAUAAGAGAGAUAUAUUGUUUCUACUGUCUCCGGCUGCUUCUAAAAAGGAGUAAUAAAGUAACUGAAAACUGAAACUAACUUUGGAUUGUACGAGUUGCGCUUAAAGGUGACAUUCUUGAUUAUUAUAAAUAGAAACUGUUUCCCCCUAGUGGAAGUUUCUGAAAUUGAUUACUUUAUAAGAGCUGGGCUAGGGGAGUUUCCAGCUGCAAGAUAAAAACUGUGUGACUCUGGGAUUGACCUUGAAUCUCUUAAGUGUUAUGGCAAAUGGAAAGGAAAGAACAGAUGAAAUGUUAACAGAAGAGGCCUUAGUGGUCGCAUUAUUGAAAAUAAAUGACUCGCUGGAACAGCUUCACAAGAAAACAGAAGUGAUGAAUGUGAAAGCGGAUGCUGCAAAUAAUAAAAUUGAUUUAAUUGUAGAAAGUUUAAAUAAUCUGGGACAAAAGGUGAACACCAACACAGAAACCACCCAGAAAUUGACACAGGAAUCUACUUUAAUACGGCAAACUGCGGAUGAAGUCAGGGAGAAAACCUUUGCUGCUGAAUGUAAAACAACACAAUUGGAGUGUGAGAGAGCCCCAUACAUUCAAAAGCAACUUGACGAAUAUAAGCUGACAUUUGCUAUGAUGGAGCUUAAAGAAAAACAAAUGAAUUUGAGGAUCAGAACCCCACCAGAACUGGGAAAGGAAAGUUCGACAGAGCUUCAGGAGGAGACAGGAUCAACAUCGGCUGAGAAAGAGAGAUUUUUGGCGGUCAGUAGGACCGCCAAAAAUGUGAAUUUACUUAAGGGCAACUGUGAAGGACGUUGGAUUGAAGAGAAGGGGGAUUGGGAAAUAUGGACAAAUCUGAAGUUGUUAUGGUUGGGCCGAGCUGUUGUGGUGGGGAUGAGGGUUGCUGUGUUGCCGGGGAUGUUGCUUUUGUGUCAAAAAGUGCAAGUUUUGGAUGGGAGGGAUUGUUUCAGGAGGUGGCAGAGGGAUGUUCCUGGAUUGGUUUGGCAGGGCAGGAAGCCUCGAGUAAAAUUUAAGAUAUUGAUGGAUGCUAAAGAAGGAGGUGGACCUGCCCUGCCAGACACCUAAACUUUGUUGUGAAUCAUCUGCUUUUUGCUGGCUGAGAGAAUGGCUGUCUCUUAAAAGCACUGAAGUGUUGGAUAAUGGCAGAUGAAGUUGAUGGACUAGACGGAAUUGGCGGAAAAGAUUGGCAAGAUCCGAGACCAGGGAGAAGAGUCGGUGGAAGAAGACUGGGAAAAGUUUAAAGACUAUUUAUAGAAAUAUUGUAAAAUUAAUGAAUGUUAGAAGAAUGUUGGAAUGAAAUUAUAUGGCUUCAGUAGAAAUGUUAUAAGGAAUUAAGCAUAAAUAGAUUAAUAGAGUAUUAAAGGAAAAUAAGGUUAAAAGGUGUUAAGAUAAUUAUAGGAUAGAAAACAGGGGAAGAUGGUAAGGAAUUGCUGAAAUAAUUAAUAGAAGUGGAAUACAAAAAGGGAGGUGUGAGGAGGCCGUGGAAAUAUGGGAAAGAAAGAUAAGAUAUUGGAAGUUUUUUCUUUUUUCUUUUUUUCUUCUUUUUUUUUUCUUCUUUCUUUUGAUGUGUUUUUAAAUUGUUUUUGUUUUGUUUUGUUAAUUUUUAUGUAGUGUUUUUGUAUUAUAAUGUAUUGUUUUUUAUUUUGUAAGUGUUUAAAUUGUUGUAAAAGCAAUAAAUAUUAUUAUAAAAAAAAAGAAAGUACACACAUGUUGAAUUCCUGCAGUUUUGAGAUAAUUAUCUAAGUCAGCGGCGUUGCGUAUUUAGCAGAUUAAUUGCGCUGCAGAAAGCGUGCUGGGGAGACCACACGUUCAGGAAACAACGAAGAAACGCAAAAAUAUCUUUUGCUUGGCUUUAAUUACAAAAACAAAAACUCCUCUUACAUUAAAUCUAUGAGUAUGAUUCACCAGGGUACUGAGAGAGGCACACGCUGCUCUUUGUAUACUAUACCCAAUUGCUGACACAGCUUAAUUAACACAACUUAACAGCACCUGCUAUACAAUGAACCUUAAUAUUUAAAUAAACCAUUCAACAAAUGGUGUCCAAUUUUUUUUCAAAGAGUGCCAGAUUUGAUGAAGUGAAGGGCCGUGAGGGGCGACCAAAGGGCCAACCAGUUAUUGACCUAUUUUUAGGAUUGAAGUUGUUGACCUUUUUUUAGGGUUUUACCCCAGGAAGUAAACUGCCACAGGGGCUGGAUUAAACCAACCGGCAGGCUUUUUUUUUUUUAUAAUAAUUUUUAUUAAAAUUUCAAUCAGAAAUUAAACAACAAAAAAAGAAAGGAAAAACAUCAAAGAAAUAUACACAGAUACACCAUACAAAUAUCAAAGAGAAAAUAAAAAAAACACAAAAGACAAAAAUCAACAAUAAAAAAGAACAUAACAAUUAAAAACAAUAUCUCUUUUCCAUUUCCGUUUUUAAAUUUACUUAUUUUCUGGACUUCCUCGUACCUCCCUCUUUUGUAUUCCAAUCCAAAUUGUUAGUCCAGCAAUUUCUUUUCCACCUUUUUAAUCCCAGUCUUUAAUUUAAUAUAAUAUUGAAAUAUAUAACUUCAACUUCUUUAAACCUAAUCUUUAGUCUUAAUGUAAUGUAACAUUAAAAUUUUACCUCUUAAUUGUCAAAUUUCCAUUUCAUUAAACAUCUUUAAUCCUAAUCUUUAGUCUUAAUCUGUCAUUAACCUUAACCUGUACAGCUGGAAACCGCUUAUUUUCAGUCCAACAUCACUCUAACAUUCUUUAAUUUUGCAAUGUUUCUGAAGAUAGUCUUUGAAUUUCUUCCAAUCUUCCUCCACCGACUCUUCUCCCUGGUCAUGGAUUCUACCAGUCAUUUCCGCCAGUUCCAUAUAGUCCAUAAGUUUCAUCUGCCAUUCCUCCAGCAUGGGAAGUUCUUGUGUCUUCCAAUACUUUGCGAUGAGUAUUCUUGCUGCUGUUGUUGCAUACAUAAAGAAAGUUCUAUCCUUUUUUAACACCAUUUGGCCGACUAUGCCCAGGAGAAAGGCCUCUGGUUUUCUUUUUGCCCUUCAAUCUGCAGGCUCCAUUUCCUGAGUCAGUGUUUCGAUUUCUUCGUUUAUUUCCUCUUGGGUUAAGGCUAAGGGGUUGGGACUUGCCUCAGGCCGCCAUGAGCUCAUUGCUGAAGUGAGAUUUCAGCCAGAGGACUUAGUGGCUCCAAUCUCAUUUCCUCAUACUGCAACCCACAAACAUAAUAGGGAGUCAGACACAUUGAAUACAUGAGGCCUUAACUUCCAGGUGACAUGUCUAGGAUUGCAUUGUUAAUCACUCUACUGCAGCCAUCCGUCUUCAUGAGGAAGAUUAGUCGCUUCUUGUUGGCAAAGUGUUGCUCAUUCUUAAUUUCCAUGCAUAAUUAUUUGUCAGUUUGCUGGGAUGGGCUGCAAUGUUUAGUCAGUUAAUUGGUUAGGUGAAUUGUUUGAAAACAUUUUGAUUGACUGGGGGAAAAAAAGGUCCUCAGUUAACCCGGCAGCAAAUCUCGUAAUACUACUAUAAUACUACUAUAAAAAAACCUUGUAGAUGAAAAGGCCCACCUGUCAGCUCUAAAAAGUGUAGAUAAAGAGAGGCAUUGCUUCCCGGGUGAGAGAGUUCUCCUUCCAAGAUGCUACCUGCUGUGAUACAUCAUCUGAAAACAGAGAAUGUGUCUUGUUUUUUCUUUAGAACUAUUUUUCAGAUACAGUGGUACCUCAGGUUAAGUACUUAAUUCGUUCUGGAGGUCUGUACUUAACCUGAAACUGUUCUUAACCUGAAGCACCACUUUAGCUAAUGAGGCCUCCUGCUGUUGCCGCGCCGCCGGAGCACCGAUUUCUGUUCUCAUCCUGAAGCAAAGUUCUUAACCUGAAGCACUAUUUCUGGGUUAGCGGAGUCUGUAACCUGAAGCGUCUGUAACCUGAAGCGUAUGUAACCUGAGAUACCACUGUAACACAAACUUAUAUGCAUCAAGGUCUAAAAUCCUUGCUUAAUCAGCAGAGAUUUCUUCCAUCUUAUGACAACCCUGGUUAAAAUCACAGGAUCAGGGAGGUUGUCACACAAAUUGCUUAGAACUGUGGUGCCCGUGGAGUCUCCGCAAGCCACCCAUUUGUGAGAUGUCAUACUGCACAUAGAUAUUGAAUGUCUGCUGAAAACGUUCCUGUUCUGCCAGGCAAUUAAGAAUACACCCCCACAAUGGUCAGUUGGUGUUUGUUUUUCAUUUCUUUCUGCUGUUAACUUUUUAUGAUUUUAUCAACUGGUUUUUAUGUUUUCAUACUGUUGUAAACGGCUGUGAUUUUCGCCCCCGAUACAGUGGUAUAUAAAUAUUAUUUUUAAAAAUAAAUAGAUAUAUAAAUAUUCUCCUAGAGACUUCCAUUGAUCUAUUUAUUUGUUCAAUGUCAGGCUUCGGGAAAUUCUAUCCCUCCCCUGGUCGCAGCAAGAAGCAUAGAAAAGAUAGAAAAACAAAGAAGAGUUCUUACUUAAUGAGUUUAUUCAAUCAUCACAGCGAGAGAUGAAGGAAGGCAGUCCGUCUCCCAUUAAUGGCGUCGCUCCAACUGAGCUCCUUCCCCCUCCCUUCCAAGCAACACCACUUCCCCAUACGGUGGCUGCCAGGGGCUAAUUUUCUCUGAGUCUUUUGCUCUUGCACUCUCAACGAACGCCGCGAUCUGGGAGAAAGGGGGUUCAGAAAUACUCUCCAGUGAGAACAUGUUAACUGGCUGCUCUGCCUCCCCUGGCUCUGCCUCCCCUCUCCUUUCUCCCAACUCUUCUGUCUGUCUGUCUCUGAGCUGUGACCUUCCUCAAACCACUGCUGUAAUUCAACGCUGCCUUCCUCUUCUCUGGAAGCUUCAGGAGAAGUGGGGCGGCGAUCUCCACCAUUCUUCCUCCAUCUCGUCCCCUUCAGUCCAGUCUCUGACAUUCAAGCACAUAGUUAAGCUGAUGGAAUUUGCUUCCAUGUGAUGUAGUGAUAGGUGGAUAGGUGGAUUUUAAAAGAGCUAAGAAGGCAAACCUGCGGAAGUUAAUGUUAUCCAUGGCUGCUGGUCACAAUGGCUACAUGCUGCCUCCAGGAGGAGAAGGAUGCCUCUGAACUCCACUUUCUGCUCAACAACUGUCGGAGAGGGAGAUUGCUAUCUUGUCCUGUGUUUGUGUCAACAAAGGCAACUGGUUGGCCACUGUAGAAUUGGGAUGCUGGAUUUAUAGUCCCUUUUAGGACUAUAAAUGGCUCCUCUCUUCCUUAAAGUAAAGGUAAAGGGACCCCUGACCAUUAGGUCCAGUCAUGGCCGACUCUGGGGUUGCGGCACUCAUCUCGCUUUAUUGGCUCAGGGAGCCGGAGUACAGCUUCCGGGUCAUGUGGCCAGUAUGACUAAGCCGCUUCUGGCGAACCAGAGCAGCGCACGGAAACACCGUUUACCUUCCCGCUGGAGCGGUACCUAUUUACCUACUUGCACUUUGACGUGCUUUUGAACUGCUAGGUUGGCAGGAGCUGGGACCAAGGAACGGGAGCUCACCCCGUCGCAGGGAUUUGAACCACUGACCUUUUGAUCAGCAAGUCCUAGGCUCUGGUUGAAUCCACAGCGCCAUCCACGUCCCCCUCUCUUCCUUAAGUAGAUUUAAUUGUCAGAAGCUGUCUGGCUAAAAAAAAAUUUUAAGCUGUUUGUACUUUUAAUAUUGUGUGCUGUUUUAGUGCUUUAUAGCUGCUUUAGAUCAUUAUUAUUAUUAUUGUGAAUGGUUUUAGAAUUGCUUAAGUUAUUGUUUUAAUUCACUCUGCUUCCUUGUUGAGGAAAUGCGGGGUAUAAAUGUUUUAGCAGAUGAAUAUUGGAUAGAUAGAUACGCAGAGAGGAAUCUUCUGCUCCAACCUGUCAGUACCCAUAGAUGAGAAAAUUGGCUCCUUUUCAAUCCAGGACUUGUGUUUUGUACAUGAUGCUGAAUAGCUUGUGUCUGGUAUGCAUAUGUUUUAGGUUUUGCCUUGACAUAUUCCCCCCUCUGUUUUAUUAUAAGCUUGACAGAGCUAUCUGUGCUAUAUUGUAAUGCAGAUUAAAGGCUGUACAUUCAGUUACAGAAAUACAGACACUUUCAUUAGGCAUAAUGUCAGAGUCCUUGUAAACCCGUUCCUGCAGCAGACAGGCAGGAAGAGGUGCAGAGAAGUGCCAUCAAAUACUAAACUUAUUUUCUGUCUGUUCACAGUGGACAUCUUCUAUAUUCAGUUUUAAAGUGGAUUGUGUGAGAUGAUAUUCGGCAAUAUCAUUAUGAAUCGGUGUGCGGUUCUAUAGCCUUCACGCUCUGCUGGGAAAUUGGGCAGGAUAUCUUUAACCUGAACAUUGGCUUGCAGGCCAAUUAUAUUUCCAAAAGCAACUUAUUGGACAGAGCUGAAUCAGAAUUGAAAUUGGCCCCAUUACUGGCUUUAAUUCUCUUUUCUAGCUCUUCUGUUUCUCUCCAGCACCUUCUGACUACAUGCUUCCAGUGACUUUUUUGCUCAGCGCCUCUUGCCCAGUUAUCAAUCUGCAUCCUUCUCCCACAACUUUCCAUUCUGACCUGUGUGCCUCUAAUGCAAAUAAAUUUUAUAAAUAAAAAUUAUUAUUAUUAUUAUUAUGCAUUUCCAAGUAUUUUCGUACUUCCAUAAGUGUGCAGGAUUUCGUAGUCAAAACGUUUGGUGUUCCUUGGUGCAGAAUUCAUACCUGAUUGAUGCACAGACUUUGCUUCUCCUCAUCCUUUUCCUUUUUCAAGCCCUUCUCUGUAUCAUUUCUCACUUUUUCAUGUGCCCAAUUUUGUGACUCAGUGGUCAGAACUUAGCAUCUUGGGAAACAUGGGAUGUCUCCCAGUAGCUCCCUGAGUGAUCUUCUUCUUUGGCGAUCACUCGUAGCCAAGUAAGAUUGUCUUCCAUAAACACGGUUUUACUUUCUUUUUUUAAAAAAAAUAAUUUUUUAUUAAGUUUUCAGUAAAAGAUUAAACAGAAAAACAUAAAAAAGAAAUACACAAAUACACAUAAAAAAGAAAUACACAAAUACACAGUACAUAAUCCAAAGGAAGAAAAAAAAAACAAUUAAAAAGAAUCACCUUUUCAUUUCCGUGUUUAAAUUUACUUAUUUUCUGGACCUCCUCAUACCUCCCUCUUUUGUAUUCCAGUCCAAAUUGUUUGUCCAGCAAUUUCUUUUCCACUUUUUUUAUUCCCAAUCUUUAAUCUUUAAUAUAAUAUAGCAUUAAAAUUUUACCUCUUAAAAUACCAAAUUUCCAUUUCCUUAAACUUCUUUAAUCCUAAUCUUUAAUCUUAAUCUAUCUAUAACUUUAAAUCCUGUACAGCUGGAAACCACUUAUUUUCAAUCCAACAUCACUCUAGCAUUCUUUAAUUUUGCAGUGUUUCUGUAGAUAGUCUUUGAAUUUCUUCCAAUCUUCCUCCACCGACUCUUCUCCCUGGUCACGGUUUUAACAAUGAGUCCGUAAGUGACUGUGGAGGCCAAUUCUGGAUUCACACGUCCUUCCACAUUGGUUUUUUCUUUAUUUUCCUUUUACAGUAUCUCGCUUUCUUUUUCUUUGGGUUUCUCCUUUCCUUGCCUUUUUCUCCCUUCUGGCUUUGUUCUCUUUUAGACCAAGUAGCUGUUUUAUCUCAGUGUGUUAUAAAAAAUAUACUUUGUAAUGGGUAUGUAAUUUUGUAUAUCUUUCAAUAAGUAUCAAUAAACAUUUUUUAAAUUUAUUUUUUCAAGGCUAGUUCGGUGAAGAUGUAAACUCAGUGUUGGGCUACUGUGAAAAAGGCAGAUUCUAUGCUAGGGAUUGUUAGGAAAGAACCUGAAGAUAAAAGUGCUGAUUCCAUAAUGCCAUUAUACAAAUCUCUGCUGUGUGUACACCUUUGGUCACCUCACCUCAAAAAGACUGCACUCAAAAAAGAGUACAGUCAUACCUUGGUUUUCUAAUUUAAUCCGUUCUGGGAGUCCAUUCAACUCCUGGAACAGUUCGAAAACCAAGGUGCGGCUUCCGAUUGGCUGCUGGAGCUUCCUGCAGCCAAUCGGAAGCUGUGUGAGCCGCGUUGGACAUUCGGCUUCUGAAAACCAUUCGAAAACCAGAACAAUUACUUUGGUUUUCGAUCAUUCCAGCAGUCAAAACGUUUGAGUUCAAAGGCGUUCGGCUUCUAAGGUUCCACUGUAUUUUAGCAUUGGAGCGACUCCCCCUAUGAGAGUCGCAGUAUUUGGGACUUCUUAGUCAAGAGAAAGAGCGAGUUAAGGCAGAAAUGUAUAAAAUCAUGCAUGACAUGGGAGACAGUGCAUAGAGAACAGUUUUUCACCUUCUCGGACAUGCAGUGAAGCUAAAUGUUGGAAAACUCAGGGAGGUCAAAGGAGCUACCAUAUUUUUCGCUCUAUAACACGCACCCGACCAUAACAUGCACGUAGUUUUUAGAGGAGUAAAACAAGAAAAAAAAUAUUCUAAACGAAACAGUGGAUGUAUGAUUUUUGUGGUUCAUGCUGUGGCCACAGACAUGUGAUCUGACAGUGAGUUUGGAGUAGCCCAAUGCAAAAAUCCUGAGGAUCCAUGUGGAUCCAUGCUUUGUAACCACGUUUUAAGUGGGGAGGGAAGGAAAAGCACUCAAGGGACAAGGAGCACGCGUGGGGUGGGUGGAGAAGGAUGCUGCUAAUAAUGCAGAAGAGGGGUAUAAGGGGAGAAGGCUCCUCUCCUCUCCCGCUUUGCUCCUUUAAAGCAAGCCGACUCUGCUUUUCUUCCUCCUCCCCGCUCAUCCCCGGCUUAGCGAGCUGAAAAACUUUGCUGCUAUGUAGCGAGCUGAGUGGGGAGGAGAGAGGGACAGAGAGCCUGCUUGCUUUAAAGGAACCAACCGGACAGGAGCCGCUUACACUCGUGUAAGCGGCUCCUCUCCUCUCCCACUUUGCUCCUUUAAAGAAGCAGGCUCUCUGUCCCUCUCUCCUCCCCACUCAGCGGCUCUUCUCCUGCUCUUCUCGCGCCUUGCUGUUUCAAAGCGAGCCACGGAGGAGGGAAGGAAGGGGAACCAUGGAUCCUCUGCUCACGACUGCAGCAGAUCCCCCCCGCCACCCGUAGGCAUUCCCUCCAUAACACGCACAGACAUUUCCCCUUACUUUCUAGGAGGAAAAAAGUGAGUGUUAUGGUGCAAAAAAUAUGGUACUUCCUCACACAGCACAUAGUUAAACUACAGCAUUCACUCCCACAAGAGGCAGUGAUGAUGGCCACCAACUUCGAUGGUUUUAAAAGAGGAUUUGACAUAUUCUGGGAGGAUACUGCUAUCAGUGGCUUCUAGCUAUGAUGACGGUGCUGUGCCCCCAUGCCAGCUGCUGGAAAAAGGUCAGCUAUUGUGAUAACAGGGUCCUGGACUAGAAGGGCCGUUGGCCUGAUCCUGCAGGCUCUUAUGUACCCAGCUGCGAAGACCACGCUGGGAAUAUAUUACAUCCCCAAGACCUCGACAGGUAGUCUAGGGUACUGUCCAGAUUCUGCUGAACUCCAAUGCCUAUCAACCCUGGCCAGUGACCUGGAAGAUACUACGUUGGCUAGCCUUGCGUAAUCAUAAAUUAUUAACACAAAAAUCAGAUAUUCAGAGCUGGUGUAGUUUGGUGGCUAAGAUGUGAGAUUUGAAUCUGGUCCCUAGUUCACAUCUGUCAGAAGCUACCUGGAAUUAUUAUUAUUUAUUGAAUACCGCCCUAUACCCAGAAGUCUCAUCGAUGUUUUUUUGUACAUUUUCUGUGCACAAAAGUGAUUCCUCUGCUGACAUCUCAGUUGAGGUUCUCUGGUGAAAAGGUUUUUGUACCAGCCCACAACAGUUAUUAGAAUGUUAUCUGUAGAUUCCUAAACCUAAUGGUUAAGUUCAAGACAUAGUCUUAGAAAUCCUAGGUUAAUAAAAUGUUAUAAUUUGAGGCUGGGGAUGGGAGGGCCUUUCUUUUUCUUCUUCCAACAAUCUUCUGUACAACCAUGCGAGAAAAUACCAAAGGUUAGACUGUCAGAAUCCUAAGAAAACUUCUGAAACCAAUAAAAAUUGCAUAGCAAUUGAGACAUCUCACCUUUUAAUCUGAGCAGCUUAUUUUUAGCCCCGUGUUUCUCAUUCCUUCAGCUUGCUCUUUACAUACCUAUAUUGGUUGAUUUUGCUGUCCUUGAAAUUCAUUUUCAAGACACAUUCAUUGUGGUUUACUAUUCCAGUGCUCAUCACUACUCAGAUGUUAUGCGUUAGGAGGUGAGAAAUAAAGAGGCAAAGACACAGGUUGUGGGAUAAACUAGAGCCACUUUCACACAAUUGUAGAGUUGCAAGAGACCCUGACAGUCAUCUAGUCCAGCCCCUUGAAAUGCAGCAAUCUCAACUAAAGCAUCCCUGACAGGUGGUCAUCCCAACUUCUUCUUAGAAACCUUCAAGGAAGGAGAGCCCACCACCUCCCAAGGGAGUCCGUACUACUGUCAAACACAGGCUUCCUCAAACUUGGCCCUCCAGAUGUUUUUGGCCUACAACUCCCAUGAUCCCUAGCUAGCAGGACCAGUGGUCAGGGACGAUGGGAAUUGUAGUCUCAAAACAUCUGGAGGGCCGAGUUUGAGGAAGCCUGGUCAAACAGAUCUUACUGUCAGAUACAGUGGUACCUCUGGAUGCGAACGGGAUCCGUUCCGGAGCCCCGUUCGCAUCCAGAAGUGAACGCAACCCACGUCUGCGUGUGCGCGGGUCGUGAUUUGCGUCUUCUGCGCAUGCGCAUGACGUCAUUUUGACCGUCUGUGCUCCGUUACUUCUGGGUCGCUCGCAACCCGAAAAUACUUAUCCCGAAGCUACUUCAACCCGAGGUAUGACUGUAAUUCUUUCUGAUGUUUAGUUGGAAUCUACUUUCUUGUGACUUGAAUCCAUUGAUUUGGGUCCCAGCCUCCAGAGCAGGAGAAAACAAGCUUGCUCCAUCUUCCAUGUGACAGCCCUUUAUAACUUCAGCACUUAAGAACUUAUUAAACUUUCUGAACUGCAUCAGGGGAAUUAGACCACGUGGUGGAAAAUCCCAAAAGCUUCUUAAACUCCUAAGCCUGCUGGCCAUGGGCUAGCCCACCCCGCAGAGUGUCAGGCUGGUCUUAAACCCAACUCUUUCCCCUCUUCCGCACCCUUAAAGGCAGAUGUUCCCCAUCCAUGGCCUCCCCAAGCUGCACAACCUGGAGUGAGUGACCCAGGUUCCCCUCAAAAGUGGUUCAUAUUGUGUACCACAAGGUCGCAAAGCCCUGUGUGCGAGUCUCUGGAGUCGCUAUUCGCCUGAAAGUGCCUCAGGAUACUUAAUAUUUUUUCCACCUCUUAACUUUCCUUUCCCUCCCACCAUACAGGCCUUCUGAAACCAAUAAAAAUUGCAUAGCAAGUAUCUGCUAUCCACAGGCUUUAUAUUGACUGUUUAUUGAGAGACCUCACAUUUACAUUUCAAUUUCUUACUUUUAGUCCUGUGUUUCCCAUUCCUUCUGCAUUCUGUUUGCAGGUGUUGUUCCUGAAAUUCAUUUUCAAGGCACAUUCAUUGCAGUUUAAGAUUCCAGUGCUCUAGAUGUUUUGCAAUGGCAUUUUCUAUGGAAUUAAUUUGGAGAGUAAAAAGCCAAUGAAUCACUGAGUGAAAUAAUUUCAUUUUAAAGCUGGAAUCAUCAUGUAAUAAAAUGGUCUCCCUGCUGCCUGGUUUUAAAUGUGAAGCACUAUAGAAUUUUAGAGAGAGAUCAGAGUUGAUGCUCUUCUUGAGUGUAUCUUUAUGGUGCGGAGUGAGAGAGUUAUAUGAUAACAUUUAGAAGCUGCGCAUGGUAAUAAUGAAACAUUUCACUGCCCAUCGGUGCAGGUGCUAAUGUGGAAAACCUUCGAGCAUGUGGCUGUCAUUUGUCUCUGAAGCCCAUAAACCACUGAGAAUUGUGAAAGAAACAUCAUGUAGCCUUGAACAAGAUUCAGCAACAAUUUACUUAACAGUGCAAUCCUAUACAUGUCUACUCAGAAAUAAGGCCUACUGAGUUCAAUGGGGCCUGCUCUCAAAUAAGGGAGGAUAGGAUUACGGGGGGGGGGGGGGACAAACAUAAAAAGAUCCUGGCCUGAGAUAGUAGUAAUCAUUUUAAUAAUAAUAAUAAUUUAUUAUUUAUACCCCGCCCAUCUGGCUGGGUUUCCCCAGCCACUCUGGGCGGCUUCCAACAGAAUAUUAAAAUACAAUAGUCUAUUGUAGUCUCCAUCGUUCUGCCCGGACACUGAGGUCCAGCGCCGAGGGCCUUCUGGCCGUUCCCUCACUGCAAGAAGCCAAGCUACAGGGAACCAGGCAGAGGGCCUUCUCGGUAGUGGCACCUGCCCUGUGGAAUGCCCUCCCACCAAUGUCAAAGAGAAAAAUAACUACCAAACUUUUAGAAGACAUCUGAAGGCAGCUUUUAAUGUUUAAUAGGUUAUUGUAUUUUAGUGUUUUGUUGGAAGCCUCCCAGAGCGGCUGGGGAAGCCCAGCCAGAUGGGCAGGGUAUAAAUAAAUUAUUAUUAUUAUUAUUAUUAUUAUUAUUUAAACAUUAAAAGCUUCCCUAAACAGGGCUGCCUUCAGAUGUCUUCUAAAAGUCUGGUAGUUGUUUUUCUCUUUGACAUUCGAUGGGGGGGGGGGCGUUCCAAAGGGUGGGUGCCACUACCGAAAAGGCCCUUUGCCUGGUUCCCUGUAACUUGGAGAUGUUGUGUGCCUGUGUUUUAAAUACAAAUUCCUGGAGCUCCUUGGCUAUUGUUGAGUCAGUUUCUGGAAAGAGUUUACAGCAGUUAUUCCGAGCUAUAGGACAGAUGCAGAAUUGGAUAGUGCGGUUCAAGCACAAGGUUUGUAGGGAUUCAAUGUGCCAAGUAAUUACACCCAUUGCCUUGCAUUAAAUUUAAAUUACAGCAAAUCUGUUUUGUGAAUAAAAUCAAGGCCCUACUAAUUUAUGGAAUGAAAUUCAGUUCCUAAUACAGAUGGAGAUAAGUUAGCCACCAGCUACCCGAAUUUAUUCCCCUUAAAUCCUCCUUUUUCCAAAGAGGUUUGGAAUUGCUGAGCUCAUCAUUUUGCUGGUAUCUUGGUAACCAUGGCUCCUAUUUUGAAACUGUAGCUCCCACAGCAAAGCCAGAACUUAAAGGGUCCGUGCUGCACACAAAAAAGGGAAGCAUCAGCUACAUUAUUGCAUUCCAACAUUUUUAAUUACCUGUCGUGAAUACUGUAAAGGUAAGACUCAUGCUGUUUCAUCUCAUGUUGCCUCUUAUAACAGGACUUGCUUAAGCGAUGCUACUCUGCCAACGCGUCCUACCUGUUCCAGCAAGACAAGUUCUAUGACGUCAGCUACGACACAGGUGACAAAUCGAUCCAGUGUAGCAGAAGAGCAGAUGCGUUCAAGUUCUGGAUGACCUGGAAGGCCCUGGGCACAACUGGCCUGGAGGAGAGAGUAAACAGAGCCCUUGCAUUAGCCAGGUAAAGGUAAAGGGACCCCUGACCAUUAGGUCCAGUCGUGACCAACUCUGGGGUUGCGGCGCUCAUCUCGCUUUAUUGGCCGAGGGAGCCAGCGUUUGUCAGCAGACAGCUUCCAGGUCAUGUGGCCAGCAUGACUAAGCCGCUUCUGGCGAACCAGAGCAGUGCACAGAAACGCUGUUUACCUUCCCGCCGGAGCAGCACCUAUUUAUCUACUUGCACUGGUGUGCUUUCGAACUGCUAAGUUGGCAGGAGCAGGGACCGGGCAACGGGAGCUCACCCCGUUGCGGGGAUUCGAACCGCCAACCUUCUGAUCAGCAAGUCCUAGGCUCUGUGGUUUAACCCACAGCACCACCCGCGUCCAGGCGUUAGCCUUUCAAUUCUGAAGGUUUUGACACCAAGUGUAUAAAAUCAUGUCAAGUUAAGGAAUGAUGAGUUGUUGCGAGAAGAUCCAUCUAUUAAGCUUAACGUGUAUUUUUACUAAGUGCCCUAACGUAGCCUUGCCGGAAAAUUCUGGACAUGUACGGAAAUUGGACGCCUAAAAUGGCAUCCGCGGGGAAUAUUUUUCUGGGGGCUUUUCAUGGAGUGCACUGUGAGGGCUCCAUCCACCCAUGGCGCCACUGCUGUUGGCACUGGCUGCUGCCUCCCUCGCUUGGACGUGUGCGGCUGCCCUGUCGGGGAACCACUUUAGCAUGAGGCAGCAGGACUGUGUCCUGAGCUUGGAGGCCCCUUGCAGUGCCAUCACCUGGCAUGCCUUUCCCUGGGCCCUGAACCCACCGUUUACAUCUCUGAGCCUGCCCACCCAGCCAACAAGGUGUGAGCGCUCCUCCCUGACGCUUCCCACUGUCUCCUGCAGGUAAAUGGAAGGCAGCGUGGGCUCGUGUGCAAGUGUGUGUGUGUGUGUGUGUGUGUGUGUGUUAUUCCAGAAACUGGAAGCGAGAGCAUUGCUUUCACUCUCCAUGAGCUCUGUGAUCCAGGGAGUUUGGGUGGCCUCUAGCCUUAGCAGAAUAGGCUCUCCCCCACCCUCCCCUCUCAGCCUGAGGCAACUCUGUUGUUGCAGGAGGCUGGGUGGGUCCUUGCAGGCAGCGGUGGGAAAGGAGAGUGGAUUUGAAGGGGAGCUGCAGAGACAGCAGGGCAGCAAUGGCCAGAGGCGUCCACCAAGGAAAGCAGGAAGGCAGAGGGUCCAGGGUGGGUAUUGGGCUUUGGGGAAAUGAGGGGCACCAGUUACGGCAGCUGCAUUAUUACAUGGAAUGGAUUAACUGUGAUGGUGGGGCGGGCAGUGGGCGCUGCCUCGCCUCCUCUGCCUUCUUGUAGGGGUCAGUUGUGGAUUUUUCGGCGUUUUCCUUAAAAAAGGUCAACAAUUUUGGUGUUUUCCGUUUUGAAAUACAGUGGUACCUCGGGUUACAUACGCUUCAGGUUUCAUACGCUUCAGGUUACAGACUCCACUAACCCAGAAAUAGUGCUUCAGGUUAAGAACUUUGCUUCAGGAUGAGAACAGAAAUCAUGCUCCGGCGGCAGCAGGAGGCCCCAUUAGCUUCAGGUUAAGAACAGUUUCAGGUUAAGUACAGACCUCCAGAACAAAUUAAGUACUUAACCCGAGGUACCACUGUAUGACAAGCCUACCUAAUGUGAAAGUAUAGCCGGGAAAAUGAGAGACCCUGAAACGAAUUGUCACAGUUCAGUUAUUAUAAUGUUAGUCUUGUAAACCAUGAUUCUAAUAAUAAUAUUAAAAGCUUCCCUAAACAUUAAAACAUUAAAAGAUUCCCUAAACAUUCCCUAAAAUGUAACCUCUUGAAAGUUUCAGAGGGCACAGAACACUAUGCCUAGAUUUUUUUUAGUGCUUCGUUGUGUGGGGGGUUACAGGGUGGUGAGUAUCAGAGUUGAGUUUAGACGUCUGGAUUUGUACUAUCACCUCCAUCGCACUAAUCUGGUCCUGGGGUGGGUGGGAGUGUCAGUUUGUGGUUUGCCUCAAGGCCCCAAAAUGUAUUUCCCCGGGACAUUCACAGAAUUACAGAAGCAAUCCUGUGGUUUCUGAUUUCAUCUGGGAAUACCCUGGUUUCCCCCCUCCAGGAUUACAUCUGCAGAAAAGACUCCGCUAUGUAGAAUGAACUCAGCCAGAAAUGAAGUUCUAUAGAGGCAGAUACUCUGAAAAACAAAGCCGUUGUGGUUUUGCGGAAUAGAUGUCCUUGAAGCUUGCUGAACAAACCAUUUGAGGCACAUCCUAUUAUCCUGUGUAUAUUCAGAGUCUGUUGGUUGAUUCCCCCUACCAGCAAAAGAAUUGCUCAUCAGGGUCACUCUCCCCAAGUUCACUUUGCUAAGAAUAUACAGAUUAAUGAUCCUGUUGAGAUCAAUACUUCCCUUUGAUGGCUAGCAUUUAGCCAGUGGUGUAUCUAAGCAAAAGUGGCAUUGUUUUCCAAAGAAGAAAAGUGCCUUCAUCUGAUAAUGACCAGCAGCGAUAUUCAGCACAGGAGCUAGCUCUGGGGCAUUAGGCACCAAGACUUUACAGCUGAAACAUCAGUUUCUCUGGGCGAUAAGCCAGGUUGGUUAGCUACAUGACCAACUGUACUGCAUGUUUCCGGAUAUGUUACAGUAAGCUUCCCUCUGAUGCUGCAGAGAUAAUAUUUCAAGGUCCCUGAAUAUAGACUUGUCUUCAUUCUGGAGCUAGCCUACUGACCUUGAGGUCAAUAAUUUUUUCCAUUGCCAGACUGAACUGCAAAGGUUUUUGUUGUUGUUUUUUUAAACUCAUGCUACAGUGUGGUUCGUGUCUUGCACCAUCAGUGCACCUUCACCAUUUAUUAGCAUUUCCCCCUGCUUUCUGGGCAGUAUUGGGCUCCAUAGCUUCUUAUUAGACAGAAGAUCCGAGACUUGUGUUGAGCCAUUUUCCUUACAAGACCUUAGCAUUUGAGAUAAGUGCGACAGAGGGCUCAGCUGAUCCCUAAGGGGACAUUUUGUGAGCUUUGUAGCAGUGCUGCAGAAACCUUGUUAAUUUGAGCUUAGAGCAAUAUGUUCCAAAGAUAUGUUUGCCUCGCUGCUUGUGGCACAGCAUCGCCGCUGCGCACUCCUUGGUUGUCUUCUUUUUGUGGUCUACACAAUGUGAAUAAUAGCAACCUUCUGUGCAGCAUGUUUUGAGAAGGAAUGAAAAAGAACAUUCCAGGCAAUUGAAGGUUAUAAUGAUACUAAUGCAAUGAUAAGCAUGAGUUGAAAUUAUCGUUUUUGUUGCAGUGCAUUCAUUUAUACAGUGUUGGUGCUAGUGGCAACAGUUCACCAUGGCAAUCUUGGUUGCAUGGAUAUGCGUCGGAGAGAAAGAAGUCACAUGCGCAAGUCUUGUUAACAAUAAACAUCUUGUCAAGUCCCCAUGCUCUGACGUAAACACUCUGUAGAGUGUUCCUUUCAUUGACUCCCUGGGCAGCCUUGAUAAAAAUCUCUUUGCUGCCGUAUACAUGGAUGAUUCUGAAAGUGCAGAACCAUUCUAAACUAGGUUGUAUUUCAUUUUACUUAUUUGCCUCGGACUUCAUCCUUUGCUUCUUGUGCCUGAGGGUUUGCUGUGAAAGCCAGGCCACCAAAGGACAGCAAAAGGAAAGGCUAUUGUGGAAGUCCGCUCACCUGGUUCUGUGUAGCCUUUGAUCAGGUCGGGGGAAAUGGUUUCUGUAUGUUUACUGCGGAAAACGGCUGUGCUCAGUGCUGAUAGGCUGGGACGUGUGAUGUCAUAAACACACCUCCCUGCAGGGAAGGCAGGCUGUCUGUUUCUUUAAAUAUUUGAAGCGCUACACAUAGAAACAUAUUGCUCUGCUUUCCUUUGGACCGCAUCAGCGAGGCUGAGAGGGAGGGUCUUGUCAUCUGGGCAGCCCAGGACCUCCAUGCAUACCACACAGGGUUGCACACCGUGGAACAUCACAAAAGCAACAACACGUACAUUAUUCCACUGAAUAUUUCUUCUGUCUUCCACAAAUUGAAAGUCCCAUAUUUUUCACUCUAUAAGAAGCACCAGACCAUAAGACGCACCUAGUUUUGGGAGGAGGAAAACAAGAAAAAAAAUAUUCUGAAUCCCAGAAGCCAGGACAGUAAGAGGGAUCUGGCUUCUGGGAUAGCCUCUUGCUGUUCUGGCUUCUGGGAUAGCCGUGUGAAGCCUCUUCAGGGCAGCGGGAUGAAGGCUCCCCCAAGAGCCGCACUCCCUUUAAAGAGCACGCAGAGCAUGUGUGCGGCUCUUGGAGGCUUUUCCCCGAGGCGGGAGAAGGGCAGCCCUUCUCCCUCCUCGGAGAAAAGCCCCCAAGAGCCGCACACACGCUCCACACGGCUCUUUAAAGGGAGCGUUGAGCAGAGCCUCCCACCUGCAUUCGCUCCAUAAGAUGCACACACAUUUCCCCUUAUUUUUUAGGAGGGGAAAAGUGCGUCAUAGAGCGAAAAAUGCACAUUUAGUCAAGUAAUGUGCAUGCAGUAGUUUAAAACACACACACACACACACACACAAGCCACGCUCCCUGCUUGCAGCACGGGGAAAGGGCAAGACAAAUGAUGGAAUCAGCAACUGAAUCACUGCUAAGUAUUUCUGCCAUUCAUUGUGAUGGCAGGAAGAAGUCUCCCAGGGGAAACUGCAGUGGCUCCUUUUUCAUACUAUGUUUCUGCACAGCCUUAGUUUAACACUAGUCAGAGAACAGGAAUACUAUAAUGAUUUUUUUGAUAUAUAUAUAAAAAAUCAUACUGCAAAAAUACAAUGGAACAGAAAUGGUGCCAGUGGUUAUAGAGUUUUGCAUGGGCUUAAUAUUGACUGUGCCUCCUGCUUGCUUCCCCUCCGAUUAUUCAUCAAAUUUAUUGUGGCCAAUUAUGAUUUUUAAAAAAUUAUAUUUCAUAAGCCACCCGUCUUUCCGUGGCAAACUUAGGCCCCAUUGUGGGUUGCUGCUGGCACAGCUAAAGGUGGUUAAGCGGUGUGGGAAUUGGGGAAGGUGAAAAGAAGGGUAGUGUAAGUUUGGAGAGAGGAAUCAAGGCGACAUUGCCUAGCGCAGGAGGGAGAUACAGAACUGGCCAGAGUGGGAUAGAAUACCCAGCUAGGCUAUUCUUGGUCCCAUAGGCAGUAAAUCUACUUAGGUGUUAAGAGUUACUUCAAAGAAGCAGGGGGGGAGGCUGAGUCAGAGGCCCUAUAUAGGCAAUUAGACAUAAUGUCCGUUAGACUUGUUACCAAGCAAUAUUCCUGCUAUUAAGCCUUAGCUAGAAUACGAACACAACCAUUCAGGAACAGUGGGCUGAUACGAUUAAUUCUUGUUAGAAGAGAUUGUUCUUUCCCCCACCUGGAAAUGCUCUGAAUGUAGCCAUCAUAGGAAUUUCGGUUUUUGUUUGUGACUCUUGUUCUUUGGCUAAUGUGGGGCUGUAUUUUGAUUAAAAAAAACAAACUGUUUCUGCCAUGAUGUGAAGAACAGACCACAUACUGGGGCCAUCCAUUUUUAAUAUACUUUGCUCCUUUGGGUUACCCAAAACAAUAAAUUAUGAUAAAAUAAUUAUAAAACACACACAUAUAUAUUCUUUUAGCUCUUCUCCCCAGGUUAGAUCAGUUGGGGCAUGUGCAGGUAAAAGUUAGCAGCUUGGGAUGAGCAAUUUUGGGUGGGGUGAGACACAAAGCAGCAGAAAAUGGAAUAUAGGUCUUGUGAAUAAAUAGGUUGUUUUCAUUUAUUACAUGUUAACCAAAUAAACAUCUUGUUAAUACCAAAAGGGAAAUUGCCAGGUGCUUGCCCAUCACUGGAGCGCCUUCGCAGUCAUUUGUUGCAACACUGAAUGCUAGAGGAAUAUGAUAGAAUACUCCCUGCACCCUUUCCCUUCUUUCUCCUUAAAUAAAACACACCUUCUCAUGACUGUAGAUUUUGGGUACCUUGGGAAUUAAUAUUAAGUUAUUCUGCAGAAACAUUCAGUCACCAUUGCAUCAUUUUGAGUUCCAUCGCAAAGGAUCAAUAAGAAGGGCCCACCGAUAUUCCAUUUGCAAACCCCACCAAGCAUACAGUAGUCAUUUUAGGCAAAUAAAUUCUCUCUAAUUCUUGGACCAGUUUUGUGUUGGUAUGGUGAGUAGAAUUGGAGAAUUAGUUCCGUGUCUUUCAGCCCAAUGUAUACACUCAUAUUCUUUAGAUAUGAGUGUAUACAUUGAGCAAGGCAUGGUAAAUUUUGUAGCUAAGCAUCAGGCUUAGUAAUUUACACCAACCGCGUGUUUAACAAUGCAUCUCAUAUUCAGUAAUGUAGGCAGCUGACAGAAUCUUAAAACUCAAAAGUUAGUGUAUUUGUGUAUAUCUUUAUGUUUAAUUGCAGAUACCUAGUGGAUGAAAUUAAGAAGAGAGAAGGAUUCCAGCUGCUGUUGGAGGUUUGUGCCAAAUAUUGUGUAUGUCCAAUCAUUUUGAAACUGGUGGUGCAAAGCUAGUUGAUGCAGGCAGUAUUUAUUAUUAUUAUAGUGGUUGUUUUUGUUAUUUAUUGAAUUCAUAUUUCAUAUCAUCAUCCUGAUUGCUUCCGGGAGAGCAGACCUUUAGAAUGUAAGUUCUACAGCUAACUGAGCUGCUGUCGGAGAACUAAAAAAACCAAAACAAAACUUUAACAACAUAAACUGACAGUGUGAAUUCUUCUUGAAUGAAUAGGCCUAGAUUACUUGCUCCAUAAGGAACAAGCUUUACUUAGUAUGGCAGGAAGUCUGAGUCUAAAUGACCCAGUGGCUUAUCUGUGGCUAGCAAAAUAGUCAGGUGAUACGCCUCUCCCUUUUUCUCCCUGAAAACUAAAUUCAGUAUUCAGCAAGCGCAAGUCUAUGCAUAGCAUACCUGGGCCCAGUUCGUGCUAGAGGAAAAGCUUAACUUCAUCUCAUUUCAUAGCAGCAGGUGGCAUGCUUGCUGAUCUCUUCCUGCUGACAACUGUAUUCUCCUUGAUGAUUAAACCGUAUUUAAUACAUUCUUUGAAGGAAGGCAGAAAAUGAUAUUAUGAAAAGAACCAGUGCCCUUUCAUGAAAGAAUUUAGCACAGCUGGUAGUUUCUACCCACUUGGGAGGAAGAUUAGAACUGUAAUUGAGGUAGUGUUCACACUGGGGGGAAAUGACAAUGCGCAGUAGAUACUGCCCUCCCUCGCCCAUUAUGGUCUCUCUCUCUCUCUCCCCCCGCCCCCGCCAACUUUUAUUAAUCGGAAGUGUUCAGAAAGAACUGGCUAUGUGCGGGAGGAAAUGUGCUGCAGCUGCCAUUGUUCCUUUACAAAAUAUUUCCAGCCAAAAUGUUGAUAGAGGACUCGGCUAGACUGGUGAAGAAAAAGCGAAUUAUAUGUGUUGUUUGUGCAAUAUAACGUUGUGCCUGCAGAUGGCGAUGUGGAGUCCCCCUUUUCUCUACCUGGUUUCCCUGUUUAAAUUUACAACGCUUUAAACUGAAACGCUUCUUUGAUGUGUCUAGAUCCAGCCAGAGAGGGGAAUUUCAUUCUUUAAUUCUUGUGUGGGUGGGUGGGUUUGGGGUUUUUUAGUACAUGCAUGUAUACACACACAUUACUUGAAAGAAUGGAAUCCCACGCUGCAAUUACGGGUGAAUGAAAGACCUGGAAUAAGUAAAAGGUCAACCUUUGUGUUCCUAUAGAGAAAUAUUAAAUGAGGUUGGCAGUUAAUGACAUUUAAUGAGAUUGGCAGGCCAGGCUGAUUAUUAAGAUCAUGGGUGAGGUGGAAUUUGCCCUCUUCCUAUAUUGACUCUUGUAUAUGUACAAAAUGAGUGGAUUUGCCAACUUUCUUUGUAUGCAUCUUGAAAACUUUAAAUUGUUUCUCUCCUUUAGCCGGAGUAUGCAAAUAUUUGCUUCUGGUACAUUCCACCUAGUCUGAGAAACAUGGAGAAAGGGCAGGAGUUCUGGGAGAAGCUCAAUCAUGUGAGUACCAUAUUUUGUUCAUGGGAUUUCUGACUUGGAUAUUGUGCUUUAAACAGUUGCGUGCAGCACUAGUUUUCUGGAGAAAGAGGUGCUGGAACUCUCCAUGAACACCUCCUUUGUUCUCUUAUAAUGGCAAUGGCGCCCACCUGAGAGAUGCCGGAACUGAGUUCCGGUGAGUUCCGGCUGAAAGAAGAAGAGUUUGGAUUUGAUAUCCCGCUUUAUCACUACCCGAAGGAGUCUCAAAGCGGCUAACAUUCUCCUUUCCCUUCCUCCCCCACAACAAACACUCUGUGAGGUGAGUGAGGCUGAGAGACUUCAGAGAAGUGUGACUAGCCCAAGGUCACCCAGCAGCUGCAUGUGGAGGAGCGAGGAAGCGAACCCGGUUCACCAGAUUACGAGUCUAUCACUCUUAACCACUCAGCAGGUGGUGCUUUUCCCAGUAUGCAGUGUGUUGAUAAUACCUUUAUCUGUUGGAUUUCUGCUUGUCCUCUAGCUCUUAAAGGCAUAGGAGCCCUAUCAGGAGGGAAGAAGUUGGCAAUCACAGUUCUGUACACUGGUUGAGGAUUUAUGUUCCUGAUACGCAUUGGAAUAAAAGUGAAACCUUCUUUUGCCACGUGCUCACAAUCCUGGUUCACCUUCAGAGUGUUAUUUUGAACCUAGAUAGGUAUCUGCAGGAUUCUAAAUUUUGCCGCGAUCUCAGUUUAGACAAGGCUAAUUAAGUUCCCCCCUUAAUAUAAUAGAUGCAGACAUUAUACAAGCCUUCCGCUUGCUAUCAAAGCUGCUAACAGAUGGCAGACCUGAGCGAAGAUGAACAACUGUGCCUGCAUCCAUUGUCUAGACAGAGCAUUCAUUACCUGUUUUAGACAUUUAACAUUGUCCUUGGAACUUGCUCUGCAUUAUCAAUGGAUAAUACGAGGGGGUGGCGGGGGAAAGCUUAAGUCUGAAAUCCCAGCCCCACUUACCUGUGAGUAAGCCCCAUUAAAUUCAAUAGGACUUGACUUAUUAGUAAGCAUGGUUAGGUGGUACAGCCUGUAAAUGGAAUUAGAAAUCAGAAUGGGGUAGAAUUCAUAGCAAAAGGUUUUUUUGGUAACCUUUAUAAAUGAUGGGAAAAGCUUGAGGAAAGGAGGGGGGACAUUUAGCAAUUGGUUCUUCUGAUAAAAGGUGUUGAACAUCAAGUUAAUUGAAGAAAAAAAUUUGCAAUAAGCAGGAUACGGAAUAGCUUAUACUGCUUACUGUGCCUUGUUUCAGCCACCCCUCUUCCUGCCAUCUUUAAUAUUUGCUGUAUAAAAGGUGAAGGGACCCCUGACCAUUAGGUCCAGUCGUGACCGACUCUGGGGUUGCGGCGCUCAUCUCGCUUUAUUGGCCAAGGGAGCCGGCGUACUGCUUCCGGGUCAUGUGGCCAGCAUGACUAAGCCGCUUCUGGCGAACCAGAGCAGCACAUGGAAACACCGUUUACCUUUCCACCGGAGCAGUACCUAUUUAUCUACUUGCACUGGCGUGCUUUCGAACUGCUAGGUUGGCAGGAGCAGGGACUGAGCAACGGGAGCUCACCCCCUCGCAGGGAUUCAAACCGCCGACCUUCUGAUCGGCAAGUCCUAGGCUCUAUGGUUUAACCCACAGCGCCACCCGCGUCCCUCUUGUAAUCCAUAUAUCGUAUUUAUUUUCUUACAAUGUAUAUUAAAUCUGUUUCCUGUACACAGCACCACCCGCGUCCCUAUUUGCUAUAUAAGCACUUGGAAUAUAAAGCCAAAGUGGAAGGAGAACAACGUAGCUGAAAUUCGACAGCAGAGCACAUGUGUAGUUAAUUCUGGUCCUGUAUUACUGGAUAUUAGAUUCUGCUGUGGCUGGAUUAAUCUCUCAUUAUCACUGACUGUUGGUCAUGCUGGCUAGGACAGGUGGGAGUGGAUAUCACAACAACAGCUUGAAGGACUAAAGAUGUAAAAGGAAUCCAUUGAGAAUGGAUUAGCAAGUGAAUUUCCUUCAGGCUGCCCGUUCAACCCCUGUUGCAGCAUGGAAAGCUUUUGAAUGUAGGUCUGUACAAUUAAGGUUACUUUUUACCAUGAACACAUUAUGUGUAAAUUGAUACAUAAAUGGCUUUGCAAUAUACAUUAUUUACAUAUUAAUUGAUGUGUAUAGGUGCUGCUCUGCUGUUCUGAAGUGUUAUUUAAAGGCAACCUUUAUACACUAAUACUCCAAUCCUAGCCAUGUCUACUCAGAAGCAAAUCCUAUUGAAUUCAGUGAGACAUGCACCUAGGUAAAUAGGAUUAGGACUUCAGACUUAAUCUACUACCUGUUGUAAAGUUUUCUUAAAAUGAUGGAAUGCAUUGCUUAUCAUUGUUCGUUUCACAUGGAAAGAAGUGAUCUCUGUUGCUGCUUGUGGAUUUUAUCUGCACUCCUCAAUUAAAUCCUAGCUUCUUUGUCAAAGUGGGGAGAACCAACUGGAUUUGACUGCCUGUUUUUUGGCUACCCUGAGGCCAAGAUGGAUGAGCCUCUUCCCUGUCUCCCUCUUGAUAUUACACAGAGCAAAUCUGUACAAUUUGCAGCUUCACAUUUAACUUAAACUGGCUGUCUCAGGUUGAUUCAAAAGGAACCAAUAAUUUUAUGAAUGUCUAAUCCCAGUAGAUGGUUCGGUUCCCUUAAAAGAUGCUAAGUGCUUAAAGCAGUGAUUCAUACUCUUGGGCUCAGCACGUCUAUUAUAUAUGUUGGUUUAUCUUAUGAAAUAAAUAUGGUGACUAUGAUAAAGCCUAGAUGUAAUCAGUAUUUGCCCUUAAGAGCUUAUGUCACUUGUAAUUAGCUGUGAGCAAUUAGAUGACUGCGAUCGUGAAUCCCUUUGCUAAACAGGGCUCACUGAAUAAGCGUGAUUAUGCAGGUGUAAGAAACAAGGAAAGCAUUUCUGUCUGUGCAAAAAUAUAAUCUGGCAAAUGGAAACCCAAUGUUACAAACAGCUAGCAGUUUAUAGCUAUGACAAUAAUUUUUGCUAACCUUAUGAUGAAAACUGCUGUUGAAUUUAAACUUCUGUAGCUUUGUAGAUAGUGGGACAAACCUUGAGCUGCUUUUGCUAGUACUGUACAUGCCCCCUGGUGGAAUUUCCGCUUCUUCUCACUUACAAGAAUUAUGCAAUUAAACCCAACAGGAAGGGAAGUUUGUGACCUAUAGAGAGCUAUAAAGAUGGUGUUUUGCUCCGUGUCAUGCAUUUGUGGGUCUGGGGCUGAAAUUCAAACAUUACUUUCUUUCAUCUGUGAAAUGCUAUCAAUUUGAAAUAUGUGCUUUCAUACACCUUACGACGACAAAUCCUGCACAAUGUAGAUGGAUUGUAGAAGUGACUCAGCCCCUUAUAAAUUGCGAUUAGAGUGUGUGACCCGUUCCUGUCUUUGGCCUGAAGACCAGCGUUUUGUGAAAUAUACUGUGUGCUGAGUUAUUUCAGUACACUGGUACCUCAGGUUAAGUACUUAAUUAUUUCCGGAGGUCCGUACUUAACCUGAAACUGUUCUUAACCUGAAGCACCACUUUAGCUAAUGGGGUCUCCCGCUGCUGCUGCGCCACUGGAGCACUAUUUCUGUUCUCAUCUUGAAGCAAAGUUCUUAACCUGAAGCACUAUUUCUGGGUUAGCAGAGUCUGUAACCUGAAGCGUAUGUAACCCGAGGUACCAAGGUACAGGGGAACUUCGUGUUACAUACUGCCCUCCUUACGAAUGCUUCGGGUUACGAGCUCCGCUAACCUGGAAGCAGAUGCUCCCGAUUGCGAACUUUGCCCCGGGAUGCGAGCGGAAGUCGCGCACUGGCGGCGCGGCACCAGCAGAAGGCGCCAUUAGCGAAAGCACGCCUCAUGUUAAGAACGGUUUCAGGUUACAAACGGACCUCCAGAACGAAUUAAGUUCGUAACUGGAGGUACCACUGUACAGAUCUAGGUGCCUCAGAAAGACCACACAUGCCGUGAGAGUUCAUUCCUAUAUUGCUCUGGAACGUGUCCAGAGGAGGGCAACCAAAAUGGUCAAAAGCCUGGAAACGAUGCCUUAUGAGGAACGGCUAAGGGAGCUGGGCAUGUUUAGCCUGGAGAAGAGGAGGUUAAGGGGUGAUAUGAUAGCCAUGUUCAAAUAUAUAAAAGGAUGUCACAUAGAGGAGGGAGAAAGGUUGUUUUCUGCUGCUCCAGAGAAGUGGACACGGAGCAAUGGAUCCAAACUACAAGAAAGAAGAUUCCACCUAAACAUUAGGAAGAACUUCCUGACAGUAAGAGCUGUUCGACAGUGGAAUUUGCUGCCAAGGAGUGUGGUGGAGUCUCCUUCUUUGGAGGUCUUUAAGCAGAGGCUUGACAACCAUAUGUCAGGAGUGCUCUGAUGGUGUUUCCUGCUUGGCAGGGGGUUGGACUCGAUGGCCCUUGUGGUCUCUUCCAACUCUAUGAUUCUCUGAUUCUCUGAUUCUAUGCUCUAUCUGUAUAUGAUAAAAGAUGUUUUCAAGUGUUCUUUUUGUACUUUUACCAAGGAACAGGUUGGGAUUCUGCUGACAGAGACCAGCUUGAUUAUCAAUGAGUAGGGGGCAGUUUUUGUCUCCUCCCCAAUAAUGUCCCUAAGGAGACUUCUCUACUUUGCCCCAUCAGAAAGAAAAGCAAAACAUUCACUGAUGUUCUAGAAAAUAAAGUGCUUUACGUUGGGACACUUUUGUGAGGAUGGUCAAUUUGGCUUCCAUCAUCCACCAACACAAGGAGUCCCUUGUAUGCUGACUACAGACAUAACGAGGGGCUGGGAUAUAUAAUAUAAUUAUUAUGGAAAUUAAGUCGUGGCUAGUAAGGAAGACCCAGGAGGACACUCAAAGUAUAUUCCUGAUUAUUCCUUUGCAGGAACCGCUCCCCCCAAUGCUUUGUGGGCAAAAUUCACAGUUUCCUGCCGGUUGACAGGCACAAAAUUUAAAAGCACCGUAUUUUGCCUACAAAUGUACACUCCUGUUUCUUCCUUUGCAGCAGUUGCAGCUUGAAGUUUCUUGUACCUGGUAUACGUAUUUGACAUCAGGCAUAGGAAAGGUGGCCGUCACUCGUCAAAAAUGGCUCCCUAGACAGAGUCCCCAUCAGCCCCAGCCACCAUGGCCAAUUGUCAGCAAAGACACAAGUGGUAGUCCAGAACAUCUGGGGGGAACCAGGCUGGAGAAGACCAAGUUAGAAGGGAAGGGAAAAGUUGUGUACUUGCAGGGGGAGGCUGCUAUUAAUUGCUCAGUCUGUCAUAGCAGCAUUACCAUUAACAUGUAAAAUUAAGCGUUCAUUGUUAGAAGCCAGUUCGUUAUUGCUACUUCAUGAAAAAGAGCAUCUUGCAUUCUGACCUUAAUUCUUAAUACAGUAGUACCCAUGCAUUUCAAUGGGUUUGCAGUGAGUAGGACUAGCGUUGGCUACAACAACCCUUCAUUGCCAGUUAGCCAUAUAAAUGAAGCAUGGAACCACUGCUGUUCUUUUACCAAAAUGCCAGGGAAAAUAAAACCAGAGGCAAGUGGCUUUCGCACCAACAGAAAGCAGUCACUGUAAUCCUGUCCGUGUGUUUCAGAAUUGUUCCACUUCACCAGAGCCUAAAGCAUCUGCAGCUCAGGUUUUACAAAAAUUAAAAAAGAAAUUGCAAGGCACAUAGUAGCCGUUGCUGGCAAAAAAGCAAUACAUUGGUACCUUGGUUCUCAAACGUCUCAGUACUCCAACAACUUGGAACCCAAACACUGCAAACCUGGAAGUAAGUGUUCUGGUUUGUGAACUUUUUGCGGAAGCCGAACGUGCUCCAUUUUGAGUGUUACGCUGAGGUCUGCCUGCUUUUGCUAUUUAUUUUGCAUUUUUGUAGCUCUUUUUCUGUUUGGUUUUUGUGACUGUGUGGAACCCAGUUCAGCUACUGAUUGAUUGAUUGAUUGAUUGUGUGACUGCAGUACAUUGUUUAUUGCUUACAUUUUAUGGAUCAGUGGUCUCAUUAGGUAGCAAAAUGCUUGUUAAAUUGUUGUUUUAGGGGUUGUUUUUAAAAGUCUGGAAUGGAUUAAUCUGUUUUGCAUUACUUUCUAUGGGAAGGCGCCCCUUGGUUUUGGAAUGCUUUGGUUUUGGAACGGAAUUCCGGAAUGGAUUAAGUUUGAGAACCAAGGUACCACUGUAUAUAUCCCAGCAUAUCUUUGAAAGAAGAAAGCCUUCUUCCUUCUACUUUCCUCAUCACAUAAUUAUCUUCUUAAUUCCAUCAGCUUUAAAUGAGGGUGAACUGUUACAGGAAAUACACCCCCAAAAAAUAUUUUUAUUCAAAGCACCCCAUCUUUUAACAAAAAAAGACAAACACACACACAAAAAAACACUUCAUUUAUCAAACCAGUCUUGACCAGUAGUGAAAGAAUAGGCCAUCAGGGGGCACCAGUGCAACAGAAAUGUAUUUAAACUUCUAAUUAGUGUGCACGUUCUUAAUCGCUUCUUGGUGCAAUCAUGCAAAUCUCAAUCUAAAAGAAAAGUCUGCUCCAGUUUUUAAUAUAUAUUUUUAAACAUCAGCAUAUUUCCCCUCUGAUGCAUUUAUAGGAUGAUCUGUUUUUCUGGGGAGCUAAGCUACUACCAGGGAAUAACUUACAGCUUGUUAGUAUUGUCUUCCGCCUUCCAUCAGGCAAAUAUCUGUUCUCCUUUCUUAUAUGAGACUUUAUGUACUGGGUUAUAUUUUUUGGAGUAUUCUGAGUCUUUAAUUCAUAUCUUCUUCUUUUUUUAGAAAAAGAGAAAGACUGUGCUCAGUUGGAUUUGCUUCCUAGUAAGGGUUUUUAGGAGUCAAGUGAUGGGACACAAAUCCCUAUGUAAGAAUAGGUUUUUUAAGGAUUGCUUUGGUAAAAUAGGAAAGGUCUAUUUAUUGAAGCUGAGAAAAGUGCCUACAAAUAUUGGCUGUUAGCAGGUAUAAAUUCAGUGAGUGUAUCAUAAACUUCUCAUUUUGCAGGAAAGAUUGCCCAGGACAUUAGUAAAUUUGAUCUGACUAUAAUUGAGUACAAGUAUUAUUUGUUGGAAAGUAUAGUAUUUACAAGAUGGGGGCCGGCAGGAUGACAGAAGUUGUUAAAAGAGGAUCAGAAAACAUCAGUUAGGGCCUAAUUUCGCCAAAUGUGUGAGAACACAUUAGUGGGCUAUAAAGGAAAAAAAUUAGUCUCUGGAGUCUUCUGUGAAUGCAAAGGAGGCUGCCCAGUGCAUAUUUACAUUGAUUCCUAAUCUGGCAUUGAGUUCUUCCUACCAUGCUCUCCCAAAGAGGGCUAAUUCUGUUGUCUUUGUAUCGGAGUGGCUGGAUUAUUCACUCACUCCCGACUUAGUGAUGUGACAGAAUUUCUUGGAUUUAAGGGAGCCUGCUCACUGUGUCUCUGCACUCCAUUGCAGAGAGGUUGUCCCUGGGCUUUCCCCCCCUUCCUUCAAAGCAGAAGACAUAUCCAGAACAGUGACUCAUUCAGAGAUACAAAGGAGGGCUUCGUGGGUCGACAUUUCUUACUACUGCAUAAGUUAAAAGUCAAUAUGCACCUAAUAUUAAUUCAGAAAAAAGUGCUGAUUGAAGGUAUCUUCACCCCAUUCACUGUUAGGCUGCAUGAUAAAGUAACAAUGCUUUAGAAAACAUUAGCAAAUUGGAUAGUUUUGUAAAAUUAAACAGGAGAGGGUGUCGCUCUGUUAUUUCCCUGCCUGCUUGUUAAACAGAACUUUAAUCUGAAGAUGCCUUCACAGUAGUAGUCACUGAAGUUUUCUUUUAUUUAUGUAUUAAGGUUUGUAGAUGUAUUUCCACACAGCAAUUAUAUAUGUCCAAUAUUAUUGGGUAGGAUGCAGUGUUUUUUUCAGGGGGGCACAGGGGUACAUAUGCCCCAUUUUGUAAAUCUUUGUACUUUUGUCCAUUUAUUGUAUUUAUUUUCCCCGAUUUGAACUAUAAAAUGGUGAUUUUCUUGAGUCAAAAUGAGAGUACCCCUAAACAUUUUUUUUAAAGAAAAAAAGCACUGGUAGGAUGACUUCAUGUACUUAAGCAAGGGCAGAUCCUAAAGAGAGAUCCUGAAGAACCUAAGUUUUACCAUUAAAAGGAUAAUAUAGGCAAACUUUGAGGAUGUACUGGGAUGCAGCUUACCCAUUUCUAAAUAGGUAUUUCUUUACAAAUCCAUCGUUUUCCAAAUUGUGGAAAUAACAUUAGCCAGCAUAGCCUUUUUAGACUUGCGGAAAAAAGCCAAGUAAAGCCCUAGAGCAUGGGUAGGCAAACUAAGGCCCACCUUCUAAAUCCAGCCUGCGGAUGGUCUGGGAAUCAGUGUGUUUUUACAUGAGUAGAAUGUGUCCUUUUAUUUAAGAUGCACCUCUGGGUUAUUUGUGGGGCAUACGAAUUCGUUCAUUUUCCCCGCCCCCAUAUAGUCCUGCCCCCCACAAGAUCUGAGGGACAGUGGACCGACCCCCUGCUUGAAAGUUUGCUGAUUCCUGCCCUAGAGAGCUAGUUGCCUUCUCCUUCACCAUACAGACACAUAGUUUGCUUAUUGAUCUCUCCAUCACACCUGACCAGCCACCCCCUCAACUGCAAAAUUUUGCAGAAGGGUUUUUUGUUUUUGCAUGAAAAAGAGCUGACAUACUCAGCUUUUAAAAAAAAUAAAAUAAAUUCACCUUGUCGUCUAUGAAUGAAAGCUUACUCAUUUUUGGUCCACAGUGUUUGGAGUAACAAGCCCUGAAAUGUCCAGGAACAUGCCACAGAAUCAAAGCAAGAUUUACAGGAGUGAUAUUUUCCUGAAAGGAAGAAAGAGGGAGAAUAUAUAAUUGAUUGAAUAAGGGGUUAAUAGCUGUCACCCAUGAAUAGUCUCCAAAUGGUAUUUGAAAAAGUAGGGAAAGAGGUGCAAGUCCUGUAUAUCUGAAGAACUAUAAUGUUAUUUACAUAAUGGCUUGUGUUCAUUUAAUGGCCUUGGCUUGUAUUGUUUGAAGUCCGUUGUAUUCUUCUGCUGCCUCGUCUAUGUCUCUAUCAAUAAUUGCUUUUACUUUUGCUAAAUUGUGUUCCUGUGAUUUUGUCUUCUGUUACCCAAAAUAUCUUGGACAUCUGAUACUUGAAGAUACUGGCUUUCACAUUUAAAACAUCCAGUCUUUCAAGGGAGCCCGCUGGACGUGCUGAAAAAUUAUCCCAAUCCUGUUGUAGAGAUGACAGUCCAUUUUGAAAUUAUCUCCGCCAUGUGCGCAGUUCCUUAAUUCGCUCGCUAGAUGGAGAUCAAAAGCAACAUAAAUGAUAUCCCCCUCCUCUUUUCCCUCAGUCACCCAGCAGAAAAUGAAAACGUAUCGACUACCUCCUUUCCCAAGCAUUUAAACUUUUUCUUUCCACUUCCAGAAAGAUUAAUCUUUUUUUCCACAAUCCUUUUGGCGAUUAAGCUAGGAGGAUGGUUUGGAGGGAUGGUGAACUGUUAAAUCGUUACGUGCUAUUGUUACAGCAAUUAUCGUGCUGCUUAUUUUGUGGCACAAAGGAAGCCAUUUCUCUCCCUAUCGUUAUCAGCUGACCAUAAUAAAGUGACCCGUAACUGCAGGGUAAAAUUAGAUUGUUAUUCUUGUAACAGAGGAAUUAAUCUAUAGCAGCAAGGCCAAACUGUAUCUUGGAAGUUAUGUGUGGUUCCCAAGGCAGUUAAGAGAGCAACUCUUGGUUGGCUUAUCUCCUUUUACAAGGUUCUCUAUCUUUCUCUUGUCAGAACCUGGAACCAAGGAUAUGGAAGCAGCAAAACCUGGGCAGAAAAGUUUUAUAGUUGUUGCAGUAGCAGCCUGGGCUAUGGGGAGAUAGACAGUCUUGGGGAAGCGUGCUUCUCAGAUACAUGAAGAUAUUUAUUAUGUAAAUACCUCCUUAGCUUUCAGAAUUCCUGGAUUAUAACUACAUAUGUGAAAAGCGAUUUGCCCUGUCUUUGGCUAACUUUCCUUGCUUAGUUGUAGGCUUGCUGGGAAGGAACUGUUGUAGAAAACAUAGGAAGAGCUCCUUUUUCAUAUAAUUGUGGCGUUGGAAGGAACCACUAGGGUCAUCUAGUCCAACCCCUGCUUUUAGGCAGGCAUCCUUCCCUGGGUUCAAGGGUUGAACCGGACACCUUCUGCAUGCAAAGCAGAUGUCCACCAGUGAGCUAUGGCCUUCCCUCAAUCUGUGUUAAAACGGAUAACCAAAAGUGGUCCUUUAUGCAACUCACCUAGCAAUAGAUUUCUCUGCUCAUUUCAUCAGUCAGGUGACUUCAAAAUUAGAUGGUCAUUGGCGGGGGUUUGUACUUGUUACCAAUUGGGUAAUAAUAUACAUUAACAGUAAGACAAUUAUGGACUACCCUUUUGGGCCAGAUUUGCCAAGAUGCAUUUUUGAAUCUAAACGAUUCUGGGAACUUUGCAUUGCAUUUUAACUUACUACAUUUGGAUUAUCUUGUUUGAUGUUGUGGGGGGUUUUUUGUGAGUCACAUUGUACUGGCCAUUGCGCACAAACAAUAAAAAUCUGUCUGGCUGACUCAUAAACUUUAUAUGGUAAUAUUUCACAGGAACUCUUCACAGUUCCAGAGCGUUGGUUCCAGCACUUUGAAAGCUGCCAGAGCUAAACAAAUGUUUAAGUAGUAAUAGUAGUAGUAUCAGUCACUGGAACUGUUACAGAAAAUAAUAUAUAUAUAUUUCCUGCUGGAAAAGAUGAGAAAAUGAAAUGGAGCAGUUUUACAAUGUAGCUAUUUAUUUCGUAUUGACUGUAGGUCAUAAAAAAAAAAACACAAGUUUUUAUAUACUUGGAAACACCAGCCCAGCAUGUCUUCACAGCACAUGUAACGUGGAGCUCAGCAGGGCAGGGCAACUAUUUUUUAAAACUUUUUAAAAUUCAAAAUUAAAACAAAACAUAUUAUCCAGAAAAAUAUCAUCCUUAUUUUCCCCUUCCCCCCCAUUUUUCCUCCCUCCCCCCAUCCUCCACACAAAACCCACCCCCCCAACCCCCAACUUCCCUCAGUUCCAGUCUUUGGUUUCUCUGAGACUGCUGUUUCCUGCAUGUUACACAGUUGUAUAGAUCCUCAAACUAUUUAGCUGAUUAUCAUCAAUAAAAAAAGUUUGUGAAUGUUUAUUCAAAGCCAGCCAAGGAGUCCGGUUCGCUUUGUUGCGUCUUCAAAUACUUUGUAAAGGGUUCCCAUUCAUCUUUAAAGUCACAGUUAUCCUUGUCCCGUAGCUUAUAUGUCAGUUUUGCCAGUUUUGCAUAGUCCAUCAAUUUUUCUUGCCAUGAUUCUUUAGUUGGGGUUUCUUCAGUCUUCCAUCCUUGUGCUAUUAGAACUCUUGCGGCCGUUGUCGCAUACAUGAAGAUGUUUUUCAGCUUUUUUGGCAGGUCUUUCCCUACAAUCCCUAACAAAAAUGCUUCAGGUUUUUUAACAAAUGUUAAAUGGAACAUUUUCUUCAAUUCAUUGUAUAUCAUUUCCCAAUUUUUUAAAAUUACAUUACAAUCCCACCACAUAUGAUAAAAUGUCCCUUCCUUUUCCUUACACUUCCAACAUAUAUUUGAACUAGUUUUGUGCAUUUUCCCUAACUUCACUGGUGUCGUGUACCAUCUGUACAUCAUCUUCAUGUAAUUCUCCUUCAGUAGGGAACAAUCUGUAAAUUUUAAAUCAGUUUUCCAUAAUUUUUCCCAAUCUUCCAUCACAAUGUUGUGACCUACAUCUUGUGCCCAUUUAAUCAUAACUGAUUUUACCUCUUCAUCUUUCGUCUCCCAUUCUAAUAAUAUGCUGUAUGCGGCCUUCAGUAAUUUCACUUUCCCUUCGAUCACUUCUGUUUGAAACCUAGAUCUUGUGUAACUGAAUCCUUUCUUGCUGUCUUCUUUAUGUGUUUCAUUUGGUUGUCGAUAAUGCAACCAACGUUUAACCAGUAAUUAAUACGGUGGCAGGGCACAACUGCAGCAGGAGUAAUGGAAUAAUUUUAUGCAAUAAUCUUGACAAUGAAGAUCUCAAAACAUCAUUGGCUGAUGCAUUCUGUGCAGCAAAGCAUCACUAUGCUAUCGGAGGAGCAUUUCGCCCCUUGAUUCUGGAUGCAUUCGCACCCGCAUUCGCAAACAGCAGAAUAAUAAUAAUAAUAAUAAUAAUAAUAAUAAUUUUAUUUAUACCCCGCCCAUCUGGCUGGGUUUCCCCAGCCACUCUGGGUGGCUUCCAGCAAAAUAUGAAAAAUACAUUAAAACAUCAAAUAUUAAAAGCUUCCCUAAACAGGGCUGCCUUCAAGAUGUCUUCUAAAAGUCAGAUAGUUCUUUAUUUCCUUGACAUCUGAUGGGAGGGUGUUCCACAGGGCGGGCACUACUACUGAGAAGGCCCUCUGCCUGGUUCCCUGUAACCUCACAUCUCGCAGUGAGGGAACCGCCAGAAAGCCCUCGGAGCUGGACCUCAGUGUCCGGGCAGUAUUUUACUCCCAUAUUGUCUUCAGAAGGAGAAUACGUCACUCCAGCACUGUUCGCCGUUGAGCGAAGAGCAGCUAUCUCUUGUCAUAAGAGAACUUGGCUCAUACUGUUCUCCCCAAUCAUAGGUGCCCAGGAAAGUCAAAGCAAUUUCACUUUACCGCUGAACCACUUGUAUUGUCCAAAAUAGCAAGGGAGGUCACAGUACUUUUGCCUCAAAAUACUGUGGGCCACUGAGGACAUGAUUCUGCACCUGUAUGUAUGUACAGCUGUGGCACCCGUAAUGGAACCGAGCAUGCUAAAUACAACCACCGGUUUGCUAAAAGACACACAAGAAAGUCACAAGAAGACUGUGGCACAAGAGGCCACUGGAAUGGAAGCCGUAAUGAAUGGUCAGGGCAACUCCAAACUCCAGAGCCAGGUAAGGAAUUUCAAUUCCUCAUCUGAAGCUUUGACAAACUUAUUCUACAUAUCAAAUUCCCAUUUACAUGGCAGAGUCUUGGGCUGCAUUAUUAUAGAUGGCGAAAGGCGUCCCACGUAAUGGCCGUGGAAAGGCUUUUGUAAGCCAUUAAGCCCGAUACCUUUUAGGUUUCUGAAUUUCUGAAACAUGGAAGAACAAGCAGAAUUAAACACCUUUCUUUGCUGUUACCUCUCUCUGCCAUGUCAUUCAUUUCACCCCUGUCAAAACCCUAGUGAUAGUAUAGCUGCUAUAUUAAGGCAUGUCUUUCUGCAUCAGAAUUGCACAAAACUGUCAGAACGUUAUGAACAGCUAGCUUAAAAAAGGGAGGGAGAAUGAGCCUAACGUUCAUUCUAGGUGUGAAAGUAAACUAAAAUAAUUUAGGGCGAAGCUAGCUGCUACUUGUACAUUAGCGAUAUUUGCUGCCGUCAGGGAAUGCACCCAGACUACUAAGCAGUAGAGAAGAUUAAUAUGCCAUCUUCCUAAUUCAGUUUGGAAUGCAUCUGAUGGUGUAGAAGAAUAACGCUUCUGAUUCCCAGGUAUUUCCAUAAAAGUAAUAAUGCAGCAAUGUAAAACUGAAUGUGUAUACAGUAUAAUAAGAUGUAAGAAAUUGUGCUUGCUUGUGACAACUGUUUGGUAUGUAUCCUGGAGUCAUGGGAGGAGGAGACCGUAUUGUAACCACAGUAUCUCAAAGAAAGGAAUCAUUUGGUUUCAGGUCCAGAGACCGAAGUGAUUUCUCAUUAUUUUAUUUUUAACACCAUUCUAAUUCUCAACUUGUGCUUAUAGAUGCCUGCGUUCUUAACUUUCCACAUCUGUCUUGUUAAUGCUAUAUUCUUCUCAGGCUGGGGCGGAUAUAAGGAAAAUCUAAACCCACAAAGUAUAAAUACAGUUAGUUUCAGAAAUACAAGUGAUGGCAUUUAAAAAACCAGCAACAACUAUUUAACAUUUUGAUAUAUUGAAUAUUAUUAGAUUUAAUAAUCAGGACUACGGUAAUUGCGACUUGCGUUGUGGUAAUGAAUAUUGACACAUGACUCACAAGUGUACUGAAUUUAAUUAACACUAAUAGAACGGAUUGAAUAAUAGGAGGAUUAACAUCUGUUAGAGAGCCAAAACAGCGAGAUUUAUAGCUCUUUGAAUAAAUAUUGGCCUCUAGAAUAUGAGGUCAAUAAAUCUUAUGUCUGACCUUCUCUUAAACUGGCACCUGAAUCCAUAUAGAGGACUCUGUAAGUGUUUGUGAAGUUCAGCUCCCCACCUCCUUUACUUCUCCCUGUUUGAAAAAUCAGUGAGAAGAUUAGGAGUCUUCUUACUGAUUACAAAACAGAAGCACCCUAGUCCUUUUCUUCAAAAAUCAGAUUUUUCAAGCGAGAUUACUAAAUUGACAGGGGGGAAUCAGCAUAAAGAAACAUUAUUAAAAAUGACCCUACUCAGAUGUGACACUAAGCCAUGGUCUUCAUCUCCAUUUCCCUUCCUUCUACCACCUCAUAUGUGGUGAUUAAAGAGUUCCCAAUCCUAGUUUAGGAGCAAACCAUAGUUUGCUGUUUCAUCCAAACUUAUGUGUGCAAUAAUUUGCCUGCAAACCGAUUGUUAUGUACUGAGUUGAAUAGGAUCCAAAAUGCAGCAGUCUGAUUGGUCCGCAGGAGCCAUCCAAUCCAACUCCAGGUGAAAGUGAAUCCACAAUCUGAUUGGCCUACAGGAGAAUCCCUGAAUUAGCCAAUCACAUGGGGGCCAUUGUGUAAAUAAUUUAUAUAAGGCAGACAUUUUGGGGCAACUUCCAUUCCUCACUACUAUGAGCUGAAUAAAGAGCAUGAAAUCCACACUCGACUCCGAGUAUAUUUCACCAGAGUAUAUUUCACCCUGGACCAGAACUUAUGUACUCUGCAUGCAAGGGGAGCCUGAGGCUCAUGACUAUAAUUCUAAACCUUGAUUUCAUGUGAUACCAGCACCCAAUAUUAUUAUGGUUACUAAUUUGUUCUUUAAUUCACUGUAAAUAGCUUGCACUCCUCUCCAGCAAAUAGACUGGCAUGGGAUUCUGGACUAGCUGUGCUCUAAAUCACCAUGUUUUGGGGGACCUUCCACUGUAAUAGUGGAAAUAGUUUGCGAGACACUUCAGCUCAGUUGUAAUUUUUCUAUGUUUCUCGACUUCUUCUACCCUCUAAGCUGGCUCUCCACCGGUUUCGAGACUUUUGUAUUAAGCAGCGUAUUAAAAUGUGACAUGUGGAAACCACUACACACACAGCUGGAAAACACUGUUUGAAAAUUGACUCUGAAUAAAGCUCACAGCAUUUUAUUAAUUUUGCUAUAAAGAGCAGCAUCUAUACAGAGGGAGCACAUAAUGUGGCAGAUUGUGACCCUGUGCUCACUUUUUAAAGCAUUGGUUGUGGUUACGAUAAGGCUGAAAGGCCAGAAAUUCUUCAUGGUGCAUCCACCACAACAAAUUAUUACAGCAUCAUUUGUUUCUGAUUGUGACUACGCCAACAAAACAUUCCUGUCUGAAGAAGAGUACGCAGUGGUUAAAACUUUUUUAAAAAGAAAUUAUUUUAAGGACCAUAAAUAAUAACCAUAGGUAAAGGUAAAGGGACCCCUGACCGUCAGGUCCAGUCAUGGCCAACUCUGGAGUUGCGGCGCUCAUCUCGCUUUACUGGCCGAGGGAGCCAUUGUACAGCUUCCGGGUCAUGUGGCCAGCAUGACUUAAGACGCUUUUGGAGAACCAGAGCAGUGCACGGAAAUGCCGUUUACCUUCCCGCUGGAGUGGUACCUAUUUAUCUACUUGCACUUUGACGUGCUUUCGAACUGCUAGGUGGGCAGGAGCUGGGACUGAGCAAUGGGAGCUCACCCCGUUGCGGGGAUUUGAACUGCUGACCUUCUGAUCGACAAGCCCUGGGCUCUCUGGUUUAGACCACAGCGCCACCCGCGUCCCUAAUAACCAUAUUCCAAACAAAAAAUUCAGGAUCCAUAUUCUCAUCACUGUGUGUCCUGCCCCCUCAUUUGUUUUCAAAGUCAUUUGUAAAAUGCAAUAAUAAUAAUAAAGAUGUCCUUUUACAUUAGCAGAUAUCUAAAGCCCCUGCAAACUGUUUCCACUGUUAAUUCCCUUGGGCUUUCUGGAAAAAGUGAAGAGACUCUAGAUUUAAAAUUUCUGAAUUAAUGUGCUGUAAGGUGAACUCUUAACUCUGCUUAAAAUAUUAAUCUGUAAUUAAUCAAUGGUGAAGGCUUAUUGCUAUUCAUUUUUAAUUAUAAUAUUUGGAUUGGGAUGUUCUCACAUAACAAAGGUUACUACUCUUUUGCGUUUUAGGGCAAGCAUUAAUUUUAAAGUUUUUAUUGGAGCAGUUGUAAAAUAUUUAAUGAGAACCAUAUAACUGCAUUUAAUAAAAUUGUUUAUUGGCAAUAUAGCUAUAAAGAGAAUUAGAAUUCCAACUGGUGAACAGCUUUUGCCUUUUAGCAAAGAAAGAAAGAAAGAAAGAAAGAAAGAAAGAAAGAAAGAAAGAAAUAGCAGAAAUAUUCUGUGGACAUCGGAUAUGGUUAUUUUCUCUUAAUUUAGAACUUAUUCUAAUGUAAUGUUUGAUAUUCCCAGGAAGAUUUUAUUGGGAAAAAGUGGGGGAAAUUACACUGCGAAGAUCUACACAGCUUUUGCAGGGCUAAUCCUAAAAACACAUGGCAGCUAGAAUUAUGAAACUGACAUGAGACUAUCCCAGGAAAAUAUGCAUAGAUAACCUCUCAUUUUAAAAAAUGUGAAUGCUCCUGGGAUCACUUAAAAAAGGCAUAUUGUGAGAAAUACCUGUGUUAAGAACUAUUUUGGAUCUUAAGCUGCCAACAAACCAUAGAAUCGUAGAAUUGCAGAGUUGGAAAGGAAUCAUCUAGUUGAAAGUGUCAUCUAGUCGCCGUCUCCCCUGCAAUGUAGAAAUCACAGCUAAAUAAACCCUGAGAGAUGGCUAACCAAUCUCUGUUUAAAAGCGGGUCAUUCCACGUCAUUUCAAAGAGGUCAUGUCACCCUCUGUCUCGGAUAUUGAUGAAAUUUGGUGUACACCCUUCCCUUAUGGUUGGAAAAAAAAAACCCUUAAAUUUCCCCCCUCUAUCUCACACGGUUUUACUUUUAUAGCACUUCAAAGUUUCGUUAAAUCUGAGUUGUCUGUCCCUCUUGAGACCCUCGGCACAAGAUAUGCUUGUGCACAUUUUAAUUUUUUCCCUCCAUAACCAAUGAUCAGAUCUCUUUGAAAGUUUACACAGAGCUCAAUAAAAUGAUGAGGAUUUCAAAGGGGGGUGGGGAUACACCAGCACUCAAAAGAUUUUAUAAAUGCCUAAAAAAAAUAUAAAUGCACUUGUAGCCUAGUUUUUUUGGUGGAAAAACUAGGUUUAGAAAACCUGAUAUACAGCGUGUCAGAUUGCUUACCGGGGCAAGACAGUUUGAGCAUGUUGCACUGAUCCUGGUCCAACUAUGCUGGCUGCCCGUUGGUUUCCAGGCCCAACCCAAAGUGCUGUUUCUGACCUAUAAAGCCUUAAAUGGCUCAGGAACACAAUACCUCAUGGACUGCCACCACCCAACCUCUCCCCAUAUGAACCAACCCAGACCCUGUGAUCAUCAUUGUGUGCAUCCUCCAUGAGAGGUAUGGGGCAACACAAAAACAGGGUCUCUUUUGUGGUGGCUACCCGUUUGUGGAAUGCUCUCUUGGGGAGGCUCGCCUGGUGCCUUCAUUACAUAUCUUUAGGCAUCAGGCAAAGACAUUUCUCUUUAACCAGGCCUUUGGCUGAUUAACAUUCUAUGUCAUGUUAAAUGUGUCUGUGGAAGUGGGAGUUACUGGUUUGUUCUUGUUCUUGUUUUUAUUAUGUACUUUGUGUUCUCAUUUUGUAUUUUUAUGCUGUGAUCAUAGUCUAACCCCCUUCAGUGCAUAAAUCUCAACAUGUGGUCCCCCAUCCAAUUCGAAACCAUACCAGACCCAGCUUUGCUUUGCAAAUGUGCUAGCAGUUUACAAAUAUAAUAAAUAAUAUAUAUAUAUUUUAAAAAGUCAUUAAAGAAAACACUCACAGUUUACCACUGUUUAGAAAACAUUAGGCAGCCUCCCCACCUUCUCAUGCUUACAGGAAAGCCCAAGUGAGGAUGCAGUGAGGUUUUCCAGAAAUGUGGGCACCUAGGGAGGCUGCAUAAUGUAGACCUUUGGAAAGAUGCUUUGGAGAAUGAAAGGAAGGACAUUCCGAAACAUCCUCUGCCAUCUUGAAAGUGAAAUAAGCAAUAUACCUUGCCCAUGAACUUUCUGCAAAAUGUUAUCCUGUCUUUCAUGAUAUUUCAGAUGUUCUUUUCUCAUAAAUUGGUAGAGAAUGGUAAGGGGGAAAAAUAUAUGCAAGAGAAAUUUUCAGCACAGCCUUGGUCCGUACAUGACUGCUACAUGCAAGUUACUUGCAAUAAUAUCUGCUUGGCUCAAUAUGCAGAGAUGGGAAAGACCGAUUUUAAACAAACCCGAGAAAGGCAUAGAAAUAAAGGACAUGGAUAAUAGAUUUUUGAAAUAGAGGUUUCCCCUAAUUCUUUUUAAUGAGGUUGUAUGGCCACGCAGCGCUGUAUAUUUUGCUGAUUCUUUUACUUUCCUUGGAGUUGAUCUGAAGGUCAUUGCAAUGAUUUUGUGCUAAACCAUAUACAAGAGUUUGGGCUUUCUUAAAUGUUAAUGCUUCCCUUUAGAUCUACCUAAAACAGGCACAACUAUCAUUAUAACUCUUUAAUCCCUACUGCAAUGCAAAUCUGGAGGUUGCUACACAUGCUAGCUCAGAUAACGGUAAUAUUCAGUGUGAAUAAUAGGGAGCCGUUCCAAAUCUCUCAUGAGACAUUUAUUUUUCUACAGUACUGUACAACUCUCUCUCUCUCCUUUUAAUAGCCAAUCAUCAAAUAAUGCAUCCUUUCCCACUGAACGUACAUUUGUACUGUGAUUUUUUUUUUGUUCCCCUAGAGGAAGAGAGCAACAAAAAACAAAACUCACCCCAGUGCACACAAACCAUGAAAAGAUCUUUAAAAUAUUCUUUUGAGAUGACUUGCUGCAAUUUCUUUACUCUGGGGGGGGCGGGAGAAUCACUUUGCAGGAGGUUGGGGGCUGUUCUCUGAACAAUAUUUUAAUGACAUGCUUUAUAGAUGAGUAUUAAGUAAAUGACCUGGUUGUGUGUAAACAAAUAACUAUAGAUAGAUAUUGAUAUAGAUGUUAACACCGUAGCUCUUGUACUUUUGAUAUGACCAACCAGGACUUACUACAAUGAUAAGGAUAACUUCUGCUAAUUAAUAGACCACCUUUAGUUUUAAUUUUCCGUGCUCUUGGUGACCUUCAUACUUUGUAUUUGCAAGGAUUGAUAUUAGGCAGGCAAUUUUCUUCUACAUUGUUAAAUACUUUCUUGUUUAAUUUUGCCCCAUUAGGCUAAUACAUUUUUAACAAGCAAUUUUAUUUUAUUCGGUACAUUUAAAAAGAAAAAUCUGGUUUUACUUGGCUUUUGAUCAGUGUUAACUUGCUUUUGACAUUAGAUUUUUAUCAGUGUUUUUAAUGUUUAUUUUUAUGUAAACCGCUUAGACGUUAUGAGUGACUAAGUGGUAUAUAAAUCCUGAUAACUGCUAAAUGCUACUUGUAUUAUAGGAAGAGUGAUUGUGGCAUGAAAACCAGUGUGUGGAAGAAGUAGAUAGAGGUUAGAGCUUGUAUUCAAGCUCCUCCUUCACGCAGAAGGAGAUGUUGGCCAGUAGCUAAUAUCUACACCAUGGGUAAGCAAACUAAGGCCCGGGGGAUGGAUCUGGCCCAGUCGCCUUCUAAAUCCAGCCUGCGGAACGUCCGGGGAUCAGCGUGUUUUUACAUGAGUAGAAUGUGUGCUUUUAUUUACAAUGCAUCUCUGGGUUAUUUGUGGGGCAUAGGAAUUCGUUCAUUAUUUUUUUAAAAAAUAUAGUCCAGCCCCCCACAAGGUCUGAGGGACAGUGGACUGGACCCCUGCUGAAAAAGUUUGCUGACCCCUGAUCUACACACCUUCUUUUCUGCAUGUAGGAGAAGAAGGGAGCAAGCCCCCUCUUGCCCAGUUGCCUCUGUCACUCUCCCAUCAGUUGGACGCCAUCUGUGUACAGCAAGGAGCCUUCUCUACUUUGCAGGCUCGCUUUGUAAGCCUGGAGGACCGUGGUUCUAAAAUGCACAGGCUUCCUCCUCUCCCUGCAGUCAUCUCAUGGGGGUCGGACAAGAGGGUCAUGCCAGCAGGGUAGCAAGAUCUCUCUUCUCCCCUUCCUCCUCCUUGGGACGACUAAAAGAAUGCUUGAAGCAGCCUUGUCUCCCAGCUUUAUUUACUUGGAAGAGCAAUUAUAUCCUUCUAAACGUGUGUGGGACGCGGGUGGUGCUGUGGGUUAAACCACAGAACCUAGGACUUGCCGAUCAGAAGGUCGGCGGUUCGAAUCCCCGCGACAGGGUGAGCUCCCGUUGCUCGGUCCCUGCUCCUGCCAAUCUAGCAGUUCGAAAGCACGUCAAAGUGCAAGUAGAUAAAUAGGUACCACUCUGGCGGGAAGGUAAGCGGCGUUUCCGCCCGCUGCUCUGGUUCGCCAGAAGCGGCUUAGUCAUGCUGGCCACAUGACCCGGAAGCUGUACGCCGGCUCCCUCAGCCAAUAAAGCGAGAUGAGCGCCGCAACCCCAGUCGGUCAUGACUGGACCUAAUGGUCAGGGAUCCCUUCACCUUUAAACAUGGUUGUGCGAGGGGUGUUACUGGUUAGCUCGAGUUUUAAUCUAUGUUUUGUGUUUUUAUGCUGCGGAACACCAACAAGAUCUUCUUCUUAUUUUAUUUACCAUUAUUUAUUAUCAUCUUCGUGUUUUCAUUAUGUAUUUUGUGUUUUUAAUCUUGUAUCUUUAUGCUGAGAUCUACGGAUGAAAAGCGGUAUACAAAUCAAAUAGAUAAAUAGCAUGAAACAAGCUACUUCCACAUGUGCUUCCCAGAGCUUUCUUCAGAAAGAACUGGAAGCACAUAAAUAGAACAGAGAUGCCACCAGAAUUUGAACCUUCCGUAGCCAAGCCCAGCACAAUGUUCAUUAUAUCUACAAAUGAGGAAAAAGCUUCAUAACUUCUUAAAAGCUGUUUAAACAAGUUGUUUUAAAACCAUUAGUUCCAUGUCAUCGGUUAAGCUUUGAGGACUGGGAAGGAUCCAUAGCUCAGUAGUAGAGCACAUGUGAAUUUAGUCCCUGGUAUCUGUAAUAGUCUCCUGCCAACCUAGCAGUUCGAAAGCACGUCAAAGUGCAAGUAGAUAAAUAGGUACCACUCUGGUGGGAAGGUAAAUGGCGUUUCCGUGCGCUGCUCUGGUUCGCCAGAAGCGGCUUAGUCAUGCUGGCCACAUGACCCAGAAGCUGUACGCUGGCUCCCUCGGCCAGUAAAGUGAGAUGAGCGCCGCAACCCCAGAGUCGGCCACGACUGGACCUAAUGGUCAGGGGUCCCUUUACCCUUACCUUUAUCUGUAAUAGUCAAGCUAGGGAGGUCUUCUGCUCCCAGAAAGCACUGGGCUGCUUGAUCUUAUUCCAUAUAUACAGAACACAUUGAAACUCAUCGGUGCACCUAAUGGGGCUUUGCUAAUUUCCUUUCCUUUCCCAAGCCCUACUCCUGACUUUUGGCAGCUGCUUUCGGGCCCCACAGGAGAAUACAGCAGGAUGGGCACUCCUAUUCAGCCCUAGCGUUUCACAACCUGGAUUUCCUAAAUAGUUUUUGUUUAUCAAAUCGCAGUAUUUCUCAAGUCUGCUUUCGGGUCACAAUGUUUCAUGGCCGCAAUUCCCCAUAUCGUAGCUGACAGAGACCAAUGACACUUGACUGGUCAUCUGGCUUAUGUGCCUGGUGGUGAAGUCAAUGAGGUGAACCUGCCAUCUUUGGAAUUAUGACUAAACACGUCUAAGCCAGAAACCGUCCCCCAUCCCCCCAAUAAAUGAAACGGGUAGGGCAAAUACGGAGGCAUCUGUUUCUUCCUCUUCAUAACAUCCAGUAGCUCUGAGGAAUGUGGAAGCGGCUACAAUUAUUUUGACAAAUGCCUUUAUCUCUCCAUUUUGUUGUACGAUGCAGUGCAAGGGAAACUCUGGUGCACUCAUGCGCAGCAAUAAUUUAUUAGUGGUUUAGGGAUGUCGGCCCAGAACAAAUUCUAGACAAAAGAAAAACAUGUUUGGGUUUUUACAGACUGCUUUGGCAAAAGGACCAAAGCUGCAAUUGGGAGUGCCAACAUUUGGUAUUUCGUUUAUCCCAGUCGGGGUGACAGCUGACAAAUGACCUCGGUUUGGUUUUAAUUACCGCUGGAGAUGGGGGGGGGGGAGCCUUUGAAUUCAUCUGCAACCAAUUUCACAAUACAAAGCAAUAAACAAGCAAAGUAUUUGUGGCAUUUCACUGAUUUUUAUUUUUUUUAACGCCAGUAAACGAAGGGUGCAGUUUUAACACCAUGAAACAAUGGCCUGUUUGGGGGUUGUGAUGAGUUCCUAGGACUGAAAUCAAGACCCAAUAUUUGGUAUUUUGCACCUGAUUCUCUAAUGUGCUCUGGGGGCUGCAGCUCUUUCUGAAACCAUGCUGCCCUUCAUUUCAAUUAAAUUUAUCUCUCUUUAAAAAAAAAGUAUUCAGAAGUUAUUAACGGAAUCUGCUCUCCUUUCAGCCAUGUGAGAAGGAUGACUGGUGAAAGGGAGUGGGUAGCUGAAUUUUGCUGACACAUGAUGGUAGUGGUAUUAUGGGUUGCAUUUCAGCAUAGAAAAGCCUAUGGCAGGAAUUCCCACAUAUGAUCGAUUUGCAGAAUGUGCAGCAGGGAUGGAGAAUCUGUGGCCCUCCAGAUGUGGCUAGACUCCCAAGUCCCAUCAUCCCUGCCACUUGGCCAUGCUGGCUGAGGGUGACCAGAGUCCAGCCACGCUAUCCACAAAGCAUACUGUACAAAGUCAGAAUUAUCCACAGAAUGGCAAUGCUAAUCAUGGAAAAAGUCAUUACUUCUAGAAAGCCAUUGUCUGCACAGACAUGCACCUUCCCCAACCCAAAUGUGCAGAUGUUUUGAACUACAACUCCCAUCAUACCUCCUGCCAGCUAGAGGGCAUGAGGUUGCCAUGGUUUAGCAGUGUCAAUCGCCACAUUUAAAUUACAUCCUCACAUACUGAAAGACACAAUGCAAGCAAAGCACAAAUAUGUUGUUGUUGUUGUUUAUCUGGCUGAGUUUCCCCAGCCAUUGAGGGCAGCUCCCAGUCGAGUGUUAAAAACAAUACAGCAUUAAAUAUUAAAAACUUCCCUAAACAGGGCUGCCUUCAGAUGUCUUUUAAAAAUAGGAUAGCUGCUUAUUUCCUUGACAUCUGUUGGGAGGGCAUUCCACAGGGUAAGUGCCACUACUGAGAAGGCCCUCUGUCUGGUUCUCUGUAACCUCACUUCUCACAGUGAGGGAACCGCCAGAAGGUCCUCGGCACUGGAUCUGUGUUUGGGCUGAACAAUGAGGGUGGAGACGCUCCUUCAGGUAUACAGGACCAAGGCCGUUUAGGGCUUUAAAGGUCACCACCAACACUUUGAAUUGUGCUGUGUAAUAUAUGUGUAAUAUCACUUUCAUGAAGACAUCCUGAGAAAGGCAAAGCCCAGAAAUCUAAAGAUGAUGCCUUUUUUCUUUCUUUUUUUACAGACCCUCAGAGGUCAAUGAAAGCUCAGUAAAUGCAAGAAAUCAUUUGCAAAUUUCAUUGACCCAUUUACUACAGGAUUUGUUUCGGUGUUUUUGUCUUGGACUUGGGAAUGUCCUUAUGAUUGGCAUCUAUCCACAGUCUGUUUCACAACUGCAAAGUCUGCUAUGAGAUCAUAGAAUUGUAGAGUUGGAAGGGACCCCAAGGCUUAUCUGACACCUUGCAAGGCAGGAAUCUCAGCUAAAGCAUCCAUGACAGAUGGCCAUCCAACCUCUGCUUAAAAACCUCCAAGGAAGGAGAGUCCACCACCUCCUGAGGGAGACCGUUCCACUGUCAAACAGCUCUUACUGUCAGAAGGUUUUACCUGAUGUUUAGUCAGAAUCUCCUUUCUUGGAGCUUGAAGCCAUUGGUUCAAGUCCAACCUUCCAGAGCAGGAGAAAACAAGCUUGCUCUUUCCUCCAUGUGAGGUAAGAGCAGGCUUACUCAACCUUUGCCCUCCAGAUGUUUUGAGACUACAAUUCCCAUCAUCCCUGACCGCUGGGUCCUGCUAGCUAGGGAUCAUGGGAGUUGUAGGCCAAAAACAUCUGGAGGGUCGAGGUGGAGGAAGCCUGGGUCAGAGACUUGGGUAUUGAAGUGACAGCCUCCAGAACUUGUAAGCUCUCAAACACAAUGUUUAAAAAUCAUGUUACAGAGCCUACAAUUUUUGAAUCACAUUAGUGAUAUAUAUAUUGAGAGAGAAAACCCAAUGCAUGCAACAAGUGAAUAGUACGAGAACCCAUACAAGUAACACUGACACACACUAAGUAGAAUAGUAGAAGCAUAACCACCCGACCCUCCGCCACUCCCCCUCUCCCUUUUUCCCCUUUUUUCUUCUUCCUAAUUGUUUAAACCAAUUCAUAAACCAAGAACUCAUACACUGUCCACUAAUAAUGAAACAUAUGUUGUAGAUAUUUUUCCACAUUUAUUUUGCUAUUUUUGUGAUAUACAAAUGACAUUGGGGAGGGACAAAGCAUAAGACUGAGGAAAGGCCAAGUAAUACUUUUUCAUUGCUCUUAUGUAAAAACAUAAAUAAAUACUGGCAAUCUCCCAAACAUUUCCAUCUUUUCACUUUGCAAAGUUCCCAAGCACAUCCUACAGGAUGAGCAUUUAUCUCCUGAGAAUCUCACUAAGCCACAGGGUUGUCCUCAAGCACUAGACUGAAUAUUGGCAUGUAGGCCAGCAAAAUGUCCCCAAAUUCAAAUUAAUUUAAGCUUUUGCUCCAAAAUAGGUCAAGAAUAAAUUACUGUUCCUGGACCUAGGUCAAGUAGGUCACUAGGCCAAGUUCCUAUAAAUUUCAAAACAAGGACACAGGGAAGAAACUUAGCUAAGCCACUUCAAUUUUUACAUGGGUUUUAUUUAAAGUACUGUAGUGUUUAGGUUGUGCAACAACAUUUCUUUAUGCAAAUCUCCAUUCUUCUGUAUAGGAACAUCUUUUACGAAGAAAGCAAGCUAUUGAUAAGAUUAUGAACUGAGCAGCAACAUUAUGAACAUGUCUGGGAUAAAACACAAAAACAAGGUUUAGGUUACAUUCAUCAUCUGAAGAGAGAAUGUUAUAGCUAUUCUUACUCCUUUUAGAGGUGUAGCUUACCAGUUCAAACAGCCCAGUGACACAUCUGGCUGCACAGAAAAAUGGUAGGAAAAUUCUUUUUCCAGUCUAGUGAAUUUUUCUACAAGGCUGGUUAAGGGGGUGAAAGGAAUUCCAUUAGGUAUCAACAAUUCUAAUUAUCAUUUUCACUUGUCCAUACAUUUUCCUAACUAACUCUAGAUCUUUUGCAACACACGUCUUAUUAACAAUAUCUGCCUUCUCUAUUUCUAUUUCUCUUUCUCUCUCUCGCUCUUGUAUUUUUCCUUACUUUCGAAAUUGAAAUGAAUAUUCGGGCCAUGUAUCACAUUCUGUAUUUUGUGUUCAUUGAUUCGUGCUUGUGUCAUGUUGUGAUGUGUAAUUAAUAUCCAGAGAGUGGGUUGGCCUAUAAUAAAAAAAGCAGGACUUACUGCAAAAGCAAAUCGAAAUGAGCAGAGGCAGGUUCAGGUGAAAACAUGCCAUCUUUUGAAUCUAACAUUGAUUUCAAGCCAAGAUUCUCUUGCACAUUAGAUAUUAAAAUAGCAAGGGAUGUGUGUACAAUAUGAUAGGUUGGGAAAUAUAUUGAGUAAUUUUUUGACAUUUAUAUUAAAAUUAAUUACCUGGGCUUUAUCAAGUGAAGUGUAUCUUUGUUGCAGGAGAAAUAAUGCUAUUAAGUAAAGGUAGGCAUCAUCAUAUUUAUUGUAUCGAUCGAUCAGCAGCUUCUGACACUGCCUUUUUGAGGUUGAGCCAAUGAGUUUCAAAAUCAAAGCAGGCAGUAUAUUUGCUCAUAGGAAGGAGCCCAGAGCAGGUUGAAUGGAGGCUGUAUUUUUUAGGGUUAUAUGGCAAGUAUUUAUUUUCUAAUUAAGAACUUGUCAGGCCAAGAUUUCCAGCAUAGUCUGGGAAGACCUAGAUGCAGCUACUCUUGGGUGAAUUUCUGUGCUAUGAUUAUUCGUGGAACACCUAUGUUAUCAACAACAUGCCUGAGAUCACAUGCUGAAGCUGCAAUCCUAAAAGCACACUCACUUGGAAUUGUUCCCAACGAACUCGGUAUCCUCUGAGUAAACCUGAACAUGUGUAAGAUGGUGCUACGUGUCAUUUUGGACUUAAUUUGCAAAAUGGAAGAUCCUGUGUCCUCUCCUUUCAUGAAAUCCUUCCUCCUUAUCAGGAAUAUUUAUAUCUGAAAGUUGUGCCAUGAUGAGAGAAAGGUUUGAGUGUAUCAGAAGAAUUUACCAUCAGCUUGUUGCCUUCGUAAAGUGAAUUGGGUUGUGUGUUUUUGUGUAAACCUGGUGAAGAACAAGGGAGAGGUUGAGUUAUAUACUAGUUUUAGUUUGUGGGGCGUCGUAUCCAGUGGAAUGGGUGUUCACCAUGUCGCGAGACACUAGACAGGAACAAAGACUUGUGGGAAAUAGGCGAAACCCUCAAUUUUUCCUCCUAUCUAGACACAAACAGUACAUUCCUCCUAACUCUCCUGACUCACCUAAGUUUUUUACUAGUUUCUGAACCCUCCUUUUUUUCUUUAGAUUUCCCUGAUUGUCGUUUUAGUUUUACAGUUCUUUGCGUGUUGUGUCCCCCCCCACAAACCCUUUCAUUUGCUCUCUACGUUUGGCCGUUCUGCUUAUUUGCCACCUUUCUUUUAUUCCUUAGUUGUUUACUUGCAUUGAUAAAUUCUCCAGAACCGGUGCCCUUGCUGCGGCACCAAUGGCCGUCCCCGCCUUCAGGAGCGCUCUUUUUCUUUCCCUCAGCAGCUGCCCCCAUUUUUCUGGAGUCACAACUGUCUUUCUUUAUUACGUUUUGGUGUGUGUGCUACUUGUGUGACUGCUGGUGUGGCAUUUGCAUUCUCUUGCUCUGAUUUAAAAACCACUUGGCCACCUAAUCCCGGGUCGCUGUUUUAACACGGGCAACGGAGUGAGCGUUCCUAUUACAUUUGCCUUUGAAAUUGAGUCCUGACUGAGUGCCUCCCGGUUCGCUUUGGCGCUGACGGAGUGCCUGCCCUCAUCCUUAUCCUCCUGGUCGGCAGCUGUGAUGGGGAGUGUGUGUCUAGCUUCCGUUUCCCCCAACUCCUGGUCCACGGUGUGGCAAUUGGAGUUGAGUGGUUUGGAGUGAGGCUUUUGCCCCCUUAUUCUCCUGGUCCACUGAGUGGCAAACGGAGACUUUUGGGGCUGAAUUUCUAUAAUCCUCCUCCCGGUCCACGGUGUGGCAAAAGGAGUUGAGUGUUUAUUUGGUGAAAAUCAGAGGCUGUGUGUUUAUGUGUGUGCCUCUUUGCCGUUUUAAUGGCCGCCAUGGAGGAAAACUGACUCUUUAUUUGUAUCCUUUCACCCGUCUACCUUAGGGGUUAAAGUUUCCAAAGCAACCUUAGGUAGGUGGAUUAAGGCCUAUAUUUUCAUGGCUUUACGAGUCCCUUAAAUUACCCCGUCCAUCUCACGUUCUAGCGCAUGUUGGACAUUUGUAGGGCAGCCACCUGGUCGUCAUCUUCCACCUUUACCAGACAUUACAAAUUGGACCAGCUGUCGAGGCAGCCUUUGGCUGUACAGUGCUCCAGCAGGCAUUAUACUCAGCGUAUUGCAGAGAUGGGACCCGCCCAAACUGGUGACUCCACUAUGGAAUGUCCCAUUCCAUUGGAUACGACACCCCACUCCCAAAACUACACUUUUUGUAAGGCCAGUUGUUCUUUUUCAUUGACACACACGCACAUAAAUCUAAAGCAGCAUUGCUUGUUUUGAAGAGAGACUAUAUCAGGGAGCAGAAUCUAACCCUUGUAGUUCUCAUUUUCAAGUGAUAUGUUUUAAUCCAACAUUUCUUUCUCGAUACAUUAACUAAUUGAGUAACUUGUGUGUAUUCUUUUGACUGAGAAAAACAAAGGUAGUAACAAAAUAAGCGGUGCGCCAGAAUUUUUUUUAUUCUAUUUUUAUUUGCAUUUUCAAAAACGGGAACAGAGCAUAUUUAACCCCCAUAUCCUUCCCUCCCCCUGUCCCACUUACAACUUUGUACCAAAUACAGCAUGUAUACAUAUACCAUAUACAUAUACAUGACUUCCCUUCCACACUUUCCCUGAUUCCUUUGCUUUUCUACUACUCCGCAUAAUCCACAUCUUUUUAAUCAUCCAGUUUGUUAUCUAUUAAAUACUCCAUCUAUUUCAACUCUGGUGGAUUUACUCGAGACCCGCUAAGCUAUGUAUUUGUCUAUACUGGUUCUUAAAAUAUUCAAUAAAUAUUAUCCCUUCCUCCUUAUAUUCCUUAUCUUUGUUUUCUCUUACCCUGUUCAUCAGACUUAGCCACUUCAGCAUAUUCAAGCAUUUUACACUGCCAUCUUUCCUUGGUGGGAACUAGACUUGUUCUCCACCUUGGUGCCAAUAAGGUUCUAGCUGCUCGUUGCAAAAUUGUCAUUUUCUGCCAGUGACAAUGCAGAUCCACAGUGAACUAUUUUGAGUUUUGUAACGUAAUGGGUUGGGUAUUAAACAGUGAGCACCUCUUGCUUUUGAACAUGUAUGCUACCACCCAUAAAGGGGUGUCAUGUAUAUUUUAUUGCACUUGAUUUAUGUUUUAUAAUGUUAUUUUUAGCUGCUUUGUUGCACUUCCCCCCUCUCCAUUUAUCUAAACCAUAGUUUUUAAUUCUGCUAACUGAUAUGAGGCAUGAUCCUGCCAAUGUGUUGUUGUGCGCACAUCUCCCUGUGUGGGAGCGAGGUCAGUUUCUGGGUUCGCCAGCCAGCCAGGAUGUGUUUGUGGGACAGAAUUCCAUAUGUAGAAGCAUUGUGGAAGAGGGAGAUUUGGUUGAGCAAACAAGUAGAGCCUAAGAUUUUAAGGAGGCCAGUACAAACCUGCAGGUUCUUAUCAAACCAAGCAUAUGUAAGGUUUGAUACAUAUAUGUGGAUUCUUCCCUGUGAACCACUCUGAGACCUCCAGGUACAGGGCAGUAUAUUUUGUUGUUGUUUAGUCGUUUAGUCGUGUCCGACUCUUCGUGACCCCAUGGACCAGAGCACGCCAGGCACUCCUGUCUUCCACUACCUCCCGCAGUUUGGUCAAACUCAUGCUGGUAGCUUCGAGAACACUGUCCAACCAUCUUGUCCUCUGUCGUCCCCUUCUCCUUGUGCCCUCCAUCUUUCCCAACAUCAGGGUCUUUCCCAGGAAGUCUUCUCUUCUCAUGAGGUGGCCAAAGUAUUGGAGCCUCAGAUUCAGGAUCUGCCCUUCCAGUGAGCACUCAGGGCUGAUUUCCUUCAGAAUAGAUAGGUUUGAUCUUCUUGCAGUCCAUGGGACUCUCAAGCGCCCCAUAGACUGCAAGAAGUCUCCUCCAGCACCAGGGUGGUAUAUAAAUUCAAUAAUUAAUUCUCCCCCUUUUUAUUUCAUUUUCUUUUAAAGGAUUUUGACCCUUUCUUGCCUACUUGAGUCCCUUCGCAAACUGUCAUCCUUAAUAUAUGACUUCCUUCCUUCCUUCCUUCAGGUUGCACCCAUCAUUAAAGAGAGAAUGAUGAAGAAAGGCAGCAUGAUGUUGGGCUACCAGCCGCAUCGUGGCAAAGUCAACUUCUUCCGCCAGGUCAUUAUCAGCCCCCAGGUGAGCCGAGAGGACAUGGACUUCCUGCUCGACGAGAUUGACUCACUAGGCAAGGACUUGUAGUUGAUGCUUCACAGCGCUAGGCUUUCCUUAGUUGUGCAGUUUACAGCAUUGUCGCCCAACCUGUGGCCUUCCAAAAUGUUGCUGGACUACAACUCCCAUAAUCUACGACCAUUGGCCAUGCUGACCGGGGCUGGUCAGAGAUGGGGUCCGACAAUAUCUGGAAGGCCAAAGGUUAGCCACCCCCCUAUCCAGUUUUCUGGGAGUAAGCCGCCUCGAACUCUAGGGGACUGACCUUUGAGUAGACAUGUCUAGGGUUGUACUGUAAGAAUGUUUGCGACAUGAUGGUAUUAGACCAUGUAAUCCAUAGAUCAAUGCCCAGCCGGCUGAAGCCACUGCCAGGAACGCCUAGAGAAGUGGUUGUCAAUUCUUUGUAGCCUUGCUUGUAAUAAAGAGCCGAUGCUUUUCAAAACUAGACAUUUUGUGUCUAACGUUGAUAUGUCAUUGGCUGAUAACUGAAUGCUAAUAAUGGGCCCCGUUAACUGCUAACAUAUAUUGUUAUAAAUUAGUUAAAGUGAAUGGAGUUAAGCCAUCGCUGUAGUAGGGCCAGAUCAGUGGGUAUUAAAUAAAAAAGUACCUUUAUAUGCAUUGUGAAGAUUAGAUGUUCAGGAUUGGUGGGCUCCACUUAUGCAAGAGUUUUUUUUUUCUUACUAACUAGGAAAUUAAGUGUUGUGCACUAAUUACCAUCCACCAUUUUUUCCUGGAAACAUCCAAAAUGCUACAUACAAAAUACUGGGUUGGGGCAAGACUAAGCUAAUUCUACUUAGGUACCAUUAAAAUGGAGGGGAAAGUGGGUGAUGAUUUCAAUGGGAUCUAAGUUCAUCAAGUGCGAUUUAGUCUGAAGCCAUCCUAUUGUAAUUUACACAUCCAUCAUCCUUUUCUCUUUUUAUCUUGGGUCAGAGGGAUUGUACACAGUUUCUAAGACAGUUUGUAUUAAAUUUCUAUUGCUAAAACAUCAGCAAGGUAUUUCUUAAGCAUUUUAGAGGCCUAUUGAAGUUAAAUAAAUUCCACAUGUGUAUGUGUGUGUAUAUAUCUCCUAGAGUUGUAUUUUUUUAUGCAGUGUGGCUAUUUAAGGUAAGGAUUACUGUAUUGAUUCAUCCACUGGUGUGUUUCUAAAGAUGUAAAAACUAUCAAAUUUCACUUGAGCAGAGUAUAAAUGGAGGGAUUACACUAAAAAAAUAAUAUAGGUGUGUAAUAAGUUGAAAUUUGUCCAUAAUAUUUAGAGACAUAGUUUUACAGUAAAAUACUUUUUGUGAAGCUGAAAAGACCCAUACUAGGUUUAAUCCAUUCUAUUUAAUUUGUUUAUUACAGUGUGUUUUAACCAAUUGCUUUGUAAUUCAUGGUCUUGUUCUUCCAUUAUUGCUGUAUGUAGAAGUUUUGCUAUAUUUGCAGGCAUGGUGUAAUGAUUAAUUUAUUAGAGAUCUGUAUUUUACCUGCUUCUGUGAGAUCUAUGUGAUGAUAUGUAUAGUGCAUAACAAAUUGCCUAGAAGUGCUUUUUGUAGCAGCACAUUUAAGUCUAAUGUGCAAAAUAUGUGUGUUCUUAGUUGAAUGUUUGAAUAAAAAGGCAUUGAUAACUCUUAAAAACCAA